UCACACAAACACUCCACACACACCUCCCGGACGCGGACACACAGGGACUCACGCUGGUGUGGGAGCGGAGCUCAGGCUAUACGGAGCCGCUACCAGAGAGAGACGCAAAGAGGAGUCGCGGUGCCGCAGGAGGUGGCAGGACGUUCAGAUAUCUGCUCUGAAAAAGGGGGGAGCGCACCACUUCUUGCUUAUUCACCUCUCUGAGACUUUGCACUGAAACUGAAAGCGGCUCUCGGACUGAGGCUUGAGACCUUUUACCUCUGGACUUUCUGCCUGGAGAUCCAAACCUCGUGUGCGCAAAAUACGCAGGGACUCUGGGAGGUAGCUGCGCGGGGACUCGGAGCCUCUCAGUUGGGGAACUUGACGCGCCCUGGAGCCGCUUGUCCGGACUCUCCGGAGCGCAGAAACCGCCCGAAGCCUCCCAGCUGCGGAGCGCACGCGGUACUGAUUAAGGAGUUUGUGCAAAGCCUGAUUUUGGAUGAGGUUUUGGACACUUACGGGACUCAUUCUUGCUUUCAGCUAUGACAUGUAGCCGCGUGCUUCACUCUCCAAUGGUUUAACAAACGAUUUGGGAUUACAACCAUUGCGUUUCCAGCGGUUUUUCCUCUCCUGAAGGGGUGUGGAUUUUUUGUUUUUUCUUUUUGGAGGAACAGCAUUUUUUAAUCCUGCGAAGUGGAAACAUAAAAACUGAAAGCUCUCCACGACUUUCUGAGUCAUCCAAGAUGGAUUUUGUGUCAUCUUUGAUUGGAUUUUUAAUGGCGAUGUGUCAUCUGGCGUUAAGAGUCAGAGGAGAGGAGGGUGAGUUUGACUUACUACUUUGAUUUUUGACGCGCGCAUGACCAGUCUGAUCCAAAACACCCCAAAAACCCCGAAGAAAAAGGCUUCAAAACUGAAACUGUCCACUGUGAAAUGACAAACACCAGUCUGCUGUGUCUAAAAAUCGCCAUAUGUUACACUUCUUAAAGCGUUUUUAGUGCUCGUUCCCAUGUGUUCGUAUUGAUUAAGCCAUAAGGACGCGAUAAAGCUCUUGUGUGGCUUCAAAAUCCACAUGGCUCUUGGUGUGGUGGACAUUUUUACGCGCAAUCCGGUAUGCCUACUCAUGUUCCGUGUAUGUUUAAUCAAAAUCAAAGGACAAAUGUUGACUUAAAAGAAUUAACGCUGAUUGCGCCUCGUGCCAAGCCAGCUGCUCCACAUUUCAAACUAAAGAACUUCCAAACCUUCAUGAAAUAUUAACAGGAUCGGAAACAAUCAUGUGUCCCAGCCUCACCGAGCGCAGGAUGGAGUCUACUGUCAGCUCAGCGGACUGUGAAUGAGAUGAUUAUAUGCAUGAGGCUGUUCAAAAAUCCAAACACAUUGUUUACCCGCGAGUUUUCCCGUGUUUUCUAAUAUUAAAUUAUUCAUAAAGAGAAAUAAACACCCACUCCCCGCCCUCUUGAUGAAAAUCCUCCCUCAGAACAGGAUGAAAUCCGGUUUUAGUCCGGGUUACAACCUGCUAUUUUACACAUCCACUCUCUCCCGUGCGUAAAACCCGCCGUGCCACUGUCAAAUCUGACUCCCGGGGUCUGCAAUCAUCACCACUGUAAUCAUUUUCUUCAUCAGACAUCUCAAGUGCAGCAGCUCCUCUGCGUUAUUAUCUCCUCCUGCUCCGUUUGGGGGUGACGGCAAAGGGGGCAGCCGGUGGCUGCGCUCCGGCUGCUCCAGGCGGCGGCGCAGCGUCACCUCCGCGCGCUCUUAUAGCAAUCAAAUAACAAUAAACUGGCGAUAUUAAAGAGCAGGUUGAGCAGCAUGUUACAGAUUCGGAUCCGCGUUUAAAGACACUUAAUCAGGGCUAAUUCUCAACGUUACGCACGGAAACCGGAGAGAGAAGGAGUCUGAACUAAGCGCCAGGUUUAUUAGAAGCCUCAUUAAAUGUGGAUUUAACACCAGGGCGCACAGGGCUCCAUCUGGAUACGCGCUUGGAAAUGUUUAAGAAGUAAUAACGUCAUUCAUGUUUUAGUGUAUGCAGAAUUAUGUCACUAAAAAUGCUUGAGAUGAAGUCAGACUUGGAUGUGUUUGUGGGAAGAGAGGUUACCAUACAGAGGAGUGACGCCACCGGAGUGGUGACACAUGGCCUCGCUGCUGGCUCUCCCUCUUUGCUUACUCAUAUUUUUGUUGCCUUUUUAUUGUGGUUCGAGUCUGAUUGAAUCUGUUGUGUGUGGAAUUUCACAGUGACAACGAAAACAAACAGUUGGUGUGCUGAACAGAGGAAUCUUUGAAUGAUCUUUUGCCACAUGAAUCAUCUUCUAAUACACUGAGCAUUCUCAGCAUGGUGUUUGGGUUUUAGCAGGAUGCAUGGAUGGCUGCAGAACAUAUUGGAAUAAAGAAAAAGGAGUGUCAAAUCUUGUGCAAAACAAAGAGAUUUGCAUGCUGGGAAAACUUAAUAUGUUUGUGGUAUCCUAUCACGCUAAAGAAACAUGAGAGUGUAUUUUAACAGAAACAGAAAGACAUAGCACUAUAAGCGUUCUUAGCAUGAUGUAUGGUUUUUAGUAGGAUGCAUGUGCUAAAAGGGGUAAAAAUGUAGUGUAAUGUGUAAACGGUAUUUAAUCAUGAUAAUCAGACAGGUUCUAUGAUAAAUCAUGGAGGAUUUCCAGUGUUAUGUAUAGAUAAUAGCGGUAAUGCACGGGCGCAGCGGUUCUGUAGUGCAGCAGUAGGCGGGUGACGAGCUGUUCAUGAUCCCAUGAUGACUGUUGAGUCUUUACAACACCACCCGCUGCUCCGCUCCCCUCACACGGGCUCUCCCUCUUCUUGUUUAGGCUACUUGUUUUUAAAUAGGACAUCUAUCCGUCCGCAUUUUUGUGUGUGUCUGUGUGUGUGUGUCUGUGUACCCGUUGAUCAGAGACAGAUGUGGGCCUCUUGGCAGCCAUCAGAAAAGCUCUCCCUCUCCUUCUCCCCCUCUCUCCCUCUCUCUUUCUAUUUCCCCUGCCAAGACAGUGCACCGCAUGUCCAUGCCUCUGUGUGCCCCCCCUCUCCCCUUAAGAGCCACAUCACACACACAUACACACACACACACACACAUACACACACAUGUCAAAAGGGAAAGAGAAGAGAGCACGAGGCAGAAGAACAGAGAGGAUCAGGGAGGACGAGGCUGCAGCAGAGUCAGACACAAGGCGGAUUUAAGGCCGACGUGAAGGAAAGGAAGGGAGCAAGGAAAGGAGAGGUUUUAGAGGUGGAAGUCAGGAAAAAAGGGGGGGAGGAGAGGCCAACAUCAAAGCGUGCAGGGGUCACAAGUUAAAGCGGCGCUGGACUUAAAGGGAGCAGAUCGCAUGAGGGGUUUUAUGAAGUGACACCGACGUCUGGAGGGGGGGACCUGGCUGCAGGAGGAGGAAUAAAGACUCUGUUGUGACAGAAAAGUGAAACAUACGAGUGACAUUUAGACUUCCCAAUAAGCCAGAGUAUCUAAGUUUUUAUUUGAUGCUUUGGUGACAUUUUUUGAAGCGGUCCUGCCAAAAACACUGGACUUGACUGAAUUGAAUCCUGCUCUCUGAGAGAUUCCAGCAGUUUUUCGGUGUCGUGAUAAAUUUGGACGAACAAAUGCUUCAUCAUGAGCUUCAUUUCUAGCAAACGGUCCAGUUUAAUUUGGUUUGGCACACGGUUUUGCUUUCACAUUCAAAAGCAAACCGGUGAUCCUUCCUGCUUUUUCGGCACUCAUCUGUUGGAGGGCGAAGCGUACCUGUCCUCGAAUCUGAUGUUAUCCAAUCAGUGACUCAAAGAAAGAGCUCUACAUGCCUCUUUUACCAAAAAUGCUCCUGGACAUAAUUUCAAAAUAAAAGCAUUGUGUGAAAGCAAAGGGAGUCUCACCACAGACAAAUACAAUGAAGCUUUUAUUUUGAAAAGCAUCUUGAAGUCUGUAUUUUUCAUGCAUGUGACAUUAAAACAGCUGAUAUGAAGUCGCUUAAUCUGGGUGCCUUCUUAGUCUAAUAUGUAAGAGUAGAAUAUCUUUGUUGUCAUUGCGCCAAUUUAGUUUUUAUCUUAAUUGUGCAACAUUAAGGGGUAAAAGAGACUUUAUAAAAAGACACAAAAAUGCAAAAGAUGCGGUUGUUAAGUAUAAACAGAGCAGCUGCAGCUUCACCAGUAAGUGCAAAUUCUAAUAGGAUGAUGAUAAAGCAACUAUGUAACAAUAAGAGGUCAUAGACAAGAUGUGCAAAUGUGCUUUUAUGCAAGAGUAAAAGCAUCUGUGCAUCGUUACAGUCAGUAAAGAUAAUUAUGGAGGGUGUUUAAGAUGCAGGAUCAUGCAUGCAGGCUUUCAGCAUGAAGCGCAAGUGUAGUGUAGUAGCUGAGGAAAUACAAACAAGACCUGGGUUUAUUGUGCUAAACUGUGCUGAGCUCGACAAACGCACCGUUGAACAUGUAGUCUAAUGUUGACAAAUUUGUUAAAAGCCUUUUUUGUAACUCUCAGAGAUGCAGAAAACAAUAAAUUCACACAUGCAUAACCUGAGAAAGACCUCCAAUUUUGUCCGUGAGGGCCACCAGAGUUGGCACAAACUGAAAGUUGCUCACAGUUGCUUUAAUUCUCCAACGCCUGAAGCAUCCCAGCCAGAAACCCCUGUGUGUGUAUGUGUGUGUGUGUUAAAACCCUCUAUGUUCUCGUGGUAAAUGAUCCAUGAGACAUGGUCUGUGUUGGAGCUUCCUCUGCUGAACACAAAAGGUCCUUCUUUGUGUCUCCAGGCGGCGGCUCUUUCUGUCAUUUCUCCUCUCCGAUGCAGACAGACUUCCACUCCACUUGUACUGUAAUCACAAUAGUUUGACUCGCUGACAUGUACAUCAAUUACUCCUUACUACCAGCAUUAAUAUUCAGGCCAUUAAGCAGCUCAUUUGCAUGUUUAUUGAGUGGGCGGCUGUGCAUCUUUUCCACCUAUGGUAUCAACUUCUCCCAGAGUUCUUCUAAUUUAAUCAUUUAUUUUCCAAAUGCUCGCCCCGUCUUUGUUCGCUUUUUCCGCCCUUCUUUAUUUGUCCCCCUCCCCUCUCUCUUUCUCUCUCUCUCUCUCUCUCUCUCUCCUCCGCUUCCUGCCUUUCAAUUCUUUGCAUUUCUGUGUUUUAAUCUGGCGCGGCCUCACAGGUAUCAGCUGCGAAAACAAGGUCGCCCAUUAGCAUUCAUAGGCAAAGACAAACGGAGCGGCCCCGCUCGAUAGCAGUCAGGUAGAGGAGGCUGUGCCGCACGUGAAGCCUUGAACAGCCCACCGCACUCGGGGUGAAAUUAAAAACAAGACCCCCAUAAAUAAAACAGAGCCGGCUCUUUCACUCUGACACAUUAGGCGCACGAGGGGGUCUUAACGGGUGCUCAGGGACGGGUUUUAAACGGGAGCCGGAGGGGGGGGGUUGGCUUUGUCAGGAGGGAGAGGUUUUUUGAAUUUACUGUAGUUCACAUGCUGCAGGGGUCAAAGAGAGUUAGGAAGCAGUCCGACUCAAUGAAAGCCAACUUUCUGUCUGAGCAGAGGGGUCAGCGAGACACCGGGACUCCUGCAGAGCUCUUAGCUGAUGCAGACUCCGCUGCUUCCACUCUUCGUCUCAAAGAAGCGCCUCCUGUGUGCGGGUUAAACACCGCUGCACCCGCACAAAAGAAGCUCCCGGAGAAAGAGGAGACGUGAUACUGUAGCAGGUAGUGUUCAGGAUUAGAGACGCACCAUUAAGAGCCCACCUCCAGCAGCCAUCUGUUCAGCCGAUUGAUCCAUUGAACCAUUGAUCAGGACGGCCCGGCGUGGUGCAUUCAGCUGAUUAGCAUGGGGCACUUAUCCUGUUAGGGAGGGAGGAGGGAGAGGAGAGGAGGGAAGGGGAGAAAGAGAGGAUUUAGGGGACUUUGAUGUCUCUUUUGUUUGCUCUCAAAGGAGUAAAAAUCCCAUCUUUAACACCUUUAAACUGAUUUCUCAUUUACUCACGGUUAUCUGAAUCCAUCAUACAGAUUAGACAAUGAGAACCACAAAGUAAGAGUGACUUACAAACUUUCAACCACAUCUGAUUACCUUCCAUGUUGGUUCUUGGUCUUCAUCCCCUGUUGUAAUUUCUUUGCUUCUUUAUAAAACAGCGCCACCUGCUUGUUAGAAAACCUGUGAAUGCAACAAGAGAAUAACCCCUAGUCCGUGGAAAGGAAGUCGGUGCACAGACACAAAAUAAAGCAUCCGGCUUCUUUUCAAAAUAAAACACUCGAUGUGAUUUCAACCUGAUGACACCAUGGAUGGAUGAGAAGAUGCUGAGUCUAGAAGUCUAGAAGUGGAUUUCCUCCUCUGGAAGGACACAAUCAACCGCUUGUAUGGUCAUGUGUCUGUCUUUAUAGAGACAACUCGCAAUUGCACGUGAAUCCGCGGGUUCUUGUGAGUUCUCGCGAUUCCCGCUGUCCGUAAUCCGACAUGAAAUUCACCUCACAAACGGAUCCAGUAGUAAUUAGUGGACGGUGGAAAUCGCUGCCGUUCUGUUGCGGAGCCAUUAUAAAUGCGUUGGAGGAAAUGCAGGUUUAUGGUGGUAUUGGCGCCCCCUGUGGUCAGAUCCUGUCAGUGUAAAUGUAGUGUUUUCUGAUCAAACGGAAAUAAUAUCACAAGUUUUUGUCAUUGAACAGCCAUCCUGAUGGGGAUGGUGAUAAUGAUACUGACAGGACUGGGGGCUCACCUGCACACCUCAGGCACCUAUAGGUGUAAUGUCAGGGGGGGGGGGGACCACUUGAAGUACAUACUCCGCUUCUUCUUCUUCUUCUUCUUCUUCUUCUUCUUCUUCUUCUUCUUCUUCUGCCUCUUCCUCUCCCUCCACCUCGGCAUAAAGGUCUGAAAGCACAAGGUGGUGAAAGUGAGUCUCUUUUCCUCCCCCCUCCUCUCCCCGGGUCCAGUCUAGUGUUGAACGGGUGAGAUUAAAAGCAGUCUUAGAGACAACCCUGCUGCUCCUGACUGAAUGGAUGAGCGCGGCCCGCUCUCCCCUCUCAUUCCCUCACUCUGGGCGAUAGCACUUUUUAAUUAAGGUGGGGGAGGAGGAGAGGGAGGAGGUGGGAGGAGGGAGGAGGGGAUGACGACUCUGGGAAUGAUGGAGGGAUUUAUCAGCGCCUCUCCUCACACUCGCAGCUUAUCCCAGAGCGUGACGCCAUACUUCCACCGAUAAGGAGGCUAAUAGAAAUGAGAGCACGAGCAUGCACACAAACACACACACACACACGCACACACACGCACACACACAGAAAACAGAACGUGCAGACAUAUGCACAUUUUCUCAGAUAAUGAAGAUAAAGGUGCUCACAGCGGGUACAAAGACGUCUCUUAGUUAGACAUGAUGGAGAGUGACUGCAGAAUGUGCACGCACACACACACACACACACACACACACGUGUAGGGCAAUUUAAUUUAACAUUUCUUUCAUUGACACAAUCUGCAGAAACAGUGACUUUGUUUGCAUGAAGAUGAAGCCACACUCGCACUGCAGCAGCGUCUUCCUCUAUCUUGAUGAAUUUCUGACUUUUAUUCAAUUUUCAAGCAUAAAUUCAAACAUGUGCAGGUUUCAGACUCUUAAGUGUCAGGGUUUGUGUCCUAACUUGGUUCUUUAUGGAAGCAGGUAGGAGAUCUUGAAGUCGAGGUCCGCUGUCAGGCAAAAGAAGCUAUUUUCGAGGUUUGUCUUCAGGCCGUGAUCACAGUUUUCCUCACCGUUGAAGACUAAAAAUGAUGGAAUAAAUGAUGAAAUAAUGAGAGGAUUAAAAGUAGAUAAUUUCUGAGUGAGUUUACUGCACAAAAAAAACUGCAACACGUUACUGAUUAGUAGCCAAAUAAAGUAAAAAUCGUCUGUUUUAGUUCAUUUUCAUGCAAAAGGGGGCGACAUAUUCUCGUCUCUGUUGCUGAAAUGUGAAGGUUUAUCAUGAUGCUGGGAGAGUUUGUUAUUGCCAAGGUUUUGGUUGGAUAAAAGAAGCAGUUUUUGAAGCUAGAACGGAAGUUUAUCGAUUUCAGAAUCAUGGAUCAAAUAUGAAACCAAGCAGCAAUAUUUUCUUGUUUUUGACUCUUGCAUGUAAAGAUUUCCAGAUUUAUGCGUCAGAGAUGAUGGUUAAGACUUCUGUGGGUUUGAUUUUGAAAGGCAUUUAUAGACCAAUGUGGAAAUUUUUUCAAACUUCAACUUCUUUGGAAACAUGCUGCUAAAUUCUACGCAAUGUCCCUUUAAUGGAGUGAAAAAAAACUCCCCAAAAACACACUUCUGCAGAGUUGUUCUCGCUCUAACACACAGCACUCAUCUGCACAUAGUAGUGACAUUGUUCACAUGCUGCAGAGACAAGUGUGUGUGUGUGUGUUAAUGUGUGUGUACAUGUUUGGUGUGUGUGUGUGUGUGUGUGCAGACAGAUUGGCUCCUCUACUAGAAGAGACAGUGUAAUUCAUGAAGCUCGCUGCCAGCUCCUGAGUGCUUCCCCCGCGUUACUCAUCCUGCAGCUCAACUUCUGUCCUCACCAAAACAUGUACACACACACACACAAACACGCACACACACAUUUCCAUAUAUGCAUAUUUGGUGCACACUAAUUGCCACUUACAGUCAAGCAAUUAGGAAAAAACACACACACACACACAGAUUGGUGUUGAUGCAUCUCUGCUGCAUCCUCCAUCACGCUUUGUUUUGUUGCAGCUGCAGAAACUCACACAGUAAUCUACACAUACAUACACACACGUGCUUGGAGUGCAGAUGUGUGUGUGUGUGUGCAUGUGUGUGUAUGUGUGAGUUGACUGGCAGAGGGUUCCCAGUGGGGUCAGUGUCUACAGGGAGUCUCUGGAUAGCAGGCAUGUCUUAAUGAGGCUCGUCAGACUCGUGCACACACUCCCUCGGCUCCGUCUCUCCUUUUUUUUUUUCCUCCCUCCUCAUCACCUUCUAUGUCCCCUCCCUCCCUUUCCGUCACUCCCCCUUCCUUCACCUCCCUCACCCUCCGAUCAAUCUCCCCCUCUUCUUCCUCGAUCCAUUCCUUAUCCAUCACCUCCCUUCUUCUCUCCGUCUCUUUCAUCCUCGCUGUAAUCCUCCCUCCUUUCUCUCCCUUCACCUCUACCCCUCCCUCCUCCCUUCUCCUCCUCCUCCUCCUCCCUGUCCUUCCUCUUCAUCCUCCGUGAAGGCCGUUGAAUGGGCAGCUCAGGGAAAAAAAAGUGUCGAGGCUGCAGGAUUCUCCCCAAACGGCUUAAUCUCGCCUCCGCUCGGCGUGCUGAUAGCCUCCUGCACGCCAUUCUCUCCGUCGGCCUCGACAAUAACUGUCUGUCUGCGCACUCGCAGCAGAUAAAGAGACGUGUGUGUGUGUGUGUGUGUGUGUGUGUAUGUAUGUGCGUGUGUGUGCUAUCUGUUUGAAAAAUUUCAGUUAGCCUGUUUUUCUGCACCUCUGUCGGCCCCGUGUGAUUGACAGGCCCCUCUGUGUGUGUCUGGAUGUGUGUGUGUGUGCGUAGGUGGUCGUUUGAAAAUGCUGCAGCGCCUCUAUGUGUGUGUGUGUGUGUGUGUGGGAGUGUGUUUUAAGUGUGCGUCCCUGUAGGUGUAAGUGCUUUCACGUAGCUGAACUUGUGUUCUUCAGUGUUUGUGUAACAGCUUGUAUGUGUCUGUGUGCGUUUGCUCGUGGGCGGCUGGAGUCGUGCACCCUCAUGGAACCACCACCAGCAGCUGUGUGCUCCUAGUCUGUGUGUGUGUGUGUUUCAGUGUGUGUUUUUAUGAAUAAGUGUGCGUGCGUGGGCCCUGCUCCUCUCCGGUAACAAAGUAAGGAAGCCAUCGCAGCUCUAUCAAAUGUCAGAGAAUCUUAAGUGUGCCUUUUAAGCACAAUAGGCGGUGGAAAUGUCAUCACUUGAAGGGUCUAUUACACUUCAAGCCUUUGGUGCUGUUUUCCCUUUUUUUUUUCCUUUUCCGCUUCCUUUAUUGAUGCUUUCACAGGAAUAUGAAAGAAACAGGUGAGAAUAUCAACCCAUUUAUGUCAGGAAUAGAUUCAGCUCAGCGGGUGAAUGGUUAAGUCCACCGUUUGGUGCGGCGUUGUUGUUCAAGCUCCUGAAAUUUGGCUUGAUAUAGUGAAACACAGACAUGAUAUCAAAGCGGAGGGUCUCUGUGAGUGUCUACUGUGGAGAAAAACUCACAUUACUGGCAAAUAGUGAGUCAAAAUCAGCUAAUUUCAGUCAUUAGCUUGAUAGUGUUCGUGUGUGCUCAUUCUGUCCUCCUCCUCCUGCUCCUCUCCCUGCUCUCCUCUCUCCACCUGUAGCUGCCUGAUAGUUUGUAUGGCUGACUUUGUGACGUGUUAAGAGCCGAGAAUAAGCAAAAACAGGGAAUAUACUUCACUUUGGGUCUGAGGACUUGCUGAGGCUCGGUUUAAACCAUAGACUCACCGUUUGCCUCCUUGCUGGGUGAAGCAACCUCAAGAACAGCACCCUCUGGUGACAGGCUGUGGUAUAGGUCCUAUUCCAGCAAUCCCUAUGGAGCUGUGGACAAACUUUCGAAAUUAAUUACACAGAAAAAAAAAUAAUUCUUCCCUUUGGUUUCGAUGUUGACAUGUAGUUACUGUAAGACUGGUUUGUGCUCAAGUCCUCUUUUUUCACACCUGAUUCAAAUGAUCAGCUCGUUAGUAAGCUCUGUAGUGGCUUACUAACGAGCCGAUGAUUUGAAUCAGGUGUGGCCUUGAGGACUGGACUUAAGAACCACUGCUUUAGAUGGACUUAAAGCUGCGGUCUGACUGCUCCAGCUUCUGUAUUUCUAUAUGAAAGUUUACAGAGAUGUGUUAGGAUUGAAACUACUCUCUGAAACACAAAUGUUGGUAGUUAAUAUGCAGAUAAACUCCAGAUUACUGUCAGAAAAAAAAGGUUUUUGUAAAUUAUUCUCUGGCUUUAAAGGCAGGACAGCGUGAGCCUCAUAUAAGGCCCUCCUCGUCCAUAUGUUGUUUUCUUUGCGACAGUAUUAUGAGACCGAUUGUUUGUCUUUGAGUUCAAUAUCUCCAAGUUCAUUACAUUUAGAGAUCCCCUGGAGCACACACACAGAAACCCACACCCACACACACAAACGCACACACACUGCUGUUGUCAUGGAGAACACGUUUCGCCUCUGUAAAGAAUAAUAAUGCCUUGAAAUUUAUUGCAAUGCAACAGUAAUAAAGGCAGCAUUGUGAAUGUGUGUGCAUGUGUGUGUCUGCAGAGUACCCAUAUACAUGCUCCUUUUGUAUGUGCAUGUGAGUUUAUGUGUUUGGCAUGUUUACGGGAGAUAACGCCAAGUCUUAGCUGUCAGGCUACGAGCAGAGAAUAGGGCCUUUUGUUGUGGCGUUAGCUUCUCAUUACAGAGCCGGGGUGACCCCCCAAGAACCCCCGCUAGACAGCCCGUCUGUGUGUCACUUCCUGCCUGAGCCUUCCGAGCGACGCCAUUGGCAGGCUAUUGUUCCUGCAAGGGCGCGAUAGGAUCGGGGAAUGUGUCCUAAUGUUUGCAGAUUGGCUUGCCGGAGCAACAAUUACACUUUGAGAACGCUCCCAACGGGAAAAGAGGGAGAUAAGAGCCUGGGUGUGGAAGAGGGUGAAAGAGCCUCAGUGUGCGAUUGUGUGUGUGUGUGCAAAUGCGCGUGUGUGUGCAGCUGUGAUGAUCUUUUAUUGUUUUAAUAGCUUAUCCAUGUGGUCCCGCUCGCAUUGACAAUCCACAAUGGGGAAGUUUUUCCAAUUUCCUCCUAACUGAGGGUCUAAAUUGCUUUCUUUGUUUUACUGUUCAUCCAUGUCUCAUCACAUCUUCAUAAAGAGGAACAAGGUAAUCAAAGGCGCGUCCUUAAUGUCAUAAAUGUAGGGAGUGUACCAUUUACUGGAGGUUGUAAUGGUUUGAACCCAGCUCCAUCAUAAAUGGGCUUAUUUUCCUUUAAGCUUUGUCAUAUCUUACUCAUCGAACCCUCUCCCUGUGUUUUCUUCUGUCUCCAUCACAGCUUCAGAGUGUGGGGGCGUUUUCGACGCCAGUGAGGCGGGUUACAUCACCUCCCCUGGUUACCCUCUUGAGUACCCGCCCCACCAGAACUGUCACUGGAUCAUCACAGCGCCAGAGCCGUCGCAGCGAAUCGUCCUCAACUUCAACCCGCACUUUGAGAUCGAGAGGCUGGACUGCAAGUAAGUUGGAGGUUUUUUUUCAGAGUUGUUUCAAACAUUUAUGAGAGUGAGGACACUUUGUCACUGUGACUCUCAAGGUGAAGUCAGAACAUGCUGAGUGGGAGUCGACCUCAACUGAACAUCAUGUUCAUUUGUUAUGAUUUAAUGGUCGUGUUUUCUUCUGGGGUCAUCGCAAAACACUAAAGCUGAUCAUGCCAACUAUUCAGGGAGUUUUCCAAUCACAGGAAAUCUCUGUGACGAUUACUGGUCAACAGGAUGGACACCCACACAAAGUAGUUAUCCAGAAGUUGACGAUUAAUUCGUGACAUGCCAAACCUAAAAAAAAAAAAUUCACAUCAUCCAAGUCUCGAUCAAAGUCUUGAGUUUGGAUUGUAAACAAUAGCAACACCAUCCAUUGUUGGUUUUGGUCCUUGUCCCUUUUGUAUAUAAAUUUCUAUAGAUGUUUUACACAGUAGAUGAUUUUGUUAUUGUUGAACUAUUAGCUCACUCAGUCUCUCACAAAGUGGUGAACCUCUUCCCAUCUUUGAAUGUCCUUUUUAUACCCAGUCAUGUUACUAACCUGUUGGAAAUUAACCUCAUUAGUUGGAGAUGUUCCUCCACUUGUUUUUUAAAUUUAUUUAUUUUUUCUUUUCACCUUUGAUUUGCUGUCUUAGCACUGUUUUGAUUCAAACACACGCUCUAAACGAUUUAAAAACCAUCAUAUUCUCUUUGUAUCGACCUUUUACCGAGCGUCGUAGCCCCAGUGGAAUCAGAGUUGUAUAAAUCACUCCCUUCAUAGUGAGUGGACCCAUAAAACGUGCUUGUUUGUCGUUAUUCCAGCUGAGAGAUGAUUCACGUUGACAUUUUCAUUAGUAUGCCGCAGACGCAUUUGUUCCUCAAAUAAGUAAUUCCCUUUCUUUUACAUACUCUUUGUAAUUCGCUGCUUGUGGUUUUGGCUGGAUCCCGAGCUGCUCGAAGAUCCUCCACAGUUCGACCACAGCAGGUCAACUGCAGAGAAGUUUUAAUUGUAGACACGAGCUUCCUCCAGAACGUUAAGUGGACUGUGGUUUGUCUUUUCUCCGUUGUAGUUGUUUACUGCUAGAAUACAGCACGUUCACACGAUUACACACUCAUAAUGUCCCCAAAGCUGCUCGCUACAGCCGCACCGGCCUUUUAGAGGCUUUAGCUCCUUGCUCAAGGGCACUCCAGCUGCACAUUUAGGAGAUUGGAGGAUUUUGCUCGUUUUAGUUUCCACAUCUCAUCUCAGGAUUUUAGCCUCGUUCCCACAACUGUAAACUCAAAGCAGGUCAGGACGGAGACAGAGUGGAAAUAGUGAUUCACAGGGCCUAAUAAUUGGUCCAUGUGCUCCGUCCAUGGUCUUAUUAACUCUUACUUUACCAGGACUGAGAUCUAAAGUAUGUUUAAAAGCUUUGACAGCAGCUUUCAAAAAGAAAAAAGAUUUUCAAUACCAAGUUAUAGAAAAUAAAAAGUCUUUAUAAAUGCACAAGAUCUUGACAAAUGUGCAGGCAGUUUUUAGUCUUUUAAGUCACUUUGAGUCGCUGUGCAUCCAGCAUCAGGAAACUCUUAUUUUGCGGCUGAAUCAAAGAUGGAGGAGUCGUGCCGUGUCGGGAUUUUUUGCAGUUCAGUACUGAUCUUUGUGAGGUUGUGUCGUUGGAAUUUUCAAUACUAAAAGAUAACCAAUAGGCGGCACAGUGGUGUAGAUAGGCGGCACAGUGGUGAAGAUAGGCGGCACAGUGGUGAAGAUAGGCGGCACAGUGGUGUAGAUAGGUGGCACAGUGGUGUAGUGGUUAGCACUGUCGCCUCCCAACCAGAAGGUCCUGGGUUUGAAUCCGGGUCGGGGCAUUUCUUGUUUUAGGAACAUUAUGAACAGUGAACAUACUAGUGUAAACACAAAUAAACGUUAAUAAAAGACACGUAACAGUAAAAGUUUUGGUGUGAAUCACAAUAUAAGGGGGGACAUGAGCUGCUUGGCGGAGGUCUGCGCUGUCACCGGUGGUUUUAAUGAAAUCAUCAUUUCCUUAGAAGAGUCUAGGAUCUGUAAAUGAGUGAAUCACACCAACCUGAGCUCAUCUUGAAAUGAUCAUUUAGGACCAAAACAUGUUUUUUUUUUCUCCAGGAGAUAUUUGUGAUGUGCACUGAUUGAAGUUUUUUUAAUGCAGAAGGAUGAAACAUUGAAUAAAACAUCACCAUUGUAAAGUUCAAACAAAUUUUGCGAAUCAUUAAUGUUCUGUGUGACAUUAUCAGGCUGUAAUCCCCCCUCCAUCUGAUAAUCAAAUGCCAAGCAACAUUUAAAAAAUCUGUGUUUUGAUCAAGAGGGCAGAUAGAGCAGUGUGGGGAAAAAAAAAAAGAGAGAGAAUCGGAUGAAAGAGAAGAAAAGUGAUUCAGUUUGACGUGUGCAGGAGGAAAGGCUGAGAGGAUAAACACAGAAAGAGACGAAGAGAACGAGGCCCAGCUGCCGGUCUGCGAUGGUCCGUUUCCUUUCUCAGAGACAUGAAUAAUCCAAAUCAUAUGUUGUUCUGUUGUCUUCCACCUCAGAGGAAGGAGAGGAGCCACAGUCUGUUCAGCUGAAUCGACUUGUACAGCUGAGUCAGAGGCAAGUCACACCAAGACUUCUCUUUUGUGCUUUUGAGGCUGUUUGACACUUAAACUGUGAGACACUGAAAAAAACAACAGGAUCCUGACAUCUCCCUGUUAUCUGAUAUUAUUCCACUUCUGUUAUAUCCAGAUUAUAAGAGCUGGGAAAACUAACAGUCUCACCUGAAAUAGCUUAGAGAUGAGGACAUCUUGUCUGUGUUUGCUGUUCCUAGCACAGUUAAUCACUGCAAAUUUACUGCAUCUAUUUUUCAUUCUGUCCGUUCUUUGUCCCUAAAGUUUGAGGAUUUUUGUUUCCGUAUCUGUGAAAGCCAGUCCUUCUUGGCAAAUUUGGGGCUAAAUGAGCUUCGCACGUCGGAUUUUUUCAGUUAUCCGAUCUGCAGAUGCAUGAAAGAUUGAUCUUUUAUGGGGGAAAGUUCUGCAAAUGCUCUAAUUUGAUUUUAUUUCUGCAAGUUUUUUCCGGUUGUUGAUUAUCUAAUUUUCAAAUUCAUUUCAAUACAAAUGUGUCCUGAUGUUUUCUCCCCCCCCUCUCUGGGACAAAUACUCUUCAUAACAGAGGCUUUCUGUUUCUAUUAUUUGAAUUAUACUCACAGAUUGAAACGCGUUGGUUGUUUUUGUGAAACUGAAAUUGCAGACUUUAUCUGCACAGUCUCUGCAAUUAUUCCCGUUUAUUUCAUCUUCCCCGGCCGGGCCCCUCCCUCUUGUCUGUAUAAUGAAGAAUUAAUAAUCCUGGAUGCGCGUUUUAUUGCAUUGUUCACUCACAAAGCGCUUUCUGUGGCCAGGAGAGAAAUGUUACUUUCAUGCGGACAUCAAUGGCAGUUUUUUGGUGAAAGGCUUUUUUUGUAAUGAUUGUCGGCUCUAUUCACCGGCUUGUGUCACGUCUCAGCAGACUGUACAUGUUAUUUUGAUGCCUCGUCUUUGUGCCUCCAGGUUUCUGUCGCUUUCCGUCAAAGGCGAAACGUUGCAUAAUUACCUCGCUGUGGCAGGAUGUUUCUCUCUACUUCUGCACCAGCGUCAACACCGUUGCACUACAGCAGGGAAGUCCAGAGAGCUGCAGAGAGGAGCGGCUCAGCUGUUGAUAAGCUGUGUGUGUGUGUGUGUGUGGAGCAGUUUCUCACAGCCUGAGGCGUGCAGGGCAAGAGGAGGAGGAGGGAGCUGAGAUGCCUCCUCUCUUUCUCCUCUCUGCAGACGGUUUUACCAGGAAGGGGGUCAUUCUUCUUCUUCUUCGUUUUUUUUUUCUUUUACACUCGCCUGGAGGAGCUGAGGCCUUGGCCUGCCCUCUCACACACACUCCCACUCAAUCCCCCCUUCACCCUGCAUACAUGAGUGUGUUCAUGUGUGUGUGUAAGCGUGGGUGGGAAACAUUGUCCACAUGUGAGUAACUCUGCAAGCAUGGAGUAAGUUUGGAGGAGGAGCCCGCCUCUCCCUGAGAUUACCCCCCGUUUUUAGGGCCCAUUAGAGAAAAGGGGGAUCAUGCCAAUAUUUAUUCCUGCAUACCCUGCAGCACUAAUGUCUUUGCCCUUCUGGAUGCAUUUCCCUUCAGGGCGCCGAAAUGUAGCAGAAAUAAGCCAAAGUACUGCUCGAUAUCCUUCCUCACUCCAUCCUAUGCCAUGCUUUUUACUCCAGAUUGAUCCGAGCCCUGUAGCGGCUGUUACGGGUAGCUUCCUGUUUUUUUUUUUUGCCUGUGUGAUUAGGGACGGCAGUGUGAGCGAGCAGAGAGUAGAUUUUUGCAUGUUUUCACGGCGCUCUGUGACAGUUAGGGUGAAGGGGGAAACCAGAGGAGGGGCUGCAAGAGGUGGAGGGCUAAGCAUUUCGGUCAAGGCUGAAAAAUCUGCAUGACAGCUGGGAUUACAGAGUCAGAAGUAAAGGGAGCAGGAGAGUGUGUUACCUGACAGAUUCAGAGCUCUGUAGCAUGGUCUGAUGAUGGAGGAAACAAAGAGGUGAAGUCUGCUGGUAGCUUUGGAUGGGCCCUGAAGUCUUUGUCUACCGUUUUACAUCAGAGAGCAUGCAGUAGUGUCAAAUCAUAGCUGUGCAGGCUUCCUCUGCAGAAAUGUUGACCAUUUCGCAUAAGAUCAGUGAUUGAGAUUAUCCUCCUUGACCUGCAUCUGCUGACCUGCAGCCACUGACAUUCUUGGUGUCUAUAAAAUGUGCAGCUAAUAGAUAUGGUCACAAAUAACCGGCACAGAAAGCAGGAAUUGUAGGAGGCAGGGCAUGACAGGCCACAGUGUGACAAAAGAGUGGGAGCCUAUGUGUGUACAGAACAGAGCAAAUUGAAGUUCUGGUAUCUGGUAAUAGCAUAAAUAUAAAGGUGGUAUAAUCUGCUGUAAAUGAGGAAAUAUAUAUUUGUAACUUAAUUAAAUAUUUGUGGUAGAUUGAACAUUUUUGCAACGUUUUAGCCAAUUGAAUGUUUAAUGGGAAGAUUUAACAUUUGAAAUAAAUGAGGACAAGAGCAGAUUGAACAUUAGUGGGUGAUAAACAUUUUAACAAAGCUAGAAUUUGUGCCAACUGAGCAUUUGAGGCAGGCUAAAAUUUAGGGAGAUUGAAUAUUUAAUUUAACUAGAUUUUUUUGCAGAUUGAUCAUUAGCAGCAGAAUGAGCAUUUUAACUUAGCUUGAAUUAAGGAAGAAUGAACAUUUAUGGCAGAUUGAACAUUUCAACUGAGCCUGAGUUUCAGCAGAUUGAACAUUAUAACUCAGCCUGAGUUUGAGCAGAUUGAACAUUUGUGCACACUUAAACAAAGCUUUAAAUAUGGCAGAUUGAACAUUUGAUGCAGAUAAAACACAUUUUGAAAAGUAGAAUUUUGACAGAUUGAACAUUUGACAAAGGAAGAAUUCGAGCAGAUUCAACAUUUGUGAACCUAGAACAUUUUAACAAAACUACAUUUUUUGGCAGCAUGAACUUUUGUUUCAGGUUGAACACUUUAACAGUGCUACAUUUUUGCUAGAUUGAAGCUUUUGACAAAGAUCUGUGCAGUUUGAACAUCAUAAGUUGCCCAUUUUAGAAAAACUCAAAUUUGGAAGCAUGUUGCCAUCUUUGCCAUUUGACUUAAAGCAAACAACUGGGCAGCUCUUAAUCCUUGAGGCGUCUCUGAUUUGUUGACGAAGUUCUGAGGUAUACGGGAUGAGUGUCUUGAAGGUGCUGAUUCUAGUCUGACUUCUGAAAAAGGCUGAAAAAGACGAGGAGGCAGACUUUCCAUAUGCUUUGAAUUUGGUUCUGGCAGGCUUUUAGUGCUCUGUGUAAACGUCUAUCAAUAUCCAUACAUCAUCACUGGAAAUGUUUGAGGAAAAUUGCAUUAUGUUGCAGCCAGAUGCUAAACUGUAUUUGCAGGAAUUUUCUCCCAUUUCAGAACGACCAUGUCAUUAUUUUUGUGUCAGAACAGUGAUAACAGGGUCAAAUAACUGCAAGUGAGGUCAGUUUAUGGUGCUUAAAAACACGCACGUACACAUUGAAGCAUUGAACCUGUCGGUGCAGGAGCACUCAUCAGACAUCAUGUCCCCCUUGGGCACUUUAGGCCCUUAUAAAACAGAGGAAAGUGCUCAGUCAGCCCCAGCAAAGGCAGAGAUCCUCUAAUAUCCCCGUCCAGCUGGAGAUUUUCCCUCAGAGGGUUCAAACAGUCAGUACUCGGACGAUGCAGCGUGGCCAAGCCGCGGCUCUGCUGCAGCAAUCAAAUCGGCAGGCGGGCGCUGCGUGUCUGAGGUGGCACUUUAAUUCAGGAUUUCAUUUCAGGGUGGGGGGAGCCCGGCCGCGUGCCAAAUAGCUCUUACCUCCAGGUUGCCAGCCGAUUGAUGUGAAGUAAAUGUAAUAAAGGCUAGAUGAAAUAUCAGGCCCAUAUCUCUAAUGCAAUCUGCCAUCACUGAGCCCCAGGAUGCUACCUAGUGAUACACCAGGAGCUGAGGAAGAGGAGGAGGAGCGAGGCUAUUCUUCCCUUUGCUCUUUUCCUCUUCGGCUCUCUUCAUCUUUCUUUAUCCUCUUUUUUCUCCUUUCACUCGAGAAAGGAAAAGCCCACACCAUAAAACCGUAGCCAUUCAGGAAGAUCCAUUUCUUCACCUCUGUGGGUUUUAUUUCCUCUCUCUUUUUAUUUGGUUAUUUGUUAUUGAACGCAGCCUAAGGUGGGAGAUUUGAGGAUAUAACUUUAUAACACACACACAUCAUAAAUCCCUGCGCUCUGUGACACGCCUGUUCACUGUGAGAGAUGAAUCCAACAGCUCUAAGUAUGUGUGUGUGUGUGCGUGUAUGUGUGCGUGUGCAUGAUAUCACCCUCUUACGUAUCCCCACAGGGCGAGCAGAGAGGUGUGGGAUCAAUGUCUGUAUUCCUCUUGUAAUGGGAAAUCGAUAGAUGAUCAGCAGUGGCCGGAGGGAGAGAAAGAAAGAAAGGGAGAGAUGAAGGAGAAGAGGAGGAGGAGGUGAUGGCUAAGGAUGAAAGGAGAGACAGAUGAGCAGCCAGAGGUCACCACUAAAGGGAGUUGUUCAGCUUCUGAUGUGUCAAUACCGGGUCAUGGGCGGCGUUUAGGGCGAGAUCACGGCCAUCAGUGUCCGACGGUCAGGACUAUUAAAGCAGUCAGAGCUCUAAUGAUGAUUUAAGAAGUUACAAGUGAGAUUUGAUAUGUUUAAAAGAAGUGUUAUUAACCAUUUAAACACUGAGACGUCCAGAUUAGAUCAAAACUCGUCUAUGUGAUGUAGGAGAAGGAGAAAAGUGGACACAAGGAAGCGCUCCUCUUUAAUUUCCCACUUAUAAGAAUAAAGUUUUGUUUUUUUCAUAAUACUGAGAAUAAAAAUGAACCUUUUUAGGAAUUUUACACUGCUUGAAUUGCUCAACAAUAAAGUGAAGAAACUGCACAAUAAAGCUGUCUAAUUAUACAAGUUAGAACAUUGUGCAAUAAAGGCAAGAAAUGCAAUGAAUAACAAACGAAACAAGCAAGCGGCAAUAAAACAUGUAUAUAAGAAGAAUAAAACAAAGAGACACGCAAUGUCUGAUCUGCUUUUUUCUCAUUUAUGUGACUUUUUAAACAGAAAUUCAACUGCAGAGGAUCUCAGUAACAGAAAAAGGGUAAUAAAACGGAAAAGGAAUCAUAAAUCAUGUGGUCCAAAACUAUUGAUCUCCAUGAAAACCAGUCAAAUACUCAUAAAACCAGACCUCAGAGGACUUUCAGCCAGGGUAUGGUGGUUUUUCACAGCAUCUCCACAGGUUAAAAGUCAAACUAGACCAGAGUUAACCUGCUGUGAUGAUUUAAUGCUCGACUACCAGGAUGUAAACAAACACAGAUAACAGAUGGCAUCAUGUAGCAUGACGUGAUCAAUAAUCUGUUUUUAAAAUAGAUAGCAAUGAUUGAAGACAAAGCUCAGGGUUCAGACUGUAAUUAGCACACUGUAGUUUGACUGUAGACGAGCUUAACACCAUCCUGUCACCACAGCUCAGAGUGACAGCUGUGGAGCACAGAGGUGGAGAGGGGUGGAUGAGAUCUGUCAGAGAGAACAAUAGUGUGAAUAUCGUCUCAUUGUGAAGAGCAGUUGUUAGAUGAAGCUCUGUUCUGGUUGAUCUGCUCCCAAAUAAACGCCUCUCUUCUUCUCUGAAAGGAGGGUUUAUCAGACCCAUGUGGACCCUAAAUAGCCUCUGCUCCAUUUUCUCAGUGAACAGGAUAAUGAGUCUGAUGUUGUUUGAUUUGAUGACACUAAAAAAAGACUGAUCUGUCCAGAGAGGUUUGAGAUGUUCAACUCAAACCGGCGACCAAAAAAGACCCGCGCUUUCUCAGAAACUUCCUCACAACUCCUGCAAAACAAAAACAAAACAAAUAUAUAUUUAUACGCCACAUUUUAAAAACAUGAAAAUUCACCAAAGGGUGCUGAUUAAAAUCAAAAAAGAACAAACUGCAGAAGUUAAAACAUCAGGAGAAAAGACAUAAAAGCAGGUAAAAAAAACACUUAAAAUGAAAUAAAAAGACAAAAAUAAAAGAAAAAUAAAAGCGAUUAAAAAAAAAAAAAAAAAAGGCUGAAAAAUUUUUAACAAACCAACACGUUUGCUUAAGUGGGAGGCAAAUUCCCGCUAACUUUUGGGAAUAAAUAAAUUAGAAAAAAGACUGAAGAAGCUACAAUAUCAAACUUUUUUUCUCAAAAAAUAUCGAUGUCACUUUUAUAAGUGUGGCCUGAUUUAAGCUGAACGAGUUUUCUUGUUUAUUUGGGAUUUUUUGUCUUGAAUAUUUGUUGUAAAGUUGUGUUUUUGUGUCCUGGAUUCAUCAUUGGAAAUUACCGGUCUCACAAAGUAAGUGGAUUUUGUAUUAAGCUGGACUGUCGUACCGUUCCGGUUUUAGAGCUAACACUGUAAAUACGAUAUUCGGUUAGUAUGUGAAGACAGAGCCAUUGUGGACCAAAACUCACAGGACAAUUUUAGCAAAGAAAAAGUUCUUCACAGGAGCUUUAAGGGGAACUUUAGAGGAGUUCCAGCAGUAGAUUGAAAUAACUCUGAGCUUCAUCGUAGCAGAACAUACAGAGUGGAGCACCGUUGAUUUUAAGCAUUUAGCGUGACUGAAAAUAAAAGUAGGACCUCGUUAGGAUAUAAGUUCCCUCCUCUAAACGUCUGCAAACUCGCUCCUCUAAACGUCUCCGUGGUGAAUAUAUGCUGAUAGGUCGAUUAAAAGGCAUCCAGCAGGGGCAGCAGGGUCACGGCUUCAGCUCAGGCAGCAGUUACUGUCUGAUGUUCCCGAUCGAUGCGGCACUAGAAGGUCCGGGGCCUCGCCCAGGCUGCCUGUGGUCAGCGGUUUGGCCCCCGUCAACUGUAAGUACGAGCCGGUGAUGGACGGCAGAGGAGGGAGGUGAGGGAUGAGGAAGAGGUGGAGGAAAGAGGAGGAGUGCUGUUUGUUUUUUGGGCUAGAUUGGAGAUGGCAGGCCCUGCAGAUCUGCAGGGAUUUCGCUCGCAGCAUCUAGUUAAUAUUUCAGAGGCACUUAUGGUUUAUUAGAGUCCCCAUCGAGGGCGGGAGGAGCCUCUGAGUGAGUGAGUGUGUGUGUGUGUGUGUGUGUGCUGUACGCCCUCCCAGCCUUACUUAAUUCCUGCUUCUGUACAUCACGCAGAAGGAGAAGAGUGAAGCGACAGGCAGUUGUUCUUUGUUUACAGCUCUGAGAUCCUGAGGGUUUCUGAGCUCUGAGAGGAGAGAGAAAAAAAAAAACACAAACCAAAGCCGAGAGGAAAACCGGCUCAAACUGAAGGACCCGAGUGUCUGAGAGCAGCCAAGUUUGGUUUACUGAUACCCUCCAACAGCUGCUCUCUUUUAUCAACACAAACACAAUAAAUCAGACCGCCACCAACACACCCGCAGUGAAUUAUUAUAUGUUAAUGUUUUGUGUAAUUUUCACGCUCACAAAGAACGCUUUAUGGAGUUAUGGAGGCAUUGAGAGGAAAAUGAAUGAAACACAGUGGAACAAGGCAGUUUUUCCUCACAAAGACAUGAAUGAGAGCCGCUCUGCUAAUGAAAGAGGCUGUGACAGGUUUGUACGAAUAUAAAAGGCAGAGAUUUGUUUAAGGUGAGGGAAAGAGGAACAAACUAGGGGAGCCUGGAAGGCCAAAAAAGAUGACUCAAGUAAGUGUUUCAUUUUGCUGUGAUCAAAAUAGAGCGUGGAUUCAAACCAGGUGAUGUUGACUCAAGACUAACUCAGCAGUUUGGUACAUAUUAGGACGUGAUGUACAAAACAACUUCUUCCUCUUUCUCCUCCUUUUCUUCUGCUUUCUCUUUCUUUACGCACUCUUUUCUCCUUUGCUUUUUUUCUGUUUUCUUUUCAUCGCUUCUUAAUUGUCUUCUAAAACCGUCUCUCUGUUUCCAAUGCAGUCAGCAAUGUGCAGAUUUUAUCCAGAUGUGUAGCUCUUUUCAGCAGCUACCAUCUGUUUUCUCAUUUACUUAUGGUUUUCAGACGUUAAAACUAACUAUUCAAAAGUUAUUUUUUUCCUUCUGGUUGAGGUCAUAAGAAAACGUCAGUAUUGAUUUGUGUCUAUUUCACAACCGUUUAAAUUUCCUCACUGGAGCUUUAAUGAAGGAGGAACAGCUGUUACACUUCACUUAAGUGGUUGCUUGCGUCUUGGAGCGCCAUCUUCAGGGAAAAAUACUGUAACACGAUUAAAUUUAAACGAGUAUAACAGGUGAAUAAGAUGAAGCUCACUUUUUAAUGUCUUUUUCUAUUUCUCCCUCUUUUUGAGGUUUCCUUUUUCUCUCCCCCGGUUUUGUUUGACCCCUCAAACUUAUUUCUUCUAGUUUCUGUUCCUUCUGUCAACGUUUGCUUCCUCUUUUCUUCUUCUGCUUUCUUAGUUUUCUUCUAUUCUGGUGUCUUGUCAGAGUCCUGAUUUAUUGCUCACACUUUUUUGUUCCUUCCUCUUCUCGGUGAUCUUUUCCCUCGUCUUUUUCUCCUCGUGUUCGUCCUCUUUCUCCUACCUCUCUCCCAUUGUUCUUAUUCUACCUUUCCUUACUUUGUAUUCUUUGUAUUUUACUUCUUUCAGUCUGGUUUCUCUUCCCUUCUAACUUUGUCUUUCUAUUUAUUUUGUUUUCUCUUUCUGCCUUUUCGUCUCCUCUUUACUUCAACACUUCUCACAGCUUUUUUAAAAUCCUAAUCCUCCUCUGUUCUCUCUUCUCCUGAAAUGGCAAACUUGCCUCUAAGGGGAGCUUCAUUUGCCAAAAUCUGACCGCCUUUGUCACCUUCCUUCCUCAACUACUCGCCUGUGUGCCCUUUGUUUCACACACUGAGGAAAUGACUCGACCAUCUGCGCUGACAAUGUGUUUGGAAACUCUGGUGACCGCUGAGGGUGAAAAGUGUGCGGCGUUUCACACCAACCUCGCUGUGCAUUAUUUGAGCACCUUCUGUGUACACUUAGAGCUCUGCGAUUGGCCGUAAUUGUCAGUGCAAACAUACUUUUGCACUCAAACACACAUUAUCGUGCAUGUGCCGGGGCACGGACACCUACAGGGGACGUCCCCGAUCACCAACAAACGACCAAGGUGUGAAAGGCAAUUAGCUGUUUUGGUGGAAGGAUAUCUGAGAGCGAAGGAGCGGACAUGUCUGGACUGGUGGGGAGUUGCUGGCCCUGAAGGGUUUCCAGUUCCCUCGUCCCCUUCUAUGUCUGGUCCGGCUCGUCUCUGUGGGAGUUAUUGUGGGGGGAGGGUGGAGUGAGACGGGUGUCGUGCAGAGCCAGACAGACUGCCAGACACUCAGACAGACAGAGAGCUGGCAACCGGGAAUCCACAGUGUCAGACAAAAGGCGGGGUACGGAUCAAAACAAGCUCUAAUGGAAUCUGGAUCAGGCUGCGUGGAUGGGCGAGCGAGCCGUUUGUGAUGCUCAUGUGUGUAAAAAAAAAAAGAUUUAUGUGUGCAAUGUAGUGGAAUGUAUAGGAGUGUGUGUGUGAGAGAGAGACAGCGAGCUCUCACACACACACGUCAGACCCUCAUGCAUGUAUUCAUCAGAGCCUGGGGAGCGGCUGAGCGAACAGGUCAAUAAUCACAUCUGAGGAACACUCACUCACUGACGCUAAUCCACGACAGGAGCGGGCGAGACACACAGAACCAGAGAGAAAGAGAGAGAGAGACCCACUCCAAAAUCAAUUAAAACCUAAUUAGGCUCUCAGCUCCUUUGCAGGCCUUUUAUUCUUCGUGUUGGCGAUACAGCGCUAAGUGUGUACGCGCACGCCUCUAUCUGCGUGUGUGUGUGUGUGUUUGUUGGCACAUGUAAGAGUGUGUUUUCCCUCGGCAUGUGUCAGUUACAGUCCUAAGCAGGCGUACUUCGGGAAAAGCCGUGGCUCUUACAGGCUCAACGCGGGAGCUCGCCGCUAAAGCCCGUGCGAUCGCCUCUGUAAUGCAGGAUUACAACCAAAACACGUUUAAGACAGCCGGACAAUUGGCUUCCUUACUCGCUUCAGACCUACUUUUUGUGCAGAUUUGCUCCAGACUCAACCUUCAUUUCCUCUCUCACUUGUAGGCGGAAACGCCUCAGCCUGCAGCUCCCAGAAUCCAACAUGAUUCCAGCUGUCCUUAAACCAUCCAGCUCUUCCAGGGUGCACAACUUAUCCAAAAAAAACUACAUUUUGCAAUAGCUCGCAAUUUAGUUUUGCGCAACAAUCAACUUCAGAAAGAAAUCAUUUCCUAUUUCUUCAAUUUUACUUUCAUUCCCUGCCGGAGUUGAACCCUGUACCCUCUGUUUCCUUUCAUCCUGCACAGCCAAUGCAUUUGUCAGGAAGUCACUACUACACACUUAACCUCUGUGCGGAGUAUGCACAAAAAAAUCUGAGCACACAGUGACAGCAUCGUCACAAAUUAAACCUCUUAGAUCCAAAACUGGGUGGAUCAAUAUGUAAAUAAGACGACUGUGCCGUCUUUUGAAGGUUGAUUCUCGCCUCGUCUAAUCUCUUACAGAUUCCACAUGUACAGUCUGGAUUUACAGCGAAGGGAGCGUCUGGUUUCUAUUUGUAGUAUGUUUGUGGUUCAAGUAGAUUUGGACCGAACAGUCCUUGUGGAGAGCAAAAGAAGGCAGACUGAUGUUGUAAAGACAUCCCAGCUCCAGUUGGUGGUAAUCUACAAAAGAUUUAUCAGUACAGACGGAUAUAUAUUCACGCAUAUGUUGUAGAUCAAAACUGAAACUGAAACAAAUGAUUUUCUUGUCACUUAGUUGUAGUUUCAAGUGGUAGAAUCAGAAACAGCAUAAAGAUGUGGAGGCUUCUUUAAAAGUUGUACUGCAUCUUUAGAAGUUACCACCUGAAGCUUGGACCUCCAGAAGUGACACCUGUAAAAUUAGGGCUGGGCGAUAUGGCCUCAAAUCAAUAUCACGAUAUAUUUAGCAGUUCACCUCAAUCACGAUAAAAUGGUCGAUAACUACUCCACAAGCUGCUCACCCCCUCCCACAUUAACUUUGUUUUGAUGGGACAGCGUAGGACAGCAUCUUAAAGGGACAUGAAACUAUAGCCUACAUAAGGACUGGGCGAUUAUAAGAACGGGAUUAAUGAUGGUGAUAAAUUUGUGCAUCACAACAGCCAAUCAGAGUCGAGCUUUUCCUGCUCACGUCUAUAAGUUGCUGGACGAGUAAACAGAGUAACCGAACGUGGAGCUGAGGGCAGUAAAAUAGAUGUCAGCCAUGACUUUGAGUCAUCCUCCGAAGAUGUUAUUGUUGAGAAGAAAAGUUAUUUAACGUCUUAUUUGGUAUUUAUCUAUUUAUUUUUCAGUUUUAAGUACAGAAGCUUUAAAACUGCCAGUUUAAAAAAAAAAUAUAUCGUGAUAAUAAUCGAGAUAAGACAAUAUGACAAAGUAUAUCGUGAUCAUCUUUUUGGCCAAAUCGCCCAGUCCUAGCCUACAUACACACAUCCAAAACCAACUUUUAUUUAUUUAUAUUUUUGACUUGAAAUAUAUCAAUAUGGGAAAAAUGACGUCGGUUAUUGUCUUAAAGUCUAUCUGUAAAUCUUCAGUUUAUCGCCCAGCCCUAUGUAAAAUGUUCAUUGUUAUGAACAUGAGUCUCUCACAGGCUGCAUGGUGAUGUGAUGGGUUACCUAACACGACUCGAACAAUGAUCUCGUUUUGUAAAAUUCACGUGGUUCCCUUUUUCAGUCUGAAUCCUUUUCAUUUCUGUCCAAAUAUUUGUAUCCAUCCCUGUCAGCAGCAUCGUUUUGUGAAAUUAGUCACAGCUUCACAAAAACAAUCCACGCCUGUUGUGUAAUCUUGUAUUCAGAUCGUUUCAAACAAACCUCCUACAAACCGUCAGAUAUCUGGCAUUGUGCAGACAGCGUGUUGGCAGCACUGCGGGCUCACUGCAGCGUUUUAACACUUGAAUCCUCACCUGUCACCUGCCACGCUGACCCAGAUUAAUGUGAUUGGGAUUAUCCCUCCAUCAGCAGUCUCAGUCGUGCAUGCUCUGUUUAAGGAAUCAAUGCACUGCAGGAAUGAGAUCGCCAGAAUGAAAGAGGCUUAGUGACUCUUCUUAAUCCAGGUUUUAUUCCAAGCCGCACUACAAAAGAAGUCUUAGCCGCGAGCUGCCGCAGAGAAACACAGAGGAGUGCUGAUUGGUCCCCCUCAGAUUUACCGAGCACUUUUACUUCUCUGAGGAACAACAUUAGCAAGAUGCUGUGUUUAAAACUUGAGUCGUCUGCUGCUGUGCUUUUGCAGCCUUACAGAUCCGAUCGCAGUAAUUAUGGAGACAGCAGCAGCAGCAGCAGCGGUGGCCCUGUUGUUGUUCCGACGGCCUCGACGUAUGAGCUAAUUAAGAAGAGAGUGGGUUUUUCGAGCUGGGGUGUCCUCGGUGGCGCUGCGGGGCUCCUGUGGCGAUGCAGUUAGUUACGCAGUCACAGUCGGGGGAUGAAGAAACACUUGUUAACAGUACAAAGAAGGAAACAGGAUGAAUAAUGUGAAGGCAAAUUACGAGGAGAUUACUCACAGUUGUGUAGUGUACAUACAUGCAUGUUAGGAGGAUAAUACAAAAUCUAUACAUGCGUUGAAGCAGUGGAAACGCCACAAGUAACAUCGCAUGUAGUGCGGAGCUGUUUCCACUCAUCAUCGUCGUCGUCGUCGUUGUUUUCUUCCGCUUCAUCCGGGUCAGGUGUUAUGCCGUAGAAUGCACCCCUGCCGUAGAUCGCGGAUACAACCAGCCGGUGUUGUGCCGUAGAAUGCACCCCCUGCAUCCCAUCCACUCCUUAGCUUCUUAAAGUGGAAGAAAAUUAUCUCAUAUUUUAAAAAAAUACGAGUGACAACUUUCGUUCUGUUUUUUAUGUGUCUCAAAAAUGCACAUACGGAGGUGUGCUUGGGUAUAUAAAUUGUACAGUUAGCUGUCAAGCUAGCGAACAUUAUAUUUUCGCAACAGCAAAUAUUACGAAUCAGAGGGCUAUUUUUUCGGCUUAUCUGAAUAGCCUGAAUGAAAAUAUUGAAGGCACACGCUUAUGAAUUCAUCCAAUGGUAAGGAAAACUUGGAUUAUUUUCGCCUUGUUAAGUACUUUCGACUGCGCUCCCAUCGGGGUGCUUUCUACGGCAGGGGUGCAUUCUACGGCACAACACCUGUAAAUCAAGAGUUUUGCCUUACGGCUCAGCUCUUUCCACUCAUGCACUCUGGAAAUUUUCGAAACAUUUCAGGAACUCUGACCCUGAAAUUUUCCUGAGUUUGAUGCACAAUCAUCCAGCAAAGUCAAAUUACAGCUUUUCUAAAUGGAGUUUAUAAAAGCUGUUGAUGGGGGAAAAAAACACAAGUUUUUACGCUUUAAAAAACGGCUUAUGUGUGCAGAGAUCCUCUCCGUAAUGUUGUCAGACACUUAAAGUAUCAGUCUGAGACUGUCUGAGGUGAUAACAAGCACUUUAGUGGAUGUGGCUGUUACACUGUGAGCACACAAAGCUCCAUACUGGAGCACUUAUAGAAGUUUUUGUAUUUGCUUUCAGACUGUAAAUUUGUUCGACUAUAGCCCAGGUUCAGAAAAUACCAGACGACACAGACUUAAAUGAUGGACUUUUCCUUCGAUUACCACCUUCAAACCUGAUGCUUGACUCGGCUCCGGAGCGUGAGGAUGGUCUUUACUAAAUCAUACCAACAAAGAAUAGCAUCAAUUAUUGGACAAGAGGAGAAGAAAGACUAUGUUUUAUAGAAAAUCACAGCUCUGGUUGCACAGCACUCACCUGUCUGAGGCCUGGUGUAAAAAGGAGAAUUAAAACUUCAGCAUCUGGAGCAGCAGCUGGCUCUGUCACACGUGUGGGGUGAUUUUUAGUGAAACAAAGUGUGGGGAUGGCGUUCAGACGAAGCGAUAGUGAUCAUUCAGUCAGAAAACAACCAACUGGAGCUGUCAUGUUUGAAACGAGACUGUAAUUUGUUGUUUUUCUCACAUUUGUCUCUUAUUCCUGAGCAUUGUGGUCAUUUUUUUCUCUGAGAGUGAAAAACAUCUACCUCUGACAGCGACGUGUGUGUGUGUGUGUGUGUGUAGCAUGUGUCUCAUAAUGUUGAAGGAAUGACACACAGGGCUCUGAGCUAAAUCUGGAUCAGCCAGGUGGGCUCUUGCUCUGCCUGUGUGUCACUCAUAAAACCACACAAACACACACACACAUACACACACGCUCUGACCUGACAGCGAAGAAUUUGCUUUUACUGUUCAGGGUCAGUUGGCCGUUCAGAGGUCAGAAUGAGCUGAGAGCGUAAGCAUGUGAGCGUCUUCACAAACAAGGCGUCUCCACAUUUCCUUAUCCUGAUUUCUGACUCCACUCUCCCCUCCGUCCUCCUCACCUUUCCUCCGCUCUUUACUUUUUCAUGAGCUCCUCCGUCUAUUUUUACUCGUCUUAUUAAUGAGUCCACCCAGCUGUCUGUUUGCAGGCAUCUUCGCCGCUCGCUCCGCAGCCACUUGCUCCACUUCUGCUCUGUUUGUCCCCUCGCUGCUCGUCCCGUGACUCCAGAUCGGGCGAAAGUGAAGACUGUUCGCCCCGAGCUGAUGCAAAAAACGGAUCUGAGUCAGUUGUCCUGAGAAGAAAGUGGGUCGAAAGAGCUAAAUUUAUGAACGCAGCUGAGGGGAAAGAGCAAAAAUAAAGCGCGGAUGGACUGAAAGCCAAGUUGUGUUUAUUUAUCUGUGUGGUAAUGCCGAGUUUCAGCUUGGACAUUGUGUGUCCUGCCCAGUCCACACCUGUCUGCUUUUUAUUAGCUUAGCUUGUUGCAUAACCUCAUAACUAUCUAUAUUUAUCUCCUCCCAGCUCCUGCACUUUGAUUUCUUUUCCUCUGUUCACAAAAUCAAUACAAACUGAGUCCAGAGAUAUUUUUCUCAAGGAUGCAACAGCCAGAAACAAUCUUAUAUUUACUCUUUUUUCUUCCUCAGGUAUGAUUUCAUCGAAAUCCGCGAUGGGACUUCAGACAACGCUGACGUUCUGGGGCGACACUGCAGCAACAUCGCUCCGGCGCCGAUCAUCUCCUCCGGACCCUCCUUGCAGAUCAGAUUCGUGUCAGACUACGCCCACCAGGGGGCAGGCUUUUCUCUGCGCUACGAGAUCUUCAAAACAGGUGAGAAAGCAGACCUGGGACGUGACUGGUGGUUUGGACUGAAAACGAUUUGUGACUCACUCUCUCUUUAAACUUAUAAGCAUUAGUCACAUUGCCUGUGAUGGUCACUGUGUCAGAUUAAAAAUCAGUGUUUCUGUAAGAAUCAAUAUUAUUACAAUCGUAGUUACAAUUAAAACGAUUAAAUUGCUAUUUUUUAUAUUUUGCUUGUUUAAAAAAUAUUUUUACUAUUUUUUAUUUUUAUUGUUAAUUUUUAUUAUUAUUAUUAUAUUAUUUUGCUUUUUUAUUUUUUUUACUAUGAUUUAGAUAUUUAUUAUUAUUUUUUAAAUUAUUUUACCUCCUUAUAUUUUUAUUACUUUAAUAAUUGGAAUUACUUUCAUCAUUCAUCAUUUUUCUUAUUAUUGUUGAUUUUUAAUAUAUUUCAAUUUUUCAUUCUUUUAUUAUUAAUAAAAAUAUAUAUUAUUUUAUUAUUUAUUUUAUGAUCUAUUUGUUUAUAUUAUUGUCAUUGUGAGUUAUCUAUUCAAAGUUAUAGUAAAUUUCCCUCAGGAAUCUGGUUGUAGUCCUAUCAGUGACCCUGCAAGAUCUCUAGUCUUUGCAAAAUCCUGGUCUGUGACUCUUUGUAGACUCUGCUGGUCUUCGACUUAAAUCUCUUGGGAUGUGAAGGUGUGUCAGAGUUUAACUCCUUAAGUCUUCUGUGGUCUUGUAGCUCAUGCUGAUAUGAUGUAGAGUUUCUAUAUUUUAAUGUAAAGUGUCAUUUUAUUAAUGUAGGAUGAAGGAUCUGUUAGUAUUUCUCCUGGAUUAAAGCAGGUCUGGAAACAAUCAUAAGCGAAUCUCUUGUGCAGAGAUUCAUCAGAGAACAGAGAGCAGAGAGCGAUUCUUGGCCGUUCUGAUCCUCUAAUACUCUGAUUUAUGAUUAUAUUUUCCCACUUUGAAUAAUGCUGAUGUGCAGUUUGGAAUACAAAAGGCUGUAGCUGAUUAAACUUUGAUUGAUUUCACCGUUUUCUGAACUACGGAGGAAAUCUGACGAAGCAGUUGGCCGGCGUUUGUUGAGGAGUGGAUCUCAUUUGUCAAAGAGUCGGGAAGUAUCCAGAAACGUUCAUGGGAAACAGUUCUUCAGGAAACUUCUGAAACCUCCUUCUGCUCGAACAUUAAGCUCUGCUGUGCAUUAAUUCAUCAGUUAAUGAUUUUGUCUUCUGCUCAUGCUAAUGGCCCGAAACCUGUGAUCAUUCACCCCGACACUCCUGCAGCACUUUACAUCAACAGAGGCAGCCGCGCAUGUAAACAAGAGAGGAGGAAAAACUUUCAAUGUCCUGAAAGCAUGUGAGGAAUGCUCGCUUAAUUGGCGCAGGAUCUGCUUCCUCUGGGGAGGCGCAGCGAGCCGGGAGGGAGGGGAUGAUGGAGAGAGCUCCAAGGCGACUUGGAGUUGGGCUUAAAGGUCAAAGGUUUAUGGUCGGAGGAGGAGGCGCGGAGAUUGAUGGGGACGAGUGUGCGGCGAAAUGGAAUUUUCAGGAGGUCGAGGAAGUGCUGGUUGCAGGUGAGGGCGUUCAAGGCGGUGUAUUUGUUUUGCGGCGAAGGUGUGAGCUAUGUGCGUGUGUGUGUGUGUGGAUAGUGGGAGGAAAGGUGAAAUGGUCACUUGGCCUUGAGGCAGAUUAAAGAUUUAUGUCCGAGUGAGUUACCAGCUGAUUGUGUUUUCGACGUUAGGCCACAUUUUCAGGUCGCUCCGCAGCGGGUCACCAUACAUUCGUUCAGCGAGUAUUUUGAAACCUUUAACCCCGUUAAAUGUCGAAGGUUAUUACAGGAAAGAUCCCUGCGGAGAGAGACAUUAUUUUAAAGCAGAACCAGACGUUACAUCCCACUCUCCAAAGCCACCAGACUCCUCAGACAAAUGCGCUGAUUAUGCAGAGUAUCCUGAAGGUCUACUUCUGCUGCAAACGCUUUGUUACUCUAAUUGUGUCUUAAUGGUUCAACACUGUGACUCAAUACAACACAGAACUACAAGAAAAAAACAUCAGUCGGAGCAGGAAUCAGCCUCACACUGAAGUUCUUAAAGUAUUCAGUCCUUUACUAGUGUUAUUUUUACAUUUGAUGGUCUACAAAACCUUUGCAAAAAACAGACCUACACAAAUAGUUGUAACCUGAAGCUGCAUGAAAAAGGGAAAGAAGCAAGAAGCAGUAAGAGAUUGCAGGUAUUGAAUAAAAUAGAACAGGCAAAUUUGAUAAUUAAAAACUAUUUUCUAAGACUUUCAUAAAUACACCCUCAUACAAACAUGCAUGACUCUGCCCUCCGUCACAGCCGCUAGAACACAAACUCUCCUCAUUUAUGUAGUUCAGUCAUGACUAUUAGUUUGAGGAACUUUGGGAGCCAUUUUUGGAAUAAAAAUUGAAAGCUGACUAAUUUAUCAGCUCUAACCAGCACUGUGGACAAGUUUGGAAGAGAGAAAAUAAAAGAAAAUUUGCCAUUUUGGUGCCAUGGUUUCUUAACAAGUGCUGAUAUCAUUUGAUUACCUCUGCCAAGGAGGUUAUAUUUUCGGUAGCGUUGGUUUGUUUGUUUGUCUGUUGCCUCAUAACCAGAAGGUCCUUGGUAUGAAUCCCGAUCAGGGCAUUUCUUGUUUGGGGGGGACAUGAGUUGCUUGGCGGAGGUCUGCGCUCUCCGAGUGCUUUUCUAGUUUUUGCUGUUUUUUUAUUGAACUUAAAGUGUUGUGACACAUCUAGUUGCAGCUAUGCAAGUUAAAGUGACUCUCUUUGUACGUAAGUCUCGUAGCUUAUAAACUUGCCAACCAGCAACAGAAACGUGCACCCCAAACAAACAUGUUUAGAUCCCAGGUUUUACUUUGUACUUCACAAAAAGAGCACACGGCUACGUGGGGGCUGAGUCACGGAGUCGCACAAAGUUCAUUUUGAGAGUUUUUCUGGUCGGAUCGAGUGUCUUUUACGUGCUUCUAACUCAGUAAGUCCAUGCAACACAAACUCGAAACUUCCAUACAAAACCGUGGACAUUUGAAGGAUUUUAUAAACUUCCCCUGACAAACUCCCAAAAAAGAGGACAUGUCCGGGUAAAAGAGGACGUAUGGAUACCCUACUUUACUGUCUUUGUUACUGAGCUGCUGAUGGAAAGAAUCCACCGAAGCAGCUUAGAAAGGUCUUGUCUCUUUUCGCCAUACCAACCUAAAAAUGUUCAAAAUAAAAGAAAAAAGUGGAGCUCAUGUUUGAACAUAAUGAAAAUUCAGAUGAGGAGCUGUCAGAAUAUAUCCUGAGUGAUUAAAAGAAGAAAUAGAAACUGAGUUUUAAUUGAAAGAAAUUGAAGAGAGUUUCAUGUCUGGUGUGUAAAGCACAGAAAGUGAACAGUCAUCAAAGAUUCGCUCUGACUUUUCAUUUCCUACCUUUAAAAAAAAAAAACCUUUUUGUGACAGAAAAUGUGACCCAGAUUUUAACGUUCAGCUCCGUUACCAAGGCCACCAGCUCGAACCCGGCGAUGUAAUAGAGUAGAUUGCAUCUGUCUCACAUUCGCACACAUGUAGAGGGAUUGAAGGCGGAUGGAUGGGGGAUGCGGUUGCCAUGGCUAUUACAAGAUUCUGGUUUCAAAUUCAGGGGGUAUAAGAGAUUGUGUCACUGUGGGAGCACAUGUAGGUGUCUGCUCGCUGCAUGUGUGGGUGGUUCCACUCAGAGCCUGUUGUGUGCGUGUGUGUUUGUACGCGGAGGCGGGAUGACAGAUGUGUGUGUGAGAGAGAGAGAGAAAGAGACAUGGUGGGAAAAUGAUUGGGGUGAAGGGAGACAGAACGACAAAAGAGGAGUGAGUCAGAGCGAAAAUGUAUUCAGGAUGUGUGAUUGAGGCCAUGUGUUAAUUGCAGCGUUCGCAGCGCCUGCACGCUCGCUCAUCAUCCCUGUUUGUCUUUGGCGAGGCGAGCCUGGGCCACAGGUUUCCUCUAAAUACAGAGAUCCAGCUAAGAUGUGUUUGUUUACCCGAGUGGAACAAUUGCGUGUUCAUAACUUCUACCCCCGAUAAUGGAUUUUAUGUACUUUUAAUUUUCAUCCAGCUGUAGAGGACAGUGACUGUAGAAAGUUAAUCUACUCUGCGGCCUUUAAACACAGUAGCAAAGCAAUAAACUGACGAGAAAGCCCAACAACACUUAACAUGUUUUCUUUUAACUAUUUUUAAUUAAACGUCGGCUUUUAAAUGAUUCACAAACCAUUAAAUUCAGUUUGUAUGAAGAUUUACCUCGGCUUUAAAGGAGUCAGGGUUGUGAACUCCAUUUGUAAAGUGUCUUCUGGGUUGUGUUUAAGGGUGCGUAUGUGUUUUUAGAGGGUGUGUCUGAGCAGAGAUGGACAUCUUGGCCCUCAGUGUGUGUGUGUGUGUGCGUGCGUGUGUGUGUGUCAGCUUCCUUUAAAUCUUAAACAGACAGUCUAGCUUACUGUGCAGGCUGACCCCCGUCACACUGUGUCUAGAAGUCAGACAGUGUCUGUCUGUGUGUACGUGUGUGCGACUGUGCGUGUGUGUUUUGUAUAUCUUCGCCCUUCUGUAGGCUGAACCAACACAAUAACUUGUUUUUGUUUGGUUCAGUCAACCCUGUUACAUAAGCGAUGACUGUAACUACUCGAGGGGAUUUCGCAUUGGACAAGCUGUGUGUGUGUGUUUGUGUGUGUCUGUGCGCCGGUCUCCAUGCGUGUGUGUUUGUGUGUAAUCGGGGUACAGUGCAGCAAGAGCUAAUUAUUUGCAGCGCAGGAGGCGAAGGAGUCGACCUUUGACUCUGCAUCCCUCCUGGUACCCUCCACCCUCCUGUACACCUCCUGAGGGGGGGAGUAAGGGUCAGCGGUUGCCCCACAACAACAUCCUUCCACCUACACACCCACCCCCCAAACACCCCCCACUCACACACACACAUGUACAGUAAUCCUGCUGUACGGUGAAAGUGCACGACCCCCUUUUCCCCUAUUAUCGUCCUGGCCUAGUUCGGUCCUACUCAUGCGUGCUUAACCCUUUAUUCAGCCCCGUCUACCUCCCCCACUUCCCUUCCCUCCAUCCAUCCAUCCCUCAUGCACUUCCACUUACAUUGUCACGUGAUACAGACGCUGUUACCACGGCUACAAGGGGAAGACUUGCAAGCGAAACCCCCUUUUGCACAGUUCCCCACUGGCACGACGGCAAAAACAGCGUCGCAGCCAAUCCGGAGUUGAGUCUACGGCCGGUUUACCCGAGGGCGUUGAGACCCCUACAUGACCGCUGCCAUGGCAUCUGCGGGGGUCAGAGCGAGAGCUCGGCCUUAGGCGGGACCCCCCACUCGGGUGUCAGUCAUAACAUUGGCCUUGCGUUUGUUUCUAAAGCUUUGAUUGGAGGAGAAAGUGAAGGCUGUUACUAUAUGGCUGCUUGCCAUGCUAUGUUUAUUCCUCAGACGCCCGAUUCAUCCCAACGCGGAAAUUACACACAAGUAAUUAACUUGCAAAGGUAAAUUAAAUUCAUGAAUAAAUAAACUGGCUGAGCGCUCAAGACUGAUCAGCGAUGAAGACGCUGGAAAUGAAUAUUAAGGCGUCGUCUGCAAAGAGGCGAAUACAGCUCAGGAAAGCUGCACUAAUUCUUUCAACAGAAGCUGCAGGAGGUUUUUCUGUUUGUUUUUCUCCUCCUCAAGAUUGAAAUUACGUGACGAUAACUUCUACAGCUUAUCGCGGAAGCGUUGUCGGGAAAUGUGACUGAGGCGGAGUGUUCCCGUCUAUAUUAAGCUGCUUCUCGCUGAUGUGCAAUCACGUCUCUGCGGGUCCGUAAAAGAGUUUAGCCACAGCACGCCAAGAAUGUUGUUGUUCCCGUGUUGGGUCUUCCUCUUAUUUGUGAAGUUGUUGUUGUUGUUGUUAGUGUGGCGUUUCCCAACCCACCCCUCCUCCCCUUUCACCCAUUCCUUCCGCCACACACACCCAUGCGCACACAUCUCCUCCGACGCCUCAGGAGAGCUUUUUCUUCAAUGGAAACCUCGAACUGAGCUCAAGCAGGGGUUACACGAGAGAUCAGUCUGCGUACGAGGAGGAGAUGUAUGUCAAGAGGGAAGGAAGACAGGCAGGUAGAAAGCAGGAGGGCGAGGGCGCUUCUUUUUGAUGUGCGGCAGACACUCGUGAACGCCGAGGUGAGCCCUCAGCAAGUGUAGCGCGCAAAAGGACAGGAUGAGCGAGGCGACGCGGGGCGAGACGGAGUUGAAAGAGUGAAUGAACACAGACUGAGUGCGUCGCUUCUGAGGAGACGGGGAAGGAUGAGAGGAGGAGGAGGAGGAGGAGGGGGAUGCCCUGACACAUGUGGAGCUGCUACUACAUCAGGCACUCAUGUGGAAGAGUCGAGUGUUUCUCCCCAGCAACUCGCCCUCUUCCCCCCCCCACAGCCGUCACACACACUCACACCAUGACCUCCCCCCAUCUCUCGCCAAAUGGCAGCUCAUGGUGACUUGCAAUCACCGGCUGCGCACGGCGAACAUUUGCAAGGACGUGGGCAGAGGGGAGGUGGAAAUGAGGAACUUGUUUUUGGCGUGCUCAUACGCUGUGAACUAAUGAGUGCUGACGAAAGAGUAGGUACUCAUGCAAAAACACGAACACAUGCAUGCACACGGCGUUGGCGCGCGGCGGUGCGUUGUGUUCAUAUGUGACCGUUUCGUGCACCAAGAGUUUAAAAGUGAAGCACAGAGAGAGCGGCGUGUGUUUAGGGGCGAUGGAGUCAAGCUGUGCUCAGAUUGAGGAUUUCUGCAAGAGGACUCCCGACCGCUGCACCGUGACCCAGUAAGAAACAAGGCCAGUGUGUUAGCGGGUCUAACACAUACUGAGAAGCAAUCACACACACCUUCAAACACACAUGGGAGAUUUAUACAAAGAGACAAAACAUGCCAGCAGCAGAAGAUACACAUGUGAGUCGCCUAAUAAAAGACAUGCAAAGACACACACACACACUCACACACACACGGCAUAUGGCUCAUGCAUACUGCAUUUACUAUUUCAUUACAGCACAGUGUAAUCACAAGCUGUAAUUCAUUCACAUGAUUUCAUGUUUACUCCAACUGAGGAUGUUCACAACCACAGUAACACGCAAACACACAAAAACAUACUUAACACAGAGAGGUAAGGUCAGCGGCCGAGCGGAUAAGGAGAUAUCGCCGCUAGCCUGCUGGAAAUUACCAUCAUAUUUCAACAUGACUAGUUUUGAGUGUUUGUGUAUGUGUGUGUUAGUGUGUGUGUGUAGGCAGAGUGGCUCCAGUUGUUUUGAUGCAGCAGUGUGUGUGUGGGAGUGGAAAAAGUCGAGGUUGUUUGUAUCAUCUGGGGAGAAAAAUCGAGGAAGGAGAAAGAUUCUUAAGUUUGUGAAGAAAAUGUCUUCAUGCAUUUACAACCCCGGUUCUUUAAGAGUUAGGACGCUGUGCAACAUGUGAAAACAUUUACAGCAGCGUGACACAAAAAACAGCUGACGAAGAAGGAGACCCUGAACUGUUGAGCAGCUGAAAUCCUCGGACAGCGUUUUUCUCUCCAAACUCCAGAAGCCGGUCUCCUGGGUUCGCUAUCGUUUACAGAGUCGUUAAGAGAAAAAGGUGAUGCAACACAAUGGUAAACAUUCACGCUGGAAUUGGCGUAAAAAAAGGAUGUGAGAGAGAAAAUGAAGCUGCUAUAGGAGAGAAAAACAAAGCAGAGAGAGAGAGAGACGCAGACAGUGCACGUCUCCUGGGUUUUUCCCUCUCUCUUCACACUGAUUGGGGUCAGUUCUCUGCCAUUAACCAAGUGUAGACAGGGGAGGGCCAGAGCUAACCAGCCGACCUCGCUGCUUUUAUAGGGCUGCCUGAUAAUAAGGACUGGUGCCUUGGAGGAAUGCUGCAGCAGGAAUGUGCUAUUAACAUGUCUGUGAUCCUAAACACUGCUUUUAUAAAUACGUAGCUGUUAUCAAACCGGCCUGGCAGCUCUCUGACACAGCGCAGCGCCGCUGGAUGCGAAACAACGUUUUCCCUGGUUUGAAAUCUACCAGAAGCUUCCCCCCCAGAGCCUCCUCAAUCUGACCUCCGUAUCUGCUCUCCAACACUCAGAAUUAUGGGAAAAUACUGAAGGAGAGACUCGUUUUCUUAAGUGAGUCAUGUGAUGAGCAUUGGCACAAAAACAUGUUCUCUGUAGAGGAGUAUUUAGACAUUUUAAAAUCUGGAUGACAAGUUAGUUCAGACUGUUUUGGAUGUAUUUCAAUCAAAAGGGCCUGACAGGCUCAGGUUUAUAUUGACAGUGUCUAUAUAUCACAGACAGCACCCCUACAGAGACCGAACUUUUUAGGAUGCUUCUUUUUCCACCUGAAUUUACUGUUUGAAAAAAGACCUCUUUGAAACUUCAAGGCUCCACUGACAAAACCACCUGAGGCCAGGUAAAAAAUGUGCAAAUUGAGGUCAAUUCUGGCCAAUAUUACAUUUUCAUGACUGUGAAUUUCCAUCCAGUUGUGCAGUUUGCACAGAAAGGCACAAGAGCUGAUCACGGCCUGGUCAAUUCCUCUUGACUAGUUGGAUGAAUUCCCGGCAUGUUAGAAAUUAUAGCUUGCACUCUGCCGCAAAGUCACAAAGCGAGCAGGGCAAAUAGUUUGUUCAUCAACUUUAGGACUUUUUAUCUUGUUUGCAAUUUUGCAAGAUAGUUGCUGGUUGCUCUAUGACUUUGCGUCAGUAUGCAGUCUGCUAAUCCGUCUGAAAGAUCCAAGGCAACGAAGCUAUGUGAUGUGGACAUGGCUAAUGUGUAAAAGGAAGAUUAUUGACAUUGAUUGAAGCUCUGUUGUGACUGAGAUUGUUCAUUAUGAACUCUCAGGUCAUGCUAGACUAUCAGACCAGGAACAAUUACCUGCAAUAAGAUAUUUUAUAUCUUAAAAGCUUAGUGAGUAAACCUCUGAGUAUAGAUGUUGAAUCGGGACAAACCAUUUAAAACAAAGUCACAGAAAACAAACCGGUUAAUUUUGAUUUUGAUUAUCCUGUUUUGUAUCCAAACUAGUAUUUUUGUCUGAUUCACCCUAUUUCUAUAACCGCUUUUGUCUUAUUCUGCACCAACACUGCUUCUCUGUGUUGCAACAGGACAAUAGAGACUUAAAUCUUCAAUCAAUUGUGGUCAGAGUGAGGCCUUCUUUAACGAAAUAAAUUGCUGUUUUGUCAUUGUGGUUUGGUGGAUUUAAAGAGAUCAUGUCAUUUCUGCAGAUCCUACUAAAUCAAAGAGGUUUAUGUGUGUGCGUGCGUGCGUGCGUGCGUGCGUGCGUGCGUGCGUGCGUGCGUGCGUGCGUGCGUGCGUGCGUGCGUGCGUGCGUGUCCCAUUAAAUUUUGGUGGUGAUCCGGAUAAAAUUCUGGAUACUGUGAUCCAGAACUCACAAAAAUAAGGGUGUCAUUGGAAUUGUCAAUGCUGAAAGUUAAGCAAUGGGCGGCACAGUGGUGUAGAUAGGUGGCACAGUGGUGUAGAUAGGCGGCACAGUGGUGUAGAUAGGUGGCACAGUGGUGUAGAUAGGUGGCACAGUGGUGUAGAUAGGUGGCACAGUGGUGUAGAUAGGCGGCACAGUGGUGUAGAUAGGUGGCACAGUGGUGUAGAUAGGCGGCACAGUGGUGUAGAUAGGCGGCACAGUGGUGUGGUGGUUAGCACUGUCGCCUCACAGUCAGAAGGUCCUGGGUUUGAAUCCAGGUCAGGGCAUUUCUUGUUUUAGGAACAUUAUGAACAGUGAACAUACCAGUUUAAACACAAAUAAAAGUUGAUAAAAGACACGUAACAGUAAAAGUUUUGCUGUGAAUCACAAUAUAAGGGGGGACAUGAGCUGCUUAGCGGAGGUCUGCGCUCUCCGAGUGCUUUUCUAGUGUUUGAUAUGAUUUUUAACAAUCUGAGCUUCUCAGUAAAAAAGAGCUUUGGGUUGUCCAUUUGUCCAUAAGGGUUGAACUGCAUCCAUCACAGCUUGUCUUUACAGCUUGUGGCUGGAGCAGCCCGGUGAGGUUGUGAAAAAAGAAAUGGACAUUAGCCCUGCAAACACUCAAGUACGGCUCCUCUUUAAAAAUACUAGAAAGUAAGUAAGUGGUCAUGUAAUUUCAGCAGAAACAAAGUUGUAAAAGCCAACACUGUCCACGCUGUAAGUGCACUUAUAAAUAGAAGUGCAGUUAUUCCAGUGCCAUUAGUUGGCUUGUAAAGCUAUGACCACAGGCAUGUCUGCCAUGUGCGUUUGAACAAAGACAAAUUGAAAAUCAUGCAGUCUCUUAGCAACAUUAUCACAUGAAGAUAUUUGCCCUUCUGCCUGGCAUAAAAAUAGACGGACAGAGAAAGACUUACAAGCAAGCAGGCGGACCGUUUAUAGCUUGUGUAUAAAGAUAGAAAUGUUAGCAGAGACUGGACCCUCUGAGAGAGUGUGUGAGUCUGACUCUGUGUGUGUGUGUGUGUGUGUGUGUGUGUGUGUAUGUGUGUCUGUGCUGGACGGUCCCUCCACUGUCCUCAUUGAUGUGCCGGUCCAUAAACAGUCGUCCGUGACUCAGGCUCCCCAGUGGGCCGCAGAGCAGUGGCUGAUGGGUAGAUGAUCUGAGCCACACAGCUGCCGCCGCUCAAGGUGAGCCGCCCAGGGCGCAUAAAUCUACAUGGUUAAUGAGGAUCCGCCGCAAAGGGCCCACUUAGAACCAUUACACAACGUUUGAGGAGUGUGUGAGAGAGGGAAAACACUUAAACACACAUGAAAAGAGGGAGAGGGGAGGAGAUAACGGUAAAGGAAAUUCUUCUACUUCUUAGAUAUGCAGUAUAAGUUGAGAUGUCACAGGUUUUAUUUUGUACUUUGAGGUACGAUACAAUUUCGUGCAUCAAUUUACACACUUUGCUGGGUUUUUGUUGAGCUGGGAGCGAUAAGACGUAUAAAAAGAGCGGUUAGCCACACCCACUGGAGCAUUUGCCGACUGUGUGUUUUCCCCUUCAUCAGUAAACAUAAGCUGUGUCUACUGUAUAUUCAAGCCUGCACGUCGGUGAUGAACGACUCCCAGAAACACCCUCUGCAAGUCAGAUGAGAUAUCCCUCUGUGAUCGAUUGCUUAUGCCUGUAUCUCCUCCUAAUAUGACUGAUUGCUCUUUCCUGCUUCUAAAUACCCUCUUCUCCUUUUGUCUCCGCUCAGGCUCGGAGUUCUGCUUCCGCAAUUUCACCAGCUCCUCCGGCAUGAUCGAGUCCCCGGGCUUCCCGGAUAAAUACCCUCACAACCUGGAGUGCUCCUACAUGAUCAUCGCACCCCCUCACAUGGACAUCACCCUGACUUUUCUGACCUUUGAUUUGGAGAACGACCCCCUGCUGGUGGGAGAGGGAGACUGCAAGUACGACUGGCUGGACGUGUGGGAUGGUCUUCCGCAAGGUGAGGAGACGGUCACACCAAAUGCGUACAUGCUAAUGUUUAACGGGGUAUAACUAGAGUACAUAUCAUCUGUACACUAUUCCAGUCUCUAAUAGAUGAGGUGACUCUAUUAUUAGGGCUGCAGCUAUCAAAUAUUUUAGUAAUCAAGCAUUCUACUGAAUAUUCCAUCAAUUACUCAAGUAAUUGGACCGAAACGGCAGACUCUCACACACUGAGAUUUAUUACAUCACAAAUCCAAGCUUCAACCCUGGAGCCCCGCUAUGGAGGCCACAUUCAGAGAACUAGAGAGGACGAUCACGGAACAAGCGUGUGUGUUAGCAAAUUGCAAUGCUCAUAAGAAAGCCAAUUAUGAUAUUAACUUUCAUCAUGUCCCUAAAGACGUAAGUGUCCGAGAGUGGAAUACUUCCUAUGUUACCUGCUUCUGCUACUACACCGGCGAUGUUAGGCCACAAGCGACUCAGAUGUGAAUUAGUAAUGAGCUACUAGAGCUCUGCAGAAGAAAAGCCCCUCUCAUCAUUCAAACCAAAACCGCGCUUACUCCUCCUUCUACCAUGGUGACGAAAGUGCCUUGUGUCACCUUGAAAAUAAUCGGCGUGAAACAGUGACGAUUUGAGCUUAUAAAUGAUUAUCGAGGCAAAGAAAAUUCAGGAAUCGUUUCAGCCUUAUCAAUGAUGCUAAGGUGCAAACUCUUCCUCCUCCUCAAAUGUGUCUGGUUGGGGGAGGUAGGUUGUUCUGGCCAAGGGGUCUUUGCUGAUGCUCUCCCAGCCUCAGACUUGGACAAUUUAUGCAAAAAAACAAACCAAAAAAAACUGAUAUACAGGGGAACUUCUGUUGGGCCGAAGCUUCUAACCUUUUGCAUGUGUUUUGUGAAUUAAGGUCCUUACACACCGCGACCGAUGCAAAUAUAGAACGCAAAAUUACGAAAUAUUCGGAGGAGAAUUUUGACGCGCGUGACUAUACACAUCAAGCGCGAUGCGAUUUUGCAACUUUCUAUGGGGAAAAAGGUGUGUCCCGGGUGCAAGCAAGAAGACUGACACAACAGCAGACUGAGUGUUUUUCAGUUCUGAUCAGACUCUAGUGUUGAGAUGUCUGUCAUGAUAGCAUGUACUGAGUCGGGGCCAGUACCAGAUAAGAACAUUAAACUAUAAUCCAUAAACGUAAGGUAACAACAGAGACCUAAUGGUGCUGUGACAGCAACGCGAUUGAGUUUGAGACAGUGAAAAUACAUUUGGUAUGUUGUAUCUGAACAGGUUAGCUUACGAGCUAAAGUUACUUAGCACAGAUGAAAGUUAAAACAAAGACGUUUAGCAAACUGUUAAAACACACAAACCAUCGUCAUAUGAAAAAAUCCGACGCUAUGACUCUCCACAAGUUGUCCUUCAGGUCGUUAUCUUUGUAAUAUUUGUGUUUUUUAUCAAAAAGCACUCUGUUCUCCGACACGUAAACAAUCAGCCGGUCGGCCAUGUUGGAUAUACCGGUGAAUCAGACGUCGCAACAACACGAAAUCUGAGUAUGCGAAACUUUAGAAAAAUCAACCUUGAUGCGAAAAAAUAAAUGCCGCAAUAUCGCAGGACGGGGAAAUGUCGCUGAUGUGAAUGGUUUACCUGCAAUAAGAUAUUUUGUAACAGUUCAAAAGAAAAUAUUGACGUCCGAAAUAAUCGCAUGUAAAAAACGGUCCUGGUGUGAAAGGACCUUUAGACAGUCUGUGUUUUAUAGAUAAACCCGAGAAUCCACGACUACUGUUUUCAGUGCAGUCUGGUCACUGUAGAAAAAGUAAUAUUGGUGACAUUUGUGGUUAAAAAGCUCAUCCUGAAACAAAAGGAGUGUGUCUCUUUGGAGGUCUUGUAAUCUUUAGAUACACUUCAAAUACAAUCUGAGUCCGUCAGGGGUGAAAAACCAGCACUCGGACUUGUUGUAUCACACCUCAUUUCACGGCCGCCAGGUGAAGCGAUCCGCAGGAGCAAUUCCCCAACUAUUUGUACCUUUUAUCAUGUAGAGGCCAAACAUGUAAAAAUAGGACCCAGGUGAACAAACACUGUGCUUCCCCUUCAAGGUGCAUGAAAACAGGCUUAGAAAAUCGAUGUGUCUGGGUUCUGGGGAUAUCACACACAAACACGCACACAUUUCCUCCACGGUGAGAACUCACACAGAAAUUUUCAUACCAGUCUUCAAUUUCCUGAGCGGCCCUCUCUCUCUCUUUGAUGUGAGCAGGCUUUCCUUACAUUCCUGCGCAUUACAUAGAGGAAACAUUAUUUCACACUGCAGCCUGUGAGAGCCGGACACCCAGAGGAGCAGCCCUUUCCCAUGCCCCUCUUCCCUCUCCAUAAUAACACCCUUCAUCACCCCUUUCCUAUCCUCCCUGUCCUCCCUCCUUAUCACCUUAAAGCUUCCUUCCUCCCUCAGGCCGGGUGAGAGUGACAGCUGCGAUAUAUAUCUGUUUGCGUCCAAUAGGAGGUGCCGAGUGUUUGGAAAGUGGCCUAUCAGGCGAGAUCAGGAACUCGCUUGAAAAACAUUUGAUGAUGUUAUCAAAGGGCUUUGAUAGAGACCGCCAUAGGCUAAUGCUAGCUGCUGUAGAGCUGAUGAAAACCCCAUUAGUGUUGGUGAGAGGCCGACUUUCUGCCCGUCUCUCCGUCUUUUCCCUCUUUUUUUAAAAAGAUGAAGCUGAGAACUGAGGAUUUGCUCUAAUUAUUCUAUUUUCAGUUGCUAAAAAGGGAUCCAAAGAGGAUUUAAAAUUCCAAUUAUAGCCUUGAAUUUGGCAGCUUUGAUAGCUGAAAACAAUUUAUACCAUUUAAAGUUGAGAAUUAGGAGGAAAUUAAAGUGUAACCCAGUUCCAGUGAGACGAGUCCUCAGGCAUUGAGAGAGAAACGGGGGAGACAAGACGGAGGGGUGAAGAAUUUGGCGUCUGGUGAGGGAGCUGCUCUUGAGACGAGCGUAAUCCUCGCUGGUGUGUGUAUAUAAGUAUGUAUGCAUGUGUGUGUUUGCAGCUGAUCCCAGUGCUGCUUGCAUUAAGGCAGGGAUUCCAGUUCCCCUGCUGGGCCCUGGCUGAGACACACAUGGCAGAUGGAGGGAUGGACAGGGGAGAAAAGGGAGGGAGGGAAAUGAAGGGUGGAAGAAAGAUGGAGAAGGCAUGCUGCGACUCAUUAGACAACACUUACCGAAGCAGCGUGGACACUGGAAACCUACGCUGGAUUCCUUUGUCUUUUUUUUUCAAUGGAGGAGCCGCAUUUCUGAUGCUACGAGACAAAAAAAAAAUCACAAUUUAUUCACCUACUAAGAUGCACCGCUGAGAAAUGGCUGAAAAAGCAACAGGAUACUACUUAGUUUUAGGAUGCAGACACUGAAAAGGCUUUCAUAAAACUGUUGCCUCAGAAAACACAUAAAAAUUCAUCCAGUGAAAAGGUUUCAUCAGUAAAUCUCCCCGGAGGCCUGAGGUGAGCUGUGAGGGCUGGAAGAUUCCUCAAAGACUGUCCAGCGAACACUGCAAAACCUCAGACUUAAGCAGGAGUUAUCUCGAAAUCUUACCCGCAGAACUCCUGGUCUUCCCCAACCUUGUUAGUUUGUGUCCAUGUUAUUGCAUUUUUUUUUUAACUUGUAAAAAAUGUUUGAAUCAACUCCAAAACAUAAAACCAUGUGGAAGAAUUCUUGAAGACCUUGAGAUCUGGGAAAAUAAGGUAGGGCUGGGCGAUAAAUCGAAAGUAUUUGGUGUCAAAAAUAAAUAAAUGAAACUUGGUUUUGGAUGUGUAGGUAGGCUAUGGUCUCAUGUCCCUUUAAGACACUGUCCUCCUACAUCAGAGACGUGACUCCACACCAUCUAGUCUGUAACAAAGAGGGAAAGACAGGUGAGGAGAUGGAGGACGGUUCAAAAGUCGUAGCGGAUGAAGUAGACAAACUUAUUGUGGGAGGGAAUGAGCAGCUUGUGGAGGAGUUUUCAUCCAUUUACAUUUAUCGAGGUGAACUGCUCAAUAUAUCGUGAUAUUGAUUUGAGGCCAUAUCGCCCAGCCCUAGAAUAAGGUUUUUAAAAUAGUGUUGAGUGUUUGAUUGAAACGUCAUUCCCUGCUUUCUCUCCUCAGUCUCCUGCUCGACCCCCUGUUGCGUCUCUCUCUAAAUAAAGGCAUCGUAAAAGCACGUACAUCACAUAACACUCAUGUUUUUUCCCUCUCUCUCUGUAUCUGCAGUGGCUCCUCUGAUCGGCCGGUACUGCGGCACAAAGAUCCCUCCGGAGAUCCAGUCGUCGUCCGGCCUGCUGUCCCUCUCCUUCCACACAGACAUGGCCGUGGCCAAAGACGGUUUCUCCGCCCGCUACAACAUGACGCACAAAGAAGUCAGCGACUGUGAGUGAAAGAUAACUCUAAUCGAGAGUGUGUUUGUGUGUUUGUUCUCUGAGUGUGCGUGUGUGCAGGUUUGUGUUCCUGUUCCUCUGCCCACUUUUAUUUCCUCUCUCUUUCAACAGUCUCUUCUCGCUGACACUCAUCUUUCUUUCUUCAUCUCUCACUCCGCUCACCCUCUCCAUCUUUUCGACACUGUUCUUGCUUUAAUGUUAUUUCAAUCUCAAAGCUCUCUUUCACCUCUCCUGCUCUAUUUUGCUCCCUCCUAAGAGAGCGUUACUCCUCAGAAGCAGACGCGUACCAUUUUUCUUUUUCGAAUAUAAAUGAGAUUCACCUCAAUUUACCUCCACUCACCUGUUGGGCUGCUGUCUGUCUCCUUUUGCCCUUUCUCUCUCUGGAUUUACCUUUUUUCAAGCUGUAUAAUGCACCGCUCAGAUCUCCCUUUCCCUUUCAGCCUCUUUAAAAUGCGCUCGCACCUUAAACUGUUAUUCUCUGCCUUUCUUUCCACUUCAGAAGUACGGCUACAAAAACUAAGUUAGCAUUUUUUUUUUCCACUUUUUUUCUUCCAUCAGCGUUUCACUGCAGCAUGGCGCUCGGCAUGGAGUCAGGAAAGAUCAGCGACGAUCAGAUCACCGCGUCCACGAGUUUCUACGACAAGCGCUGGCUGCCGCGUCAGGGCAGACUCAACAAUGAUGACAACGCCUGGACGCCAUCAGAGGAUAGCAACAAGGAGUACAUACAGGUCAGUACGGAAUUGGUGCUGCAUGUCUUAAGGCUAAAACAUACAGGAUCCGUAUUGAGCGCGUAACGUGUUUUUUACCUCCGCCAAGGAGGUUAGGUUUUCGGUAGCGUUGGUUUGUUUGUUUGUUUGUCUGUUAGCAACUUUACAGAGAAAGUAACAGACGGAUUGACCUGAAAUUUUCAUCAGAGGUGCGUCGCAGCCCCAGGAGGAUCCCAUUAAAUUUUGGUGGUGAUCAAGAACACACAAAAAUAAGGGUGUCGUUGGAAUUUUCAAUGCGGAAAGAUAACCAAUGGGCGGCAGAGUGGUGUAGAUAGGCGGCACAGUGGUGUAGUGGUUAGUUAAAAGGGCAUUUCUUGUUUUAGUAACAUUAUGAACAGUGAGCAUACCAGUUUAAACACAAAUACAUGUAAUAAAAGACACGUAACAGUCAAAGUUUUGCUGUGAAUCACAAUAUAAGGGGGACAUGAGCUGCUUGGCGGAGGUCUGCGCUCUCACUGCGCCCUAACUCUUCUGAAAUUAAAUUUGCCAACUCUAAUCAAGCAAAACCACACACCGAAGUUGGCUGUGAAAUCAAAUCUAUGAAAGUGAUCCUGGUGUGGAGUGGAGGGUGCGAGUAAAAGCAUCUUGUAUACAUUGAGGACAUACAACAGGACACACACACAUACACACAGACGCUGCGAGGAAAUGGAGGAACUGUGAACCGAUGAUAAGGAAGUGCUUCUGCGCUCUCAAUCUUUCCUGUCUCUAACACACAGCGGCCCACUCGAAUGCAUGCAAACAAACACACACACAUAUACGCACAUGCACACGCACAGAGAGCGGCGAGGAGCUGGUGAUUGAUGAAGGUGCUCUUCAGGAAUGCAUCCGAACACUCCGCCAUUGAUCUUUGCCUCCAGCCUUCCUCCCCUCACACACACACACACACACACACACACACACACACACACACACACACACACACACACACACACACACACACACACAAACAGACAUACACACAAUGCAAAGACGCACACACUCGGCACUGCGCGUCCCUCAGCAGGCCACAGUCGGCGUUCAUCUCCCGCUGUCUCUGUGACGGAUAGACACCACAGCAGGUCUUCCUCUGUUAUCUCCAUCAGCUCUGACCACCGCCGAUCUGAACACUCGUCCCGCGUCUCUAUCAUGAAGAGAACACAUCUGCAAGAACCCGAGUCCUGACUAUGUCCGUUUGCACCUUUUUCAGGUGGACCUCCACUUUCUCAAAGUCUUAACGGGCAUCGCCACGCAGGGAGCCGUUUCCAAAGAGACUCAGAAGUCCUACUACGUCACCACGUUCAAACUGGAGGUCAGCACCAACGGGGAGGACUGGAUGGUGUACCGGCACGGCAAGAACCACAAGGUAGGCAAUCAUACAACAACUCAUCAAGCAUUCGUUUUUGUCUUGAUAGUCUUGCUUUCUUCAAGUAAUUGAUAGUCUUGCUUUUUUCAAGUGGGGAAGAAUUUAGAGUUGUGAAAUUUUUGAUAACUUUUUAAUCCCAAAUCUUUUCCGUUGCUUCUUAUCCUUCACCUUUCAAUCUCAAACAAAAUUAUUGAUGCAUCUGUUUGCAUUUCUUAAUGAGAUACAUAUCAAAAAUGCAGAUAGUCUUGCAUCAGCAGCUGGAAGAUUUUUUUUUUUUUUUUUCAUUCAUUUCAAAACCAAUUUUUCUCCCAACGAAGUAAAAAUAUGCCAAGAAUUUCUCUGAUUUAGACCUGAGUAUUAGGAGGGAUUUGUGUGGGCUCAGAAUAUUUUUAGAUCUGAAUGUGGGCCACCGAUUUCUUCCAUUUGGCUGCUGGCUGAGCGGCUGCUCUAUACGAAUAUGUGAGUCUGUGUUUGCGCUAAGCUCGGAGGAUGUUUCCUGCUGAGAAAAGAGCAAAGAGUCAUUUUUAAUCUCUUACAAAGUGAAAAUAAAAUAAAUCGCAGCUUUUCUCUGAUUGUGUUGAAAAGUUGCACAUUUAGUCGCCUUUUUUUUUUCGUCUCUCUUCGUCCCACUGACUGGCUACCCUACUUCCCUGUGAGUAACCCUGAACCCCCAGCAGCAGCGGCAGCAGCAGAGAGAGAGUGCAGAGCAGAUGGAGGAUAAGUCCAAUUUGUUAGUCUUGUCCUCUUAAUUCACUGAUCCCUUUUCUUUAAGUUGUGUAAUCUUGUUUCAUUCAUGAAUGAUGCCUUCUUUGGAUUUGGAGGUCUGUUGUUGCCGAGUUUGCAGAAAUGGUGAUCGUCUUUUGGUCAGGGAAGUUUUUCUUGAGAAACUCUUGAGUCGACUCCAUCUAUAGGUUGGUAUCAGAUUCUUAAAAAACACAUCCAUGGGUCAAACUGACUCGUAUUAAAGCAAGAUAACCAGUCUGUAAGAUAAAGAAACAGCCUCUGUGAACUCCAUCCAACCUGAGUUUGAACUCGCAGUCACAAGCCCCCCCCUCUUUCCAACCUUUACAUCACCACCAUGAUCCGGUCCACCACAACAGAGGCCGCUGUGUGCGUCCGUAUCGCUGUACGCCACAUUCUUAGAGGAGUCUUCCUUUUUCCAGGACUUUUUUGUGAACCUGAAUCAUGACCCGAGUCAGGAGGUUGGAGAAGGAGAGAGAGAGAGAGAGAUAAAGAUAGAAGAAGGAGGGGAAGCUGACAAACAAGAACAAUGGAGUCCUCUAUGCGUCCUUAUCUGAGCUUUAGCUAUUCAUCAUCUCUUACACGCUCAUAAACACUCGCCUGGAGUUGUGAAACAGUCAGAGUCGAAAAAUGUUGACUCACGUUUGAAGAAGAAAAAUUUGGACCUUGUUUUCUGGGUUUACAUCGCUCAAAUGAGCAGACAGUUUCAGGUAGAAAUCUUCAGCCUGCAGCCUUGAAACAGGCGGUAGUGGUUGCGGUAAAUCCAAAAUGCACCUCUCACUAAAGCUGAGGUUAAAAAAAAUGCUAAAACCCCCUAAAGAGGUCUAUGAUGGCACAAUUUCCUAAUGUUUCACUCAGGCCUCACGCUGUAUAAUCCCUGUGGGUCUGUGUGUAAAGGUGGGCUUGUUUGUACACAGUGCAGGUAGUUGUUGCUGUUGUUGUGUGACCUGCAGUAAGCCUAUAGGGGAUUUGAACUCCACUCACAUUCAGGUUAAGGUCACCGUGGAUUUCAAGCAGAAAAAUAGAGAGUGGCAGGACUGGGGGUUGGUUUGGAGAGGGUUAAUCCACACACGCUAACCCACUUGGACUGGACCCCCCCCCCCCCUUCCUGUGUGAGCCAGUGAUUGGUUUUGCUGGGAGUAGUGGGGGGUAUUUGAUGUGGAGAUUAUUGAGGGAAACGUGGAUUUGUCUUAAAAAGUCAACAUCUGUGCAUUUUAUCAGAACCCCCCAUAGUCCCCUGAACCGCACACACACACACACACACGCACACAUCCACGACCCCUCCUUUGACUAACCUCUGGCUGAUCUCUCUGUCUGGAGAUGCGCACGCUUAUGUAUAUGGUGUGUGCCUGCCUGUCUGUACCGUGUAAUCUGAGUCCACUAAUCCGUCUGAGAGAGAAAUACCGCUCAGACACUUUCUGACAGAUGCAUCGACAUGCAUCUAGGAGGAAAACUGCUUGUAGUCUGAUCGGUCUCUUUGAACAUUUUCAAAUUGGUUAUGUUUACAGCUUUUAGAAUAAAGUCCAGCUGCAAGAUGAAAGAUCAAUAAAAAGAAAACAGAUUUGUGCUGUUAGGGGGGAGAAAAAAAAAAUAUAACGCUGAAGUGAUGAUGCUGUUUCUGAGCAGGAUAAACACUUCUCUGCCUCCCUGCAGGCGACAGCACAGGCUCCUGGCGUUCUGCUUUUUGGCUGCUUGUCCUCUACUCACUCUGGCUGUUUCUUUUCAAUGUGAUAUCUCAAAAAUGCUGGCAGCAAAUAUCCUCAAAUAGAGCAGAAAUGUCCACCUGCACUGAAAGAUGACUGCUUUAAAGUCAAACAUUUGGAGAACCAAUGUGACCUUAAAUCCCUAGUCCCAAAUUCUGCUAUUUUUUCUUUCUUUAUGCUGCAAAAUUAACAAUUCAAUAAGAAUUUUUUUUUUUAAAUAGCCUUAAGUUAAAACUUCAACAAAUGCAGUUUUUAACAAAUGGCAGCAAUCAGUUUAAAAAUAUUAAUCCAAUGCAGUUCCAAAAGUGUCCACUUGAGGCAGCCCCAAAAGCCAAGGAGACCCCAUUAACACCCAUAUUAAAAUGUCAAUCUUUACCGCAGAUUUAAAAAAGUUUGCAAUCUAGUACAGCAAAGAUUUCAGUCUGCAAAGUUAAGUUCUUUGUUUGUACAGACUGUGAAGGGGGUGAAUUUUGACAAUAUCGAGGUUUAACGUUCGCACUACAUAUAAAUAUGUGACUGUCAAAAAAAGAAAAAAACGACUAGUGGCAACAUACUGAUACUCCAAAUAACUGAUUCAACAGCCUUUUUUACUUUUUACACGACUUCCACUCACAGAUUGGGACAAUAAGUUGGGUUUUAGUCCAAAAAUGUUACUAGUUUAGGGUGACCAUAUUCUAAAUCCCCGAAAAGAGGACACAACUACGAGGGGGCGGGGUCACAGAGUCACGCAUAGCUAAUUUUGAGAGUUUUUCGGGUUGAAUGUAUCUUACACACUUCUGACUCAGUAAGUCCACACGACACAAACUCAAAACUCCCAUACAAAACUUCGGACAUUCCACCCCUAAUUCUGCUGUUUCCUCUUUCUUUAUUCUGUGAAAUUAACAUUUUAAUGAGGAUGGUGUGGUUUUUGAGCUAGCCUCAAUUCAGAAAUAUUGGAAACUGCAGUUCCUAAAGUGUCCACUUGAGGCAGCCCCAAAAGCCAAGGAGACCCCAUUAACACCCAUAUUAAAAUGUCAAUCUUUACCGCGGAUUUAAAAAAGUUUGCAAUCUAGUAAAGCAAAGAUUUCAGUCAGCAAAGUUAAGUUCUUUGUUUGUACAGACUGUGACAGAGGUGAAUUUUGGCCCUACAUCACCCUACAUUAGCUAACAAUAUUGCACGCACAGGACGAGAGAGAUGAGGAAACUUUGUCCACCAGGGGAGCUGAAACUAACACAGGCAUAAAGUUCCUUACAGCAGCUUUAGAGGUGCAGUAAAAAUAAGAGAAAAAAAACAGAGAAGGUGAAGCAGGUGUCCGUGUGUAAUGGCAGGAUUUGGUCGUCAGCAGAAUUUGCUUCAUUCAUCACCAUCGUAGGUUGCUACUAAGUCUGAAUGUGAUUUUCAUUGUCGUUUGAGUCGAAUGUCUGCGUCUAUCUCUCUUCAAAAAGCACCUCAAACUAACUCAACAUGAGUCCGAGAAUUUCUCUACAUUUGUGAUUCCUUCAAACCAAGUCAAACCAGGGUAUCGAGCCUGCUGCUCGUACUAAUGGGUUGUUUCAUUAUUGAUGUCGAAUGUAGACGUGAUGGAAGGAUACCAUCUGUUUUUGACGAUCAAAGAAAGAUGACAGCCGCAGCAUUUAGUCAAUACUUGAUGGAGCUUUUAUUAAAUUAGGCUCUAAAUCCACCAGGAUGAAUUUUUCACUCACUUUCUCUGAUGUUUCACAAAGAUUCUCAGAUUACAUCAGAUCAAACUUUCUCUUUGUACGUCCGCCGACCACAGACGCAGAGAACCGGGCGGGAUUCAGGGGGAUUCAAGCCUCGACUUAAACCGCGGAGUUCCUUUAACUCACCCCGACACCAGGUCCUCCUCUGGUCCCCGUGGGCUCCUGUUGAAUCUUCCGUGACUACUAAUCCACCAGUCAUGUCGUACAAACUCCCAGUUAGCCCGUCCUAAGCCCCCCGAAGAGCCCUUAAGUGGUUGAAGCUCAAUUCUCGUCAGGGGGUCUGGUAAUGACUGGGAUUUGGCUCUUUUAAUUGUCAUUUAACAGUGAGCUUGAAGCUAAUGUGGCUUUAGAAGAAGAGUGCUUAUGUCAGGAGUGGAAAAGUGUGUGUAUGUUUGCUAGUUCGAGUCGCGCGCACGUGUGUGUGUCUGUGUGUGUGCAUCAGAUAUGAAUUAGCCAUAAAUCAAAGGAUUGGAUCCGCACUUUGUACCUCAAUGUGUUUGUUAUUGAGGGAGAGCGGCACCAUUUAUCGUGAAGAUUGGUGUCCUUAUUUGCCGUUUUAACAACAAGGGGAGGAUUUAAUGCCAAUGGAGAUGAUUUGACAGGCGGAGGGGGGAGCUGAAAGGCAUUGUGGGAAUUUUUUGGAAAGAAAUAAAAGUGCUGUAGGAAGAGGAAAAGACAUGAUUUGUGUGUAUGUGUGUGUGUGUGAAUCUUCUGACUCAUUUUCUGCAUGCCAACACAUUUUCACUCUGACACCCAUGUGACUUGUUAAUUCUACAUCACACCGAUCACAUAUGCACCUCAUUAUUUGAUGAGACGCCAGCACACUUCUUAAUUGCACAUCUUACACUCACACACACACACCGAUACACUUUUUUUCUUUUUGCAGAUUUCACACAGACACCCAACAGAAUCACGUUUAAAACAUACACUGUCAUCCAUCUGUGUGCAAAAUCCCAUCAGCCCCCGCCGCUAACGGAGCAUUGUGUUACUGAAAAGCAUUGUGAGGAUGUGCUAAAAUCUGCACAGGCACACACACGUGCAGACAAAGUAACCUAGGAGAGAAAGAAAAAAAAAACAGCCCACACAGCGUUUCCUCCUGCUCCUCCAUCACACUGUGUCAGAGAGGCACGGGGAAACUCAGGCUUUGUUUUUCACUUCACCAUUUUUCAAGUUGAUACGUACAAAGCUGGCUCUGCACGUGGCUGCUGCAGGUUCUUCCUCCAAACAAAAUCCUGCAUCAUGCAACCUGGUCAGCAUCCCUAAACAAGGACCGAGGUUAACCCAUAGACAUUAUAGAUGUAGACGCCUAAGCGUAAUCCAGCAUCACCGCUAUAUUGGAUGAGUCUCUGGCAAACCAAACAGUGUAAAAAUCGGAUAGAGAUUCAGAGAGUUAUUAUCAAUAUGGUUGGGUAUUCCUACCUACCUUAAUGCACUGGAGGUGCACGGGGGACCCAUCCAAGAUGGCGGCCGCGCUGAUAUGAGAGCUCCAAUAGGCAGCGUCAGGCUUUGAGGCGCCUACGUCAAUAAUGUCUAUGGGUUUACCGCUAUUAUCUAUCAUCAUUUAAGAAGUUUGAGAGGUGCAGCACCAAAAAUGGCUGCUGCAUUUUAGUUCGUUUGGCUUCUUGCAAAAACAAACCUGGUUUCAUGCACCUAGAAGCAAAAGUAAGUCUGUUCUACUCAUUUUAACAUCUUGGUACACAUUUUUACAUUGUAUAAUCUAAAUUCAAUUUAUAAUCUAAAGGUCCGUUUCCUGAUUCGAAUCCAAGUCAAGACAAUACAUUUGUUUUGAUUGUUUAACUGCUCCGGUUUGCGUUCACAAAAGACAAACUCAAUCGCUCCAGAAAACGGAACCAGGGACUCACAUGACCGCGAAUAUCGUUCGGUUAUUGGUCAUUAGUUUAUGCGGGAAUACAAACCCCGCUCUGCUGUCUUCGCCUGUCAUGGAGCAUGGUAGGCUGAUUUUGCUUUCGCUACUCAUCUGGACCGCGUAUCAAAAGACGCUAGGCGCUAGUCGGGCGUAUGAAAGACUCGUUAGCCAGCAACAUUGAGUAAUACACUCCGGAGUAGACAUGCUGCAAACAACAGACGGAUAAAGACGAAACGGCUACAGGCAAUAAUGACGUGUGUGGUGCGUUUCCUGUGAUUGGUGUGGAUGACGUUCACACCAGAAAUGAACCGCUCCAGAGUUAACUUGAUAGCGAUCCAAGACCACCUCUUCAGGUGGACCAGAGUUCAUGUAUUUGGUCCGCACCAGAGUUCGAGGUCAGCGUUCACACCGACCCAAACGAACCGCACCAAGGGGGUAAACGCUCCAGGGUUCGGUUGAACCGGACUAAACGAGGGUGGUGUGAACGCGCCCUUAGAGUAGAGGGAGAUUUUUGUCUCUGACUCAAGAAACCGUUAGGAGAAUUAUCUGGAAAACUGAUAUUAGUCUACUACCCCACCCUGCAUGAUGUGGUUCAUGUCAUCUCCCUCUUUCUCUCUCCAAACAUUUCCUGCAGCUCUCUCAAUCUGUCUUGUCCAAUAAAGGCUAAAAUCCCUCAUUAAAAAAUAAACAUCACUAACAAUCAUUAGCAACAGUUUAAGUUGAAAGCUCAGGAACAAAUAUUUGGCCGCAACAACUUCCCAGAAACAUCUCACUUUGAAUAAAUGAAACGCCUUCAUGACUAAUCGUAUACUGCUUUUUAACCAUGAAGUCUUUUAUUCCAGAUAACAGAGUUUGUAGCCAUUAGAUUCAGAUCUAAAGAGGCUCUUUGUAUUUUGCUGGUUUGAUAUGAAAGAAGUUUGAGUGUUUAGUCACCAAUUAAAAUCUUAAUGUAGUUUUGUUUCCUGAUUUCUUGAGAGAUUCUCAGUAAUCUCCAGAAAAAAAACAAAAAAACAAAGAGGUACCUAGAAGAUUUCUGCCAGCGAAUCAGUCGCCAUAUUUGAGAAAACAGGACACCCACACGGAGUCGAACCCGAGUGGUAACACUGGUGCGCAGUGGGAAAGUCGAACAUAAGGAGAUGUGAGACAAUCUCUAAGGAUGACUGCCUUCAACUUCAGUAUAAACACGCACACACAAUGCUGGACGCUCUCAGAGGCAGCUGUGGAGAGCGUCCAGCUGGAACCAGUUCCUACUGUCAACAUCUUCAUACCCAGAACAAGAAGAGGAGGGAGGGAGGGAGGGAGGAAGGAGGGAUAGAGGACGUCUGGAGCGAGGAGGGAUAGGAACAAAGAGAAAGACAGAGGGAAUAAGUGGAGCAAGAAGACUGGGAUGACGAGUGUAAUGGACAGAGAGGGAGACGGGGAACGAGGGAUCAACAUUAGAGGGAAAAACAUCCGGGAAGCGAGUAAUGUCUUGUGCAGAACUGGUUUCCCUGUGGUGCCGUCAGAGAAAGACCGAGACGGAGUUAAGAGUGGAGGUGUGCGUCUAUCUGAUGAUCAUUUUUGAGAGAAUAAAUCGAAUAAAUAGACUCCUCUUUGCCUUCAGAGUGGGAGGAUGUUUACUAUAAACCACGUCUUUCACGGUGACCUCCUUCUCCAAAGGAGGCUAUCAAUACUUAAACACCCACGGUGCCUCCGUCCCGCCAAUGUCCACACUUACAAGUCUGACCGUCGCAUGGCUUCGUUAUAUUUUCAUGACUCCCCACGCCAGGAGACACAACAUGACGGCGUUAAUUAUUCAGCCCACCUCUCCUGAACGUCACGUGACGGGCUGGAUUCACUCAUACAUAAGGAAAAAAACACGCCGGUUGUCGGGCAGAUUACAGAUGUGGUCUAGACAACAGAUUGGCGGACGCUUCACCGGGCCGACAUUCCUACCGAGUGAAAAAGUAACCGUGUUAUUAUCGAGUUGGUCAAUGAGCAACCAUCUGCUUCCUAGAGUCGUUGACCUCUAACCUCAAGAGUAAGGGGUCAGGGGUCGAAUAACUGACCCUUCAGGUGUCCUCACAAAAGAAGGAGGAAGUAGAAAAGACUUAAAAAGCUCAGAGUUGACAGUCUCACACAUCCACUCAAGUUAAAGGGUUAGUCUGCUUUUUUAGAAGAUGGGAGACUCUAUGAAGUUGCCCCCUGCUGGCCAUUAAAGAGAAUGCAGAUUAUCUUCCCUGUAGUGUAAGUUUAACUCAUUUAUCGUCAUAAUUUUAAAAAUAAGAAGGUUUUGUUGUUUUUCCUGUUUGAUGAAUCUGUUGUUCCGUCCUCCCCCUCGCCGCCACUCCUCGCUCCUCUCCCACAUUCCUCUGAUCGUAUCCUUCAUUCCUACUGUCCUCCAUCCAACCUCUUCUCUCCACUCUUCAUCUGUUUUUAACUAUUCUUCUGAGGACCCUCUCCCCUGCAGUCAUUUCUCUGUUUUCCUGUCCUCCUCCUCCUCCUCCUCCUCCUCUCCGCUGCUCUUUUGUCUCACAGACGGUGGCGCGCUGGAGAUGGUUUGGCGAUCCCCUCCAUCACACUCCUGUCUUUGUGUGAGCAUGCGUGGGUGUUUACAUAACCCCCAUAAGAGCCCACUGUUUGGCCUCUUAGGUAAACAGAGCGGCUGUCUAUCCUCCAUCCAGCAGCAGAUACAGCCCAGAUAGACCCGCUUAUCUGUUCAAACACUCACGCUGCUUUGUAUUACCAGUGUCAGCCCGGCGUGAUUAAAUCAGGCCAUGCCCAAAAUCAAAUAAAACCCCUGGAGUAGGAUUUGAAGCCAUAUUCCCACUGGUUAUGGAAUUUCUGGAAUAUCAUAUCACUUUUGGAAGCAGGAGCCAGAUGGGGAAUUCAACAAAUAGGUCAUUUUUCAGCACUUUGGCGCAUUAGUAAUAUUUUAAAGUCUAAACUGAAAGCAGGAAAACACGAUGAGAAUCAGGUUUUUAAGGGGGCAGAGGCAGUCUUCGGUUUGAUCUCCUUCUUCUUGCAUCAGAGUAAAAGAAAAGUCAUGUAGGAGCUUUUUUUUUUUUUUAAGAAGUGAUGUCUUUAAUCUUUAAUUCCUCUGCUUGUAGCGCUUGUCUUUCCAUCGCUCCAUUGUGCGCAGCGGCCGCCGCUGAUUCUCCUCAGCCUCGUCUUUGUUAAAAUCUGUCAGUCAACAGCGGCUCGCCUAUCAGCCGGCUGGGUCGACCACAGACAGAUGGAGUGAAUGACACUUAACAGCGGGUUAAAAGACGCUUCCUCCUGCUUAUCUGAGUGUGUAGGCCGUGUCUGUGUUUGUGUCUGUGUGUGUGUAUGUGUGUGUGGGUCCUGCGGUUUCCUGUGUGUGGUUUCAGUUUGUAGCCACCAACGAGAGGAAGAGGAGGCGAUGAAAGAGAGAGAGGGAGCAAGCAGAGAUAUGAGCUGUGUGGUUUUAAAUCAGACUUUACAGGAGGAUGACGGUGUUGAUGUGAAGAAGAAUGAUGUGAAGAAGAAUGAUGUGUUUUCACUAUAAAAGUUUUAUGACUUUUAUUUAUAUUAAUUUAAAUUAGUCUAGAUUGUUCUGUUAUCAUCAGUUUGACCUGAUAUUUCAAUGUUAUGUCGCACAUUUUGCACAUUUAUGGCUAAAAGUAAAACAUUCAGAAUGAAAACACUUUAUUUAUGAUUGACACUUUUGUUUUCAAUUAAGUUUUUUCCCAAAAAAAAUUAUCUAAAACAAGAUGACUCGUCUUUUUUGUUUUAUGCAUAUAAACAAUAAGGUUGUCAAAUUGUCCAGACAACCAUAGUUUUAAAUACUAGAUGCCUUUAAACAGUUUAAUAAGCUGAAGGGUAUAAAGAAGCUUAUAAAGCUGCUCCGCCAGCGAAGAAGCAAAGUGGCGAAACUGGAAAAUGACACAUUACCGUAUUUUCAGGCGACAAGACUUAACGAAUAAUACGGCAACAAUUGGUUUAUUGUUGCUAGCACGUACGCCAGGCCCAGGUGGAACAGCUUCGUUGCUUACCAAAGUCGUACUUACAUAUUUCAACAGAUUUUUGAGCGCAUUAUACCACAUAAAAUCGGUCAGUAAACACGAUAAGUAAUCACACAUAAAGCACGCUGAAUUAUAAGGCACACUGUCAAUUGUUGUGAAAAUUUAAGGAUCUUAAGUGCGCCUGUUUUCUGCACAAACAUGCAGAAAACAUGCCAGAUUUGUUAGCUUUCUAUCGUCAAAAAGAACGCUUUUUGUGUGUCUCUCUGCACCUCCCUCCAUCACAGCAACCACACUGCUAACUAUUCUCAUUCACAGAUCAGCACGUACUGACACUGGUUAGCAGCUAACAAAGACUCACGCUCUGAUAAAGUUUCUUUCUGCUGCAGACAGACUGAGAGCAGAGCAGAGAGACAGCAACAUUACCUUUAUGUUUUCUGUCAGUUCUGACAGGGAGCUUCACAGCGACACACGAUGACUGACGUUCAUGAAAUUUCCACUGCGUUUGUAAACGCUCAAUUAUUUUGCCAAUAGUUUGGUAUCUGUCAGUAAAGCAAAUAUCAAGCAGUAUCAUUGCUCUACUGAUAUAUCUGAAAUAUUUGAGUGCAUUCUUAGAUUUAGAGGUAGCCGAAGGAGGAGGUUUAUGUGUCAUGUGGUCAGCCUCUCUGGAGCGAGGAGGUGGAAGUCGUUUUAUAAUCACAAACAGACAGUCCUGGUUUCAGAAAGGAAGAAUCAUGUCUGUCAUUGAGCGUCCCCCAUCAAACGCCCCCGAGCAUCAUGGGACAAUUUCCACCCCAAAAAAGUGGGAAGUAACCUGACCACCCCGGUUACAGUCACCCUGCGACCUCUGCUGCCCCGCCUGGCCCAACCCUCUAAAGAGCAAAUGGAAGGAAGGGAGUGUUCGUUACGGAAACGUGGAUGUUGAUGCUUUAGGAAGUGAAUUUCACUCACAUCCUGCCCACCUGGAGUCACUUCCUGUGUGUGACAGCCAAUCAUGUUUGCUCGUGUCAGGUCACAGCCACCUAUAGAGGUGUGUGGACGAAGUGUGUGUGUGAAGAGGAUAACCCUCAUCAAUCGUCAGGCUUUCCCAGCCUCCCAGAGCUGAACCUCUGACCCCAAAACACAUCGACAGCUGGGACGGUGACAUUGGAUCCAUGUUUGGGUUGUCUCUGCUUUGUCCGGCCUGCCACUGUGUGUGUGUGUGCAUGUGUGUGUCUCUGUGUGUGUGUAGCCAAGCGAGACAGCUCUGUGGGUGGGUAUGGAGGAGGAGGAAGAAGUGUGUGUGUGUGUGAGAAACAGAGAGAUAAGACCAGCAUGACGGGAACAUUUCCACCUGACGCUCUCUAACCUUUUUGUCGUCUGUUUGUCUUUUCUUUUGCAGAUUUUUCACGCCAACACCGACCCGGCUGAGGUGGUUCUGAACCGGGUCCCGCAGCCGGUUUUGGCGCGGUUUGUUCGUAUCCGACCGCAGAGCUGGAGGAACGGCAUCGCCCUGCGCUUCGAGCUCUACGGAUGCCAGAUUACAGGUGAGCGUGAAGUUCUGGUUUACUCCCGAGGAGAUUGUUCCUGAUCGUGACAGCGAUGGUGAAAUUAAACCUCUGCGACGUCCUUGAUUAUAGCUCAGGCCUCGAGAAUAACUGAUUUCAUGUGAGAAGGUUGUUUCUCUAUUCUGAAGAUAAUUACAAACUGCAGCGCAUCAGAAAACCAUCAUUUGAGACCAAGGAUGCACUCGGUCGCACAUACAUGUAUAUUUAGUCUCUCCCACGCUCCCCCUGCUAUCUUUCGAGCUAAUUAAAGGAAACUUUUUACUCUCUUCUUCCUUCCACUAGUGUCAUUUCCCCUCUCCAGACGCUCUCCCGCUUCUCCGCUCUCGUUUUCUCUCCGCGUCUCUUCUCCCCUCUCACGGUUUUAGAUACUUUUUGAUGUGUCCUCUUUGCUCUGCGCCGCUCCUCUAUAUCGAGAAACGAGUCUCGAUCAAUCAUUCAUGGCUCCCUGUUCGCUCUUACAUCAGAAACUGUGAUUCGCUUCAGCCUCAACAGCUGCUAUUGAAAUAACUAUUAGCUCUUACAGUACAGGUACAUCCUCACACACACAGACACACACAGACACACACAUGUCUAAAAAUAGCAGAUGACCUCAAAAGCAGGCAGAAAUGAACAGACACCACCAGCUUGCACACACACACUCCCUGCGCCUCGUAUUCAUUAUUUACACCUCCUGCUUUUGCGGUGACAUAACAGCAUGAAACUUUGAUCUGCGUUCUCUUAAACCGUCAGCACAACUAACAUCUCCUCAUCGCUCUUCCUCGUCUCCUUCCAUGCUUCCUCCUCUUCCCGCUGCUUCCCCCUCCGCAGGAAGCUCACCCCCACAGGCGUCAUCUCCAGCCUCUUCUUCCCUCCUCUUUUUCUGCUCUCUACUCCUCCUCAGCCUCCAGACUCCUCGUAUUAUACCUUCCUUAUCCCCUUAAUCCUCAUUUCUCCCUCUCUCUCGCUCCCUCAGAAACUUCCUCUCGGUGCUUCUCGCUCAUCCAUAUCUGAAUGAGUUUCAUUUCCGAGGGCUUUUUUUGCAUUUACAUGAAACCACAGACAGGGAGUGUACAUAAAGUGUGCGCAGAAGAGUGAGCAGACGAGCUAUUGUAUGGAAUAUAAAGAUGCAAUACAGAGAAAUGAUGUAAUUAAAAGCUGCUUAAGUAGCUCUAUUAGAUGUAAAGUGCAGGAAUGCAAGGUAGGAGAGUGUGUCUGUUCAAAAGCAGACUUAACGUAAAUGCUUUUAUCCGGCUAAUGGCGCUUUAAUUGCAUUUCGAACAUGGAAGAGUGCUGCGUUGCACAUCUCUUUCUGCUUCAGCGUAAACUCUCAAAGCGUAGCGGCCAGUAGUGCAGGGCCUGCGGUGAAGCUUAACAGCUCCCAGGUGGGAAUAUGUGUAGAGUAUGUAAGGUCGCCGGCGCUGAGACUCACCCGAGGUGGAGGUUAAAAGUUAUCUCUGCCUUUCCUUUUCCAGAUGCUCCGUGUUCAGACCUGCAGGGAUUGCUGUCCGGCCUCCUCCCCGACGCCCAGAUCUCCGCCUCCUCCAGCAGGGAUAUGGUGUGGAGUCCCGGGACGGCCCGUCUGGUGGCGAGUCGCUCGGGAUGGUUCCCGGCGCCCGCUCAGCCCCUGGCAGGAGAGGAGUGGCUUCAGGUACAUCUGAAUGUCCAUGACUUUUCCAGGUUUUCCAUGACCGUACGAACUAUAUGAUGUUGUCAGACAUCUGGGAUAACAAUCUGAGCCUAUCAGAUCCACAGUGGGGUAUAAAUGUCAUCUGCUGCCCUUUUUUUGGAGCGUAUCCAGGUCUUAAUUUCUCCCUCAAAACAUGUAAAGCUACUGUUAAACCUCCUUUAACGUCAGUCUGACUUUAAUAACUGCUGCCUCGAGUGCAUAUGUAUCAUGUGAGAAGUAUCCAAAACAACAGCGGUAACGUUACCCCCUCUGUUGUGCUUGGAGUAACUGUUAUGACUCCCACGCUGCGAAGGUUUUGUUUGUAUCUAACAAGUUGAAUGUAAAAACUCUGUCCUCCACAUGCUGCUAAUCCAGCCGCCAGAGGCAAACAAGCAACAAAACAAGGAGCACAGCUGCAAUAAAACAAAUCCAUAUGCUGUUCAGUGCUGAGGAUGUUUAUUUAUGUAAUCCUCUAAUCUCCACAGGUGGACCUCGGCGUGCCCAAGACUGUGCGUGGAGUGAUCACGCAGGGAGCGAGGGGAGGAGACCCAGCGAGCGGAGCGACUACGGAUAACCGGGCGUUUGUCAGGAAGUACAAAGUGGCUCACAGCCUGAACGCAAAAGACUGGAACUUCAUUAUCGACUCCAAGACCAGCCUGCCCAAAGUGAGUGAAGAAGGGAAUCGAGUUGAAAGAUUAGAGAUAAAUUUGAGGGUUGAUAUCGAGAGCAAAAACAGGCAGAAUGCAGCCCCGUAGUGAACAGAUUCCAGUUCCAGUCCAGAAUCAAACAUCUGAGUUAUAAUCCCAAAUAUGCAAGAUUUCCAAACUUCUUUGAAUGCAUCAUCAAUGAUCACAAACUUUUGAAAAGCUGUUUUCUUCUCCUCUCAAGGACCACACAUGCAGGAUUUUAAAAUCCUGCAUGUGGAUUCAUGUGGAUCACUCUUCCUCGGGAGUGAUCCCAAUUUUAACGGGGAAACCUGAGGAAGCAGACCUGACAACAACUGAAUUUGUACUUUUUUACAAACCUACUUUGUUUCUUGAACAGAUCACUCAAAAACAUGUUUCUUUUUUAGGGAUUCAUAGGGAGUCAUGCCUCUGUGUAACUUCAUACUAACAGUGAAACUGAGACUCACUGUGAACAGAUUCACAUUCUGUCUUCAGGGUUUGUUAAGCGUAAAGGAGUUUAUACCUUAGACAUAUCUGCUCUGCAUGACACAUGAUCUCUGCUGGCUGCACAGAAGUUGGCCGUGAUCCUCCUCUGAAAGCCCACGGGUCGAGACGCUGAAGAAACUCCGCUGUAAAUAUCAUCUGAUGUGUUUUUCAGACGUUCGAGGGGAACACACACUACGACACCCCAGAGCUGCGUCAUUUUGAGGAGAUAGUGGCUCAGUUCGUCCGGCUCUAUCCUGAGCGGUGGUCUCCUGCAGGGAUCGGGAUGAGGGUGGAGAUUCUGGGCUGUGACCUUCCAGGUAGGACGUCCCUGCAGCUGUUGCUUAUAUGACAGUUUAUAUAUGAUAAUUUGCUGCAUCCACCGUUCCAGGCUGAAUUAUUUGCCCCCACGGUCUAAUGAAGUCUGCAUUAAGCAGAAUUGAAUGGACCUUGAGGAAAGCAGGAAUGCGCGGCUCACAUUAGAUAUGCAUGAGAGUCAUUAGAGUCUUCUGCCAGAGGUGAAAAGAGACAUGGAGAGUUGGCCAAGGAAGAGAAAGCAGUGAGAACUCGACCCUGAGAGGCUUGGAUUUUGUUGCACCUGGAAAAUAUGAGCGAGGCUUCAAAACGAGUGUAACCGUCAGCAGGGGUUGGACAGGGUUUGGUUUAAAGAAAUGCAUCCCCAGAGAGAGAAAAGAAAGAGAGAAAGACAGAGAGAAAGACAGAGAGAGGAGAGGAUUGGUUUGUUCACGUUCCAGCUCGGUCUGUUAUCCAGAUGUGAGGCCGUGCUGCAGAAACACACAUGUGGACUCUCACUGUUUACCACUCCCUCUGUGCCUGAACAGGAUGACAGGGCCGAGCAGCACAACACACACACACACACACACACCUCUGUAAUCACACCACUAUAAACACAAGCCGGGCUAUGGUUUCAUUUAGGUGAUUGAUGUGUUUGUGUGCUGCUAUGAGUGCUGAUGAAGCGCAAUGCUUUCUAGCUGAAGAGAAAUGUAAUAUUAAGAAGAGCGUAUCUACGUUAUGGUUUCACCACGAGAGCGCUGUCAGGUGUAUGUCCAUCUUUUUUUGUGUUAAAAGAUAAUUUUAGUCUAGUUAGUAAAACUCAAGACUGAUAAUAACGACGAGGUCUGAAGUCUCUGAAGCAAACAGCUUCCUGCAACAUGUUAGCAGGAAAUCAAUAAAACAGAUAUCUGCUUAAAUUUAAGGCAGUUGAACAUCACAGAGAUCCCUUCAAUUUCACUUAGAUUCAGUUGUUUGUGGACUGGUUUCCCAGCAUAAAUAUGAACCUGAUUUUAGAGCUUGGGAAUCAAACAAAAGCAAAGCCUGAUAUCAAAUGAAAGCCGACCGUUUUCAUCUUACUUGAAGGCAAAGUUUUUGGGUAAAAUUAAAAUGAAGAGAGCACCAAUUCAGAGUAUUUUACCAUGCUGAACCAAAUAAGACUUUUUUUUUUUAACCUUUAAAUACACCUACAAAAGUGGGAGUGUCUCAUAUUUGCAAUUUGUUAGUCUAAUACAGUGGUUCUCAAGUUCACACCUGAUUCAAAUGAUCAGCUCGUUAUCAAGCUCUGGAAUGGCUUACUAACGAGCUGAUCAUUUGAAUCAGGUGUGUUGUUUCUGUGACAUUCAAAAACUCUAGAUUUACUCCCCCAAAAAGUAAUUUAACACAAAUCCAAGUAAAACUGUGUUAUUUCUGUUGUGUUUUACAUUUUCAACUUUAAUUAUUUCAACUGUAUUAAAGCUAAGUUUGGUUUUUAAAAAGCCUUUUUCAAAACAUCUGAGGUCGUCUUAGUUUUAGGUGAAAACUCAUAAAAAACUACAUUAAGUUUGAUUUGGUUAGUCAACACUGUCUGAACCUCCACCCUUUGGUUUAUAAAGAACAAAGCUGAUCAACAUAGUCUCUAAUAAAUGUUGAAAAACAUAAAUUAUGAAUCAGAGAGUAUUUGGAUAUCUACAGCUCCUGUGAGGGGUCCUGAACUAGUUAGGAAACAGACUGAAAUUAAUAUCGAUGCUUCUGACUGACCCAUAAAGGCAAACAAGACUAUCAGUGAUGAGACUGUUUAUUUCUAUUAAGUAUGUUUUAACUACUGCUGCAGGGCAGAUUUCAGACGAGGCUUGCAUCAUGCUGCAGAUAUUCACAUUGAGUGAUGUGAAAGAUAAUUCAAAGAGCUAGAUAGAGAUCCAGAAUAAAACUACCCAUGCAUGUACAAGAAGAAAUGAUAGACUGUAUAGAGCCGUAGCGAUGGUAACUGAUUUAGGUCGACUAAGGAAAUAGAUUCUAACAGGACCAAUCUAAUGUAAACUAAUUGUCAGAAAACUCCUCCACGAUAAAUAUUUGCCAUCUCACCAUAAACGCGAUCAUUGAAAGUCGAUGACACAAGCCAGAGCGAUGGACUCGCAGCCAUAGCCCACACAAAUCAAAAUAACAAACAUGGCCGAAGGUGGUAAAGAAGACGUCUUUGAGCAGCUUGUUGCUAAAUGAGGCUCCACUUGAGGGAUUUCCUUCAAGAUUGGGGCUUAGAUGAGUCAAAAACAUAGACUGGAAUUUUUAUCGUUAUUGCCAUGAAUUUUCUAGCCUAUAUCGCCCAUCCCUAAACACACACAGCAGGCUUGUUUCUCCAUUUCCCAGUGAUAUAUUUGCAGCUUUCUGUAAAGAUAUAUCCAUGAAUGUCAGUCCAAAUCCUUGUCGUACGUUCCUUGCAGACAGUCUCACAGCAGCUCUUUCUUUUUCCAGGCUCGACACUGAUUCUCAAACUCGGUGAGGUCACAUUCGUUCACAAGCAGCCUGCCUUCACUUUGGUUCUCAUGCAACAAAUACUUUCCCAGUUAGAGCUCUUCUUGAGUCAUGCGCAAGCGAGAGGAACAAAGUUUUGUGCGCUCUUGAAACAAAGCAGUAAAGAUGUAACAUGGCUUGUGUUUAGAGGUAUAAUUUGUUUAUAGCAUUAAGUAAUGAAGCAAUGUUCUCUGUCAGGGAAUAAUACAGAACUGUGGUGUUCUGGUUUACGUGCAGCUAAUGAAAGCAUGAUCUCUCUCUCUCUGCUCUGAACACACAUGGUAUCUGGUUGCUAUUUUCCACACACACACACAGGAAACGGUGUGUUUUGCAUUUACUGUUCGUAACCUGUGGGAGGUGAAACACAACAAUAGAUCCCAAAGAUGGUGACAAAAUGGAAACACAGAAACCUCAGUGUCAGGGAUCACCUCUUUCUUUUUGAAGAGGGUGUUUUUUAUCAGAUGAAGAGGAGGGUUUUCUUUGAGGACAUGGCACGAAAAAGCUGCCGUCCAGGGUCACACAUUGUUCCUCGGCCUCCAAACUCAGCAGGAACAGUGAGCAGCUGCUGACGUCCUGUAAAUCAUUCACUUCCUCCGACUCUCAGACCGCUCACGUCCUUUCUUUUCUGUCUUCACUUAAGCCCUCUGUUCUCAUUUUUAAGCUCCAGGCUGAUGAAAUGAGCAUAUUUUUUUUUUCACCCAAAUCUUGCCGAUCUCAGUCUGAACACCGCAGCAGCUACCACAGAGAGUCAGAAUGAGGACUCUCUCCUCGUUCCUACACAUGGUUGCACUUCUGUCUUUUCCCACCCUGAGGCCCGGUGCGUGGGUCCGUAAAUGUUUUUGUUCUUUUUUUUCCCUAACCAACUCUCCUCCUCCUCUCCUUCCCUCUUCCUCCCUUACUCAUCACCUCCUUUCAGACGCUCUCAAACACACGGCUACAGUGACAGUUUUUGUCGUCUAUCUGCUACAAAUAUGAAAAAUGUAUGAGCUCAGGAUUUUAGAGACUCAUCUGUGAGGAGGAAAAAAAAAUGCAAAAUACCCCCCCGCUGCCGUCUUCCAGGAAGGAUCAUUUGAGUCUCAGGUGUGCGAUAUUGCAGUACUCAUCCAUGCAUAUGCACACCUGUAAUGUAAACCUCAGGUGUCAGAGCUUUUCUGCUUUCCUUUAAAUCUCCCUAAAUACGCCGGAGCAAAGUAAACCAUACGUAUUUAAGCUUUUUUUAUAAGCUCUUUAUGUCACUGCCUUCAUAAUAUCCAAUCCUCAAGAACAACCUCUCUGUGUCUGUGAAGAUUAGACAUGUUGUAGUGACGUUUUUUUCUUCUCCACUUUUAAUGCUCACGUUUUAAGCACCAUCAAACACAGAGCAGCCAUUUAGACAUUUGUAGUAAUGUUAUUAAGAAGUAUAAUAUUCCUGGAUCUCUUAAAAUCAAGCAGCUGUGUACGCCAUAAAACAACCGAAACACUUGUGCUAAGAAUUAGGAAUGGGAUAGGAUUUUACUGAUAACAGAGCCAUUAAGGACAUCAUGCUAUCAUGAGUUUUAUUACCCUCAAUUCUCAGCAGAGACGGGGAAAUCUGGCUUCUGGUUUGCGCUGAUUGCCUGUUGCAGUAAGUCACAUCGUUGUUUUUGCGAGGUAUUCAGGGGAGAGUGGAAGGAAUCGAUGCGUCACUCUUUAGGCAUCGUGGAAAACAUUGUUGAUGGCUCGAGUUCAGUCCAUAUUCAGAAUAUUCGUCUUUAUUUUCAUUAAAAAGUGUGACUCUUUAAAUGAUAAUAGACUAGUUUUGCUUGAGCUGCAGAUUUUUCGUGAAAGUUGAAAAUUUUCGCUGCAAAAACUUGUAUCCUCCUGAGUGCAUUUGUGCAAUUUUAGAUGGAUUUGUCAUUACACUUAAUUGAAAUCAAUAGUGAUGCCUUCUUGUGACCUGUCGUAGCGAACAACAAGUGUAUCAGCAGCAAGAUUUUACGAAGACGAACGCUGCCCUGAGGGUGACCAGGUGUUUUAUCAUCAAUUUGAUCAAUUUCCAGGUCUUAUAAAGUAUGGAAAAUUAAAAAAUAAAGUAUGAAAACUAUUAAUGUUUCCAGACUUCCAGACUAAAGUAGGUAUUUCUAAAAAUAAUUCUAAAAAGUAGGGUAUGGAAAAAGUAUGGAAACCCUGGAUUUACUUGACUUUAACAAUUUAGGAUCAGCAAACAGGACAGACUUGAUCCACAGAGGGCACCAACAGUAACACAAACUGAUGGAUCCUUAGAGGAGAUAAGAAAAACCAGAUUCACCACUAAAUUCACAUCUGCCUUUGCAGUAAUUGGUUGUUUUUUCUUAAGUAAGACUUCAUAUUUAGCAAACUUGCUCUGAUUUUUCGUUUUAGUUUUUGCAGCGGACCUGAAUUUAGAUUUUCUUCCCAGCAGCUAAAAGCAGCACCGUCCUCCCUCUGCACGCUGCUGUUUCAAUAAGAAAACUCCAAUUUUAAAAAGCUGUUAAAUGAAGAUAUCAGAUUGUUUCAUCACCUCCUGAUACUCGAUGCUGCAUUUCUGAUGAGUAUUUUAAGGACUCCAGCAGGACUGGUCUAUGAUACGAGCACUUAACCCCACCCUGCAGAGCAUCAAACAAAAGCUACUUGUCUUUCUCAUCAUGUUCGUUUUGGGUGUGUGAACGUGCAUGGAUGCAUCGAUUCAUCAGUGUGUGUUUGAGUGUGUGUGUGUGUUUGUGUGCGCCAUGAGGACUGCCAAGUAGAGAUUUACAGAAAGGCUUUCUACAUAAUUGAAGGUUUUUUUUCUUCUCUGACAUCCUGCUGAGUCAGAUUCUUGGGGGUGAGCGAUGUCUUUUAUGCGGGGAGAGUUGGCCCCUGCCAUCCAAUGCAGGCGUGUUUGGGUGUCUGUUAUAAAACAAGCAUACAAAAGCAUUUAUCGGAGGGUGUGGAUGUGUGUGUAUUACUACAAAGACGUGUGUGUGUGUGUGCACUAACAUUAUCUAUGCCAGCAGCUCCCCUGAGUCCAGCUCUUAAGUGAUGGUGUCUCAUCCCCUGCAUGAUGAUGACUUGCAUCAUCACCUGCAGCAGCAGGCACAUUAUGUAAGACAACACUCCUCUGCAGAGGGACUUUUCCUGCAUUACAAGGCCUUCUGCUGCGCAUAUACAUGAGGACCCGCCAGUGCAAACCUGACCUUCUCCCACAUCUGUGUCACAUGUCAAGGACAUGGCUCGGGGCGUUUUAGGCAGGCCUCAUACGUUUGAAUCCCACACAAACACACACACAUCCACAAGAAAUUAGUCCUAUUCCCAUUGGCCCCGACACUCCUGUCACACCCUGGAAAGGUCAGCACAUUUACACUGUGACAAGGCCUGACCUUUGAGAGUGCUCAGGAGCUGAAUGGAAUCUUAAUGGACUCUUGUUUACGCAGGAGUGUGCGUGGAACUGGCGCACAGGUAAUGCGGUUUAUUUUAACGCUUGUUCGCACAUAUUAAAGGGUAGUUCUGGUUUUCCUACACCUGGAUCCUAUCAUUGAACGGUUCGGGGGUUGAAUGUCAAAUAUGAGGGAUGAAUGGUAGGAACUGAGCCAAAAGGUCAAUAUUUAAUAUUAUUUAUUAUCCCUAUUAUACAGCUAAUCUUGGUAUCUAGUUAGGUUUUUUUUUUAGGUUUUUUUUUAUUUUAGGUUUUUUGUAGUGUGUUGUUAAGCCCUUUGGGUAUCUUGAAAGGCACUAUACAAAUGUAAGAUAUUAUUAUUAUUAUUAUUAUUAUUAAUCUAUAACCAAUAACAGUUGCUUUUAUUUACUUAAUUUUUAGACAAAAACAGACAAGUUAUAUUUUUUGGUACGGCUCUGUUUUGAGAGCUCCCUGUCCUUCCCCGUGUGUUCGUGGAAAGCCAUACCCUCUGGUUCGUGUUAGGGAUGCACCGAUCCGAUAUUUGGAUCGGGUAUCGGCGCCGAUAUUGACAAAUUAACUAGAUUAGAUAUCUGAUGAAUGACGCCAAUCCAGCGUUCCGAUCUAGUCUUUGUUUUCUUUCAAUUAAUUUUUCUUUUAGUACAUGAAAGUCUUCCUUCUUUUUGUUGUGUGCUAAUGUGCAAUUUGUUAUUUAUUUUAUAUAUAAAUAUAUAAUAAGGCUAAUGUCAAGCCUGAUGCCUUCACUCACAGGGUAAGGUAUACAGUUCAUUCAUUCAACCGUAGUAUUGGAUCAGUAUCGGAUAUCGGACGAUAUGCCAAACCCAGAAAACGGAUCGGACUGGAUCGGAAAAAAAUGGAUCAGUGCAUCUCUAGUUUAUGUGCCAAGACAGAGAGAGCAGCUGCAAAGACCUCUGGGUACAAACAGUACAGCUGACACAGCAUGAAAAGAGGAGCUGGUGCGGAGGGGGGAGGGGUUGCAAAAGCAGUAACAGCCAUUAAAUUGCUCUUUUUUUUUUACUGCCACCAGAUUCCAUCAGUUUGACGCCACAUUCCUUUGAAGCUGCUUGUGAGAAACUGCGUGUGUCUGGUGUGUGUGUGUGUUAGUAAAUGUAAAUAUGGACAUUCAAGACACUCUUGGGAGAGUAACUUGAUAUCUGUUUCUAGAUUCAAAUCUCACAUGUUUUCUGCAGAUUUAUGGCACACUUUUGGAAAUAUAAAACUCAUCCAGCAUGAGAGGCGGACUUUAGGGACCUGCCUGUCUUGCAUUUGAAAACAGAAAGUAAGAGGUCUGACGGUUGCUUCCCGAGCCUCACCUUCUCAGUGGGCCGGCAGCGAUAAGAGUCUCAUUAGGUAGUUAAUGACAGGCAUAAAGGACAUGACAUUAACGCUGGGUUAAUGUCAGAAACCGUCACCAGCUGUGGCGGACUCUUUCAUGUGUGCCAUUUCUCCAGCUGGGGUGCCGUCGCGCUGGUUUCCCCAGGAAGUUCCUGUUAGUGGAUCAAUUGUGCAUCACGCCGGUUUUGUUGCUCUUGGUGCCUUUUCAUACUCUUUAAAUGAUAAUAGUCGUGCAGAAGGAGCAGCAGGAGGCUCUGGUUGUGCUCCUAACAGCCGUACAGUAGAGUCUGCGUGGAAAUGAGUCCAUUUGACCGUUUUCUGUUCAGAAUUAUGAGCUCUGUCGCACCAGGCGUGCAAAGCUGUUCGGCUACGCUCAAAUGGCACUUGUCAGGGGGAAGCAAACCGAGCAAUUUUAAAAUUAACAUUCCUGAGUGGUCAUAAAUGCCAGGACGUAAAAAACGAGCUGCAAAAUAUCUGGCGUAAACAUGUCUGAGAUAACUUGUUGCAUGGUUAAACUGGCUAAAAUCAAGGGUUAGAAAAUCUCACGCUGUGUACUCGCAUGAUAAAUUUGAAAGUUUGGUUUUGACGUGACCCAAACUCUGUGUAAACUCCCAUAUAACACCAGCGUGGACGCAUCUGCUCCUAAUAACAGUCCCUUCUCCCGCUUCACAUUCCAGCCGCAGCCUGCUCAACACGUGUCGGCUCCUGCACACAUGCGAUGGAUUUUAAUGAGCAAAUUGUUGGCGUAUUGAUGCAUCAGUGUGCUGUCUUCAUCCUUUUUUGUUAUACAUGUGCGCUUAAAUUGAUAUUAAGGGUAAAAGGACUCGUGUUUUUUCUCGAGGUUCUAUUCUGGGAGCCUCACGCCCACAAUGGUUCACCACGCAGGCAGGAGAAAAGUGUGAGAAGACGUGUGUGUUUGCUUCCUGACAGCCAGUGAGCGCUUCCCAGAGUGUGAUCAUCCCCUCCAAGGUCGAGGGGAGUUAGUUAGACACAUCCAUCCAUCAGCUUUAGCCUGGGCGCUCUGCAUACGUGUGUGUUAAAGCAUUUGAACUUGUGUGGCUGCAGCAGACGCUGAAGCCUGAGCGCCGAGACACAACAAGACUGAGGGCCCCUUUGGGUGCUGUGGGGUUAUCUGCGCUUGCUUCCGCACAGUGGGUGGGAUGGUCAGAGAGGCAGGAGACAGGCGCAGUGAGUUUCAGACGAUGACCUCAGGCUCAAGAGUUUAAUUUGAGCUUAAAUACACGCUUGUGAUACGUUUAUAUGCUGAUUCAGGAUUGAAAAUAGCUCAAAAUUGUAGUGUCGCUCUUUAGAAGCUCCUCCUCUCCUGCUUUUCAAGCAAACUUUAACUAUUCAGCAGAAAAACGAAAUCUAAAGGGAAAACACUGGACUCAUAUUGACUGCAGUGAUUAAAAAAAGGUGUCUCAUGGUGGUUUUAUGUGUUGCAUAAACUGCAAACAAAGCAGCAAACGCUCAUGAAGUUUAAGUCACAGUGAAGAAAUACUUGUGGAGCAAAUCUGCAACCCAGAUGGAUUUAGAAUAAAACUGCAGUAGUGCCAGUUUAACACCUCUAUCUAAAGUUAAAGGCCAAAAAUUUACCUUAAGGUCUGAAGAAUAAACCUACAGACGACCAAUCUGGAUCAAGACAAAUUUCCCUAAGGGGGAAUAAAGUACAUUGAAUCGUAUCAUAUUGUAUCGUAUCGUAAUAUAUAAAGUAUCACAUAUCAUAUCACAGCAUAUCAUAUAUCGUUUCCUAUAUCAUAUCAUAUCAUAUCCUACACUGUAUCGUAUCAUAUAUCGUAUCGUAUCGUGUACCGUACCGUAUCGUAUUAUAUUGUAUUGUAUUGUAUUGUAUUGUAUCGUAUCGUAUAUCGUAUCAUAUCACAUCGUAAUAUAUAAUGUAUCGUAUAUCAUAUCACAUCGUAUCACAUAUCAUUUCCUAUAUCAUAUCAUAUCCUACACUAUAUCGUAUCAUAUGUCAUAUCAUAUCGUAUCGUGUAUCGAACCGUAUCGUAUCGUAUUGUAUUGUAUUGUAUUGUAUCGUAUCGUAUAUCAUAUCAUAUCGUAUCGUAAUAUAUAAUGUAUCGUAUAUCAUAUCACAUCGUAUCAUAUAUCGUUUCCUAUAUCAUAUCAUAUCAUAUCCUACACUGUAACGUAUCAUAUUGUAUCAUAUCAUGUAUCGUACCGUAUCAUAUCAUGUAUCGUAUUGUAUCGUAUUGUAUCGUACCGUAUUAUACAAUGUAUCGCGUAUCAUAUCACAUUGGAUCAUACAUCGUUUCCUUUAUCAUAUCAAAUCGUAUCAUAUACUGUAUCGUAUCAUAUAUCAUAUCGUAUUGCAUCGUAUCAUGUAUCGUAUCGUGUCGUAGCGUAUUGAUUCAUAUAUCGUAUCGAUUUGUAUCAUAUUGUAAGAAACAGAUUUUAAUCUAAGUGCACCAGUCUACAGGACAUAGGAUCAGCAAAAAGGUCCCGUUAAUGGUCCAGUUUCUAAGAUGUGAUCCAGUUUUUUAAACUAAAACACUCCAAAGUUGGCCCUUCCUUUUUCUGUAGUUUUUGAGUCAACUGCAGAGAUGAUUAAAACCACGAGGAAAACACUGGAUUGAGUCGGCAGAUGAUAUUUACUCACUGUCAAAGAACCAGAACCCUCUGAAUCAGUUCUGUAUCAUUUCAGGUUAAGACUUUCCACUAAUCUUCUGUUUGCAUUUAAGAUUGAAAUAAAAAUGGAAAUUUAAAAGGGAAAAAAAGUCAAUAGUAGCGUCAUCUUAACAUCUGAUUUCAUUCCCAGUGUUUGCAGAGUCAGCAGGUGGAGAAUAAAGUCAAAACGCCAAGACAAACAUCUGACAAUAAACUCUAGAGGCUGAGAACAAAGAUCUGAUGUUAAGAAAUGGAUCAGAAUUGUGAGUUUGAAGCCAAAGUGUUGAAAAUAAACUUUAAGUUUCAGGACUCCAGUCAAACUUUCUCAAAGUUUGUUUUUGCUUUUCAAUUCCACAUCAAAGUAAAUCCUCUUUUCCUUUUACACUCGUUUACCUCAUCCUCCUGUGGAUUAAACUCACCUGUCAGCAGUGCGGUCCAGCUGUUUCUUUGUCUUAAUGCUACGCCAAACCAACCAGCUACAUGCUCUAGAUUCAUAAUUACUGCACAGACGUAUCCGUUUCAGCGAAAACUAACAAAUGUGGAGCUUUUUUUUUUCAAGCAAAUCACAUCCAUCAGCUUUGACAAAAACUAUAAGCAGCUCAGCUCUAAAUCUAGAUCAUGAGAACAAGGCCAUAAAGACACUUUACCUCAUUACUUUCUUUUUUUUGCGCCAUUGUUGCUUAUCACUUCCUCUCACAUCUGCGUCCCCGGCCCUCCAGAGGAGAAACUCCCUAUCAGUAAUCUCUUAAACAAACACAGAGUGAUUAAUGCGUCCUCUUUACAGUCGUGUAAUGUCUGAUGAUUGUUCCAAACAUCCACCUCUGACCUCUUUGUGUUGUGUUUGUGUCUGCAGAGACCACCACGCCAGCUGACACCGUCACACCGACCCUGCCUGCCGACACUGAGACGACCACGGUCCCCGUUACGACCACAGGUGAGAGCAGAGAGAGUGAUUUGUAUGAAGCCAAAGAAAGCUGCUUAAUAGUGUCAUUAGGUAGCCGUAAUAAAAAGAUGAAAGCUUUAGAGGAAUGUAUGACUUUAUUUAGAGCAGCUGUGAAUGCCUCCUUAUCUCAAAUGGUUUUUUACACCUCUUGGCUCUCGCUUUGACAACCUUUCUCCUCGUUUUUUUUUCUCUCUCUCUCUCCACUCCGCAGCAGCCACGUCUCUUCCAUCAGACACUGUGUGCGACUUUGACCACGGCCUGUGUGGGUGGACUCACGACCCCAACGCCCCUCUCUUCUGGUCUCUGCACAGCCACGGUGAGUCUGCUCAUCAGUCAUGUGAAAACUCGGCGUGAAUCACCUCCGCCGUCUGGUUAGCAGCGACUCGGAGCUGCUGCGGGCGCUUUAUUCUCGAGUAGGAAAUAUUUGAUGGACAGAGACCUGCGGGGUUUGUUUUGAAAAUGUUCAUAUUUUCAGGAACUUUCCUUUCACAUUCAGAGAUCAUCGAUGUUGGACGCGCUCUCGCAACUCGUACAUGCAAGAGAGAGAGAGAUUGACAAUACAAAAACAACAGUCGAAAACAAAAUAUCAACAACCGAAGAGAGAGAAACAUCAUCUCACCUCAGUUUUUCACAUACCGCGAUUGAGCGAGCUGGCAGGAAAAAGCCCAGACGAAGUUGGGCGUGAAGCGGGCGUCUGUUUGCAUUCACACGUGCAGCCCACUCGGGGAAAAAACUCAGGAAAUCUUUAGGGGUUCAGAGCAUGUGUGGAAAAGGCUUUAGUCCAAAAUCACAGAGGAAGUACAGUAUUUUUAAACCAUGGCUCUAUUCUUACAUGGUCCAGGAUCUGAAGGAGAUUGUGUUUGCCAGCAGCUGGGCCGUCUGGACCUUAAAUAUACGGCGUGUCAGCAAAUCUAGAUGUCUUAAGAUGAUAUUAGAGUCAGCAGAAGAUACUUUUAUCGUAUCCUGACCACUGCAUGGCAUUCUUGACCUCAGCAAAGGAAUACAGUGAUUUUUUUUUUCCUGCAAAACUAGUGAUAGGAGAUGUGUGGACUAGGAAUGGGCACAAUUAAACAAUGAUUGAUUAAUUGAUUGUUAAGAAUUACGUCGAUCACGCAAAAAUUCGAUCGAUCUAACAUUAUUAAAAACGUCUGACACAGAUACCCUCUUUGUCCAGUCAGUGAGUGUGUGUGUGUUGAAGCAAUGCAGACAAUCAUAGCGCAGAAUGAUUUUGCCAUUUUACAAGGGAAGUGAUACAGCGUCAGUGGGCUUCCGUGGAAGUUUAAAAAAACACAAAGAAAGCGAGAUGAAGCGUGACCAUUUCGAGCGGAAAAAUGACUGCGAUGCACUAGAAAAGCAGCUCAUGUCCGCCCUUAAACAAGAAAUGUCCUGACCGGGAUUCGGACCCAGGACCUUCUGGUUGUGAGGCGACAGUGCUAACCACUACAUCACUGUACCGCCUAUCUACACCACUCUGCCGCCCAUGGGUUAUCUUUCAGUAUUGAAAAUUCCAACAACAAUUUAAUGGGAUCCUCCUGGGGCUGAGACGCACCUCUGGUGAAAAUUUCAGGUCAAUCCGUCUGUUACUUGCUCCGUAAAGUUGCUAACAGACAAACAAACAAACCAACGCUACCGAAAACAUAACCUCCUUGGCGGAGGUAAAAACACGACAACGACCACAAUGAUGUACCAAUGAUGAAGCCUCCAAGUUCUCUCAGUCUCAACCUAGCUCCUUGCUAGCAAAGAGGAUCUGUAGGGUGACCAGACAUCCUUGAUUUCGGGGGACAGUCCCUGUUCUGGAUGACCAGUCCCCGCUAAAGUUGUCCCCAGAAAUGUCCCUGAUUUUAGCCGUCCAUGAAUGAGAAACAAAACAACGGUUAUUAAAGUAGCCGGGUAGGCAGGAAAAGCGAGUGAGCAUGUAGCGUGUAUUUUCUGCCAUUCGAUGAUUGUUUGUUAAUUUACAUGAUUAAUCGAUUUAUGGGUUUUCUUAAAAUGCCUGUUCCUAGUGUGGACGACAUCUGGUUGCUUUCAAAUGUGACAGUUUAUCUCUUUUUGUCACUGUGAAUGACAAUCUGAUGUUCAAACGGACACAUUCAGUAGUCAAACUUUGAGCUCUCAGACUCUGAGACGCAUAAAAACAGCCGCUAGGAUUCCCCUCUGUGUAUUGUUGGUUUUCUCUAAAGGUGCAGUUAUCUGCUCACAGUUGACUUCACUUAAGUUGUUAUUUUGUUGUCGUUGGUUUCUCCAUCAGCUUUUAAAACGGCAGCAUGUUUGUCGCAGAGCUUUUGUGUAUGCAGCCGCAGAUAAUGUCAUUUGGGCCGGGAAAAUUGCACGAGCACAAAUGCAUUAGGUUUAUUCUAUCAACUUCACCGAGUCUAGACGCGAGACAUUGUUUUCUAUAAUUAAAUAGAAUCAUUCUCCAUGUGCAUCUUCAUUGGGUCCAUUUUCAAUUUGAUUAAAAUAAUUCCUUAAAUUGAAAGCGGUCUCAUUUAGCGGCGACAUUGUCUGCCGGUAAGCCGCGCCGCUCCCUCAGUGGGGGGAAAAAAUGAGUCGAGUCUGAGGAGAAGAGACGCCGCUGUCAUGUUAAGCACAUACAGCUGCAAAUGUCAGACAUGUGACAUUCAACACGCUUGCCUCUGAACGCGAGGAAAGGGUUAAAGCCCGGUAGCUCCAAUUAAGUUCAGAGCAGGAGACUCCACAGACAGGCAGUUAUUCCCAACCGUCCGUUACUGGCCCUUUGUUACCUCAGGCACAUCCCAGAUGAUGCUGUCGACUUCAUCUACUCACACUCUCCUUGAAGGAAUAAUUAUUCGUUUUCCCCUCAAUGCGGAUCAAAAGUGCAGCUUUUGGCGUGUUAUUAAAAGCUGUUAUAGAUGUUUCCUGCUGGGUUUUUUUAAAGGGCUGUUUAUAAUCUUUCAGGUCUAAGCCGUCGUUAUCCAAACCUUGUUGGACUUCUAAGAAAGUUUCCGUGAAAGAUUCAGUGUGUUUCUCCAGCUGCGGGGAAUUAAAAAAAAACGAUCUGGUGUUUGUGCAAAGUUGUGACAUCACCUCUGUCAGGUUCAGCGAGGCAGGAGAUCCGAAAUUCUUCCCCGAGCGAGACCUAUUUUGGUCAUAACCGUCUCUGACAAGACCGCUUCAAAGCGGCGUCUUUCAUCAUGUAAGUAGUUAGUCAGCUUUCGGCUUUCAUGUUCAUGAGUAUCACAUGCAGCCGUUCUGACACGCAACGCCGGCCUUUGAUUCUCCUGCGCGGGUCAGAGGUCAGAAAUCCCAGCCAACACAAGAUCGUUAUUUCACUGCUAUCAAAUCACCUUUUAAUCCCCUGUAGGAUCUCUUUCCCGUGUGACCCAGAAACGCUGAUCUCCUCACCUCCUGACCUCGGCCAUGAUGGCGGUAAUUAGGCGCAGAGGCAGAAUUAGCCACUGUGUACUGUAUUAUUAUGACUUAAUGUCCCCCUGCUAGUAAAAAGUGUUAACUAGGCUUCAUAGAUAGAAUCCUUGUUUGCUUCUCGCUGCAGGAGACCGCUGUGAAAUGGAUUAAUAAUGCUCUGUUGUGCCGCGUACUGCGAGGCGGUCUCGAUUAUGAGCUGUCUGGCGAACAAGAGGCGCAACAAUGGGGGGUUCGCUGCGAGACGCCGUGCUUCAACGAGGCAGAGGAGGCAUAAAAAUGAGUGAUAAAAUGCCUCGUGGAGUCACAAAUAUGUUUCGCUCGCACACCAAAAAGAAAAAACGUCUAAUUUGCAGCGAGAGAGUACACACUCGACACACACACAGACUUAACUCCAGAGCUGCGAAGGGCCGAGGGACAUUCUGUCACACACACUGUCUGAAGUGUCACACACAGGCGAGUCUGGGCGUAUGGCGGGCAGAGGGGAGCUGUCAAGUCGCAAGGAAGAUUCAUCCCUCCAGAUACCGCUUGUCGGAUCUGCCGGAAAGACCGCACACACAAGUGAGCUCAGCGAAAGGUUAUCGACCCAGGCAGUCAAUAACUGGAGCAUGGCUGCGCUAAAAAAACACACACAGAGGGAGAUACUCUGGGUGAAGAAGCAGACGCUGCGCUGGGGAAGAUUCAAACUGCUUUUGGGUAAUUGUUAUCGUCUGGAACAGAAGACUGCGGAUCUUCCAAGUAGAGUCAGAGUGUAACAGACGACAACAAAAUUAAUCUCUAAUCAUCAAGAAAUAUACUCAAACUUUAUCUCAAUCAAUCCAGAAAGCUGAGGUGGAUUUCAUGAAAUGCAAAAGUUGCAAAAAGUUUUUCAAGACACCAAACUGUUUCAUGGAAUCCAAAUUUAUGAAAAGUCAAAAUCAUUUUAGCACGUACGAAAAAGUUAUUUCAACAUAUGCAAAUGUAAUUCAAGAAACCCUAACUUUGACCUCUUAUAACCUUUCGUCAUGAUCGCGCAACUGCGAAUGACCUUGUAAGUCUUACAAGUUUUAUGUUUAGGCACAAAGCUACCCUCCAAAAACCUGGUGGAGAGUCAGCGAUGUCAGAGAAUGAUGGAGAAAUGUUCAAAAUCUUGUUAAAAGAUGAAAAUACAGCAGAGUGAGUCUGUACGUGACACUGAGUGUGACUGUGAGAACAAGAAUUUCUGCUCACACUUCCUUGGAAAACACCUGAAAUGCCCCCCCUGAUUCACUUCGGAGUUCUUCGUCCUUGCUUGUGAGAAAGAAAAGCACGGCGUAACUUUAACACACACACACACACACAGAGCUGCCCAUGAUAAAGCAGGUGAUUUAAUCUGCAGAUUGUUGAUACUGGACUUUUUCCCACAGGGCCCACUUAAGAAAUUCUUCACCAGACGCCUCUUUCAGUAACUCUCUCACACACACUCACACACAUGCCUACUGUAGACUCACCAAUCUCAUUCUCUCACAAUAGAAUUCAUGUCAGCAUCCAAUUUGCAAACUAAACAUCCUCUGGUGUAAACAAAUGGAGUGGCGUGGCGUUUUGUUGGACUUUUCCGCUGCUCAAGUCACCUGGAGGGGGGGAUGAAGAGAAAAAGGCCCCGAGGGUCUUGGCUGGAGAAUUCGUAGCGCUCCGCGUUCGAACGCCGCUCUCCCUGAAACCCAUUCUUCUGCGUGUUUAUAUUUGUCAUAUCCCCUAUUGUUCAGCGUGACUAUUGUGCUCAUGGUGAUUCCGUUCCUGCUCACAACCUGUGAUUAGUUCCUUUUUUUGUUUGUGAGUCAUGUUGGGGAUAUUUGCACUUACUGUAUCUGUUGUAUAUGUACCUGCCUCUGUCUCUAUGAGCAAACAGAGGUGAUUAAUGGUUAUAAUUGUGCAGCCGCGCUUUAUCUCAACGUGCUCCACAAACUCAUUCCAGCAGCAUCCGUUCACAGCGGAUAUCAAAAGUCUACACAGCCGCUCAAAUUCAGUUUUUUUUUUUUUUUUCAGCCUCCAGGGCAAAAUGAAAAACCCAUUAAAUCUGACUUUUUCACUUUCAUUUGACUCGAGCAACCAGAAAACUCAAGGUUAAAACAAAGCGCUGCUCUUUUUUGGCAAUGUGUCAGGGUUACUAAAACAGCUUUGCCGUAAAUUGUUUCUGCUAAACACUUCAAAUAUUUUUUAUUUGAUCUUACAUUCAUGUAAGCUCAUCUAAUUGGAUUUUUCAAAAGUGAGUUUUCACACAUGGAACCGUUCCAGAUGCAGGUAAAUUGAAAGUAAAAAAACAAAAGUUUGGUGUCGGAAUCAGAAUCUCUUUAAAGGCCACUUUUAGACGGAAAUGGUCUCCAUAGAAAACGGAGGGGGGUCCGUUUAGACGGCAACUGCGUUUUCAGGAGAUAAAAACGUAACAAAGUGAAAACCCCCUCCAGAGUGGAAAUGUUGUAAAUGCUCUGCUAGUCCCGCUUUCGUCUAAAGUACAAAAAUGCUGAAAACAGUCAAACCUGUGACGCCAUGGCUCACGUUUAUGACAUCAUAGCCAUGCGCAGCUUCCUUGAAAAUAACAACAGUAGCCAUGCUAGACAUUCGAGUCGCUCUGUCGUUAUUAUUGAACGGGAAGGAGCUCAAUUUCAACCUGUACAGAAUCCUCACGGAUUUGUUUAAACACAGCAUAAAAACUGAAAACAAAACAGCACUUUUCCGUUUUCUAUGGAGACCGUUUCCGUCUAAAAGUGGCCUAAUUGUCCCAAAAGGGGAAUAAGUGUUGCAGCAGGAGCACACAAAGACAGGGUACAUAGUGAAAAUACUGUAAGAGUGUUUGCUUUUACACAAAGCAUUGUGAUUGAAAUCUAAUGUCAUGCAUUUUCAGUCAUAAAUAUUUGGGAUUAACAGACAUUUAAUUCAAAUCAGUUUUAAAUCUUUGAAGUUGCACUGGGGCUCCAACAGAACAUCCUAUUAAAGAAUAAAAAAAAAUACCAAAAAUGUACUAGUAUAAUAUGCUAAAAAUAUCAUAGUAUAGUCCAAUAUAAAUGUCAUAAUAUAGUCUGAUAAAUAUUAUAUUAUUGUCAGGGACUGGCUAUGGCUAGAGACUCAAAUGCAGACCCAAGGUUGCAGCAGGCAAAAGAUAUGUUUAUUAACAGUCCGGGUUCGGUACAUAGUCAAUAGUCCAAUGGGCAGAGGUAUCCAAAUCACAAGGCUAAGGCAAAUCCAAAAGACACAAACAAGGUCAGAAUCAGGCUAUGAAAAGACAAGGCAAAAUCCUGGAAGGCGACUGAAGUUUGACAAACUGGCGACAAGACUGUGAGAGACAUAAGGGGACAUAAUGGGAGUGAUGGGAUGCAGGUGGGGAGGAACUAUCAGUAGACAGGUGUGACAAGAAGGGGGCGGGGCAGACAGGAACACAUCUGAAACAGAGACAGGGGUUAGUGACUUCAAAAUAAAACACACAGGAGACAUUAGACAUAAAAUGGAGACAUAAAAUAAACAAAAUAAAGAUAACUUGACCCUGGUCAUGACAAUUAUAGUGUGAAAAAAAUGUCUUAGUGCAGUGGUUCUCAAGUCCAGUCCUCGAGGCCCACUGUCCUUCAUGUUUUGGAUGUUUCUCUGCUCCAACACACCUGAUUCAAAUGAUCAGCUCGUUAUCAAGCUCUGCACUGGCUUACUAACGAGCUCAUCAUUUGAAUCAGGUGUGUUGGAGCAGGGAGAAUUGGAGCAGCAGGCUUUCUGCUUUCUCCCCUCAUUUUGAAAGGGUUAAUAGAAUAAUUGGAUGAUAGCAGGGACCUCCCAGUCUAUAAAAAUCUAAAAGCUAAAACAGAGAAAGUGUCAAAGUCAGUGUCUAAACUUGUGGUCCAUCCAGGUUCUGCCUUAAUGAAGUGUAAGAACUGAAACGCUUCAUCCUGAACAGCACACAUGCUCUUAAUUUGAGCCUUUUACCGCACACUCCCUCUGAGUAACAUAAAGUCAUGUUUCAUCUUAUCUCCCCUCCCCCUGUCCAGAGCUCAACAGUUACCUCUACAUGGACGCCAGUCUGAAGACAGAGCAGCAGCAAGCCAGACUAGUCAGUCCUGUCGUGGCUGCCGACACCGGGCCUCUCUGCCUCCUCUUCUCCUAUCAGCUGUCAGGAGAGGCUCAGGGCCACCUAAGGGUCCUGGUGCGGGACGCUCACAACGAGGAGACUGUGGUGUGGACGCUUCAAGACGAUCAGGGCCCUGUCUGGAAGGAAGGUCGAACCAUCCUGCCUCGCUCCCCUAAAGACUUCCAGGUAAUAAAACCGCUCUUUCUGUGAAAUCAGCUGGUGUGAAAAAAAAAAAGUGCAAAUGCGAAAAAAGCUUCCGGCCAAUAUGAGCGAGCGUUAUUAAAGUAUAAAUGUGUAUCUGGGUCAGACCCUUUAUUAUACAGCUCCCCAGAUAGAGAAACAUAUCUUUAAUGUCUUUAUCAGCGUGGAAAAAAAAAAAGUGAUCCUCGUCUCUGCGAGCUUAUGAAAGCUCCGCUUCUAACCUCUCUGUCACCUUAGGCCAGGUUUGACUUCAAAAGCCGCCAAACUAAGUCACGCAGUCUCUGUUGGCUGCGUGAUUGUUUGGCGCAUUUGUCAGAGACAUCACAGGCAGUUAACGUUCUCAUGAAAAAGUAAGUUGAAGCGAAGGAGCUUGCAGAGACGCGGAAGAAGAUUGCAAGUGUCGAGUGCAACUUUGAAAUCGCAGGAACAGUAUUAAGUUUUCAUCCUCUCUCUCUCCUCCUCCUCCUCCUUGUCCCCGUUUUUCGAUUCGCCUCCACCCCUCUGCUCCCUCUUGACUUCAUCCUGUGCGUCUUCCUCUUCCUCCUCUUCUUUUUCAACUUCCUCCCUCCUCUUUCCUCUUCCUCCCCCCCUGUUCUGUUCUGUUCUGGCUGCGGUAGGUGGUGAUGGAGGGUUUCUUUGUGCACGGCACCAGAGGACACAUCUGGAUCGACAACAUCCACAUGAGCUCCAGCAUCCCUCUGAAAGAGUGCACACGUAAGUCUCUCACACACGUAUUCACUCUGUGACAGGAAACUUAAGUUUGAAAAAGUCUGAAUAGCUGAAUAACUCAACCUAUCAUGCAUCUAUUUGACCCUGUUAUCCUCUGUCACCUGUCUCGCCUUGUCACCCUGCCCUCCAUCAAUCUGCCGUCUGUCUACUUCCUCUCCGCAUCCGCCACUUUUAGCCCUAAGGUCCUUGAACAGUGGCGCACACGAAGCGAUAAACACCCCAGUUUCGAACACAGCGAAGAGCCCACCAAACACGGAGAUGAAAGGAGGAAGGAGAGGGAGGGACAGCGUUUAUUCCUGCACAAAAAAAAAGAAAAAAGAAUAAGAAUAGUAAAACUAGGCCAUAAACGCCCUGUGGGCCCCAGCGAUGCUAAUCUAUGUUUCAUUAGAUUCCUCUUCUUCUCCUUUCCUCUAUCUCUCUCCUCUGUCGUAUUUGUAAACAGAGCUUUUCCCCGAGCCGUCAAAGGGAAUUACUAGACAGCCUGUUUCCCAAGCAAGUUUCUGGGUGCCUGCGCGGUGCGAGCCGAGCGCCAGCAGAGCCGCCUUAAUCUGGCCAGAGCAGGAGCUUUGGAGAGGGUCUUAAACAGAUCAGAGAGCGAGCCGGGGGUGUUCUGGGCCAAAAACCUUACCGUCAUCACAUCUGACUGACGUCCAGUGUGCGUUAGAGCCGGACCACAGAGGAAGGGGAGCAGGAAGUGUGUUGUUUAGGGAAAGUGUUCGGCUGCAGAGUGUCGCUUCACCUCUGUUUUAGAGUGUUUUAUGUGUAGUAAGUACCCUACAGGACACACCAAGAUCAGCUGAUUGAGAAAGGAGGUGGUAGAAGAGAUCAUGAUAGGUUAUAUCUCCAGUCUGAUUUGAUUCAAUGAGCUAAGUUACGUACCUUGAUGAAUUUUUACUUUUUUUAAAAAUGGGUGCUUAAUUUUUCCUCAGAUCCCAGCAAAAGAUAUGACAAAGACAGAUUCAGAGGAGAGAGAGACUUCACAAGGAGAAAUAUUUCCUCUAACCCAACAUUAUUUCAUGAUGAGCAUAACUUAUCUGCAGCCAAUGCGACUCAUGACAACUUUAUUCCAGUAACAGUUCACCAGAUGUUCGAAUGUUUGAGAGCCGUUCAAGUUACGUCUGUCGUCAAACAACUGUCCUGGACUCGCCUUCAGAAUAAAAGCAUAAAAUUAAAACAAGAGUAGGUUGAUAAAAAGACAGCCCUCUACUUUGAGUGUUUGUGCGUCCGUCAGUAGACAUGAAACUGCAUGAAGGUGAUUCGCUGUAAAACACAUAGCAGCUGGAAUGGUAAACAUCUCGACCCAAUCCUCCCUCUGCUUUUAUGCGUCCCUCCCUCCCUCCCCCUCCGUGCCACUCCCAGGGCGUUCUGGGAUGCCGCUUAUCACCCGACGCAGUAGAGUUUUAGCACAGUGUGUUGGCAAAGACGCUAAAAGGUGCCAGUUCCCACGUCGGUUUCCGUCUUUCUAACACAAACUAAGACACAUACACACUUACACACACACACACACACACGUACAGCAGCUCUUUGUGUUUGCAUUCCAGGCAAUCAAAGUGAAGGUUCUGCUCAGUGCAUUCGCAGCACGCCAACCCCCCCCACCCCACCCUGCCCCCACAAGUUUAACUGGACUACGCUGAUAAACAACUUGAAAUGCAUGAACUUUGUGAACGUACACGUCGCACAGCCCAUCUCGAAUUCCCAGCUCACACAAUGCACAGUGUUUGAAAUUGCAUUUUAGCAAAGGAGGCGAGUAAAUGCCAUAACUCAUGUGAGUUAUCUGAGGAAUUAAGUUAAAUUUCCUCAGGAGGAGUUUGAUAGUCUUGUGACAUUUCUGUGACAUUUGGCUGACUUUUUCCCUCCUAUUUAAAGUUAUCUAACAGACUCUCUGUCUCUCUCUCUCUCUCUCUCUCCCUCUCCCUCUCUUCCGUCUCUAUGUCUGCCUGGCUCUCUCUGUCCUCACAGAACCCUUCACAGCAUUUCCUCCUGAAAGCCCAGGUGAGUCCCUCUUCAUGGUGUCACCUCUCUCUGGUCUUGCUCCCUUGCCCGUUGGUAUGCACUAGCCUGGGGUUGUUUUGCUUGGUGGCACUUAGUUUGUCUAAAUCACUGAACAAUCAGCCCUGAGCACCAACAUAGAGGCUGUGUUUCAGAUUAAUUAAAACUGCAUUCAUUUUUAAAACCAGUGACUCAUCCCAUGGUCAGCAGCAUGAAACAUCAGCAAAGCAAAAUACUAAACCGCUUACUAAAAUCUGAAUCAGAGAGGGUCCUGAAAGAUUCAGACCGUGUCUCUCUAUGUUUCAAACCCAGACACCUCAUGCUAACCAUGCAGCAGGUAAAAAAAAACUGUUAUCUGUAUCAGAAGGUGCCCUUUGCAUGGACAUAUCGGUGCACAAUCCAAGAGGAAAAGGUCUGUUUGGAUUUCAGCUGAAAAAAUAAACACAAAAGGUUCAUUUUUCAGUCUCGAAUAUCCUGAAUUAAUCUAGUUUUAAUACAAUAACAUUGUUCCUGAGAGGAUAUUUCACUUUGUGUUGAUUUAAGGCUCCCCCAGUGGCCACUUUGGUAUAACACAUUUAUUUUCUUAUCUUAUCCUGAUCGUGUUUUCUUGAAAAAUGUCACCCAAACAUCUUAUCAAGGAACCUCACCCUUAAAAAUGUCAACAAAGGAUGUUUGAGCAGCAAGUUGUUGCUCAUAGUGAUGGUUUUUACGCAUCAUUAGUAACAACAGGGAAAUAACUAGGGCUGUCCCGAUACAACUUUUUGACCUCUGAGAUAUUUUAGCCUUCAAUAUUGACCGAUACCAAUACUGUUUGUCGAACUAACAUCACUCUUACUCCUUGUUACUUUGUUAGUGCCUUAGUACAGUGGUUCUCAAGUCCAGUCCAGCACACCUGAUUCAAAUGAUCAGCUCGUUAUCAAGCUCUGGAAUGGCUGCUAACGAGCUCAUCAUUUGAAUCAGGUGUGUUGGAGCAGGAACAUCCAAAACAUUGGGCCUCAAGGACUGGAUACUGCUUGUAUUGGAGAUUCUAGAUGCAGGUCGAUAUUAUCCGGACCAGUGUCAAAUAUCAAUAUCAUAUCGGGACACCCCUAGAAAUAACUUAAUGAAAUGGCACUUUACAGUCUUUAAAAAGGUCUUAAAAGUUGAUUUUCAGCUGAGGACUUGGGCACCUUGACAUGAUUUCAUACAGCUUUCAACAAAGCUAGCUUACAUUCACCACAAUUUGGCAAUCACUGAUCUAAAUUAUUGAAUUUGCAAGUAAUAAAUGAACUUUCUCAACUUCUAUUGAAGCCAUGAAACAGAUGAUUCCAGUAAUGUGUUACAGUGCAUUAGUUUUACCUCGUCAGUCUCCGUGGAAACAAUGGAUCCGUCUCAAAAGAGCAAACUCUGCAUGCAAGGCAAGCUAAAUCGAGCACACCUUCUGGAGUCAGAUAUUUGAAAAAGAGCUACAUAUCCUCACUUCUCGGCUGCCUGACGCAGCCUGAAGGGUUUUAAAUAACUGUCUGCCUCAUGAAAAAUAUUUAGAGCAUCCUGGGAGACUCUAUGAGAUUGAUGUUAGUGUUUUGGCAUCUCAUAAUGUCUCCCAAUAAGAUAAGAGCCGGGCGGCUGCAGUGCGAAUGUGAUGUGUGUGCACUUCUUCGGCUUUUCCACUCCUCCGCCUUCACAUACACAAAACUACGGAGUCUCCAAACAUGCACAAACACACACAUUAAUAUCGGGGCACACACACACACAGACACACACACCAGUGUCCCCAGUGAAAAGCAAUCAGAUAGAGUGACUGAGCAGCGGCGAGCACGGUGUCUCUCUCUCUCUCUCCACUCCCCAACUGUCUAAUGAGUGUGUGCAGUGCGAAGUAGCAGCAGCAUGCACCAUUUCCCACUGUAAUUAUGUGACACGGUCCAAAAAUCAGGAUGUAUUCAGCUCUGCCUCACUUUCACUAGUUCGAUACGACUUUCUCCCAGUUUUACAACUCUCUAUAUCAUGUCCGGACGGUGCAUGUGGGCUUUAUUUGAUGUCCUCAGGGGUUCGAUUUUGCAUAGCGGGCUCAGAGAGUCGAGUAGAGGCUUCUUGGAAGGUGCUUAGUCGGUUCUUACCAAGAAUUUGAGAAGGGGGUUCAAGCCAGGGGCAGCAGUGUAGAGGAUCUGUGGAGAUAGUCUCCAAGGAGACAGGAGCUUGGCUUGAGGAGGAGAGGACUGGCCAGGAGGCUGCUGCAUGAACGGGGAAGGAAGGAAAAAAAAAAAAAACGAGAAACCGGAGAACAGAGAACAGGAUAAAUUAUGUGCUCAAAACAAAUCUGCCAACCCGAGCCAGCUAAAUAACAAAUCCCCGUCCAAUAUGGGCUCAGUGCGAGCUCUGGAACAUUGGAUUCCCAUGUGGUGUCCGACUGAUUCGUGCAUGGUUCUGAGACGCUAUCAGGAGCCUGUUUGUGACUUUCUGUGCCAGUGAGUGAGAAACGGGGAGAGGAAGCUCCUUAAUUCAAUGUGUGUGGGUGCUUUUAUAACUAAUUAUUUUGGCUUCAGUUUCACACCAAGUUAUUUUCAUUGGAGCUCAGUAAAAAAGUUUAAUUGAAUUGCAUUUGAUUGGAUCAUCUAUUGGACCGAUUUCAGAAUGAAUCUCUUGAUGUUCUUGGUGUGAAAAUUUGUCCAACUGCAACCCGGGCUGUCUAAAAAGAAAUGGAUGUAUUUUAAUUUUAACUUUUUUUUUUUUGGUCUUGGAGAUUCUUUUUUUUUUUGCAUCUGGCAUGCCUGUGCAUGCUUCUGAGGUGCACGCCUGCUGUUCACAUGAUGAGGACCUGUAGGGAUAAAUCAUGAAGUAUUACAUGUAGAAAAGUGCCACUUCCUCUCUUUUCCCGCUGGCCAAUUACUUUGUAUCUCUCCACCAGGGGGAGGCGUUCCUGUGCCUCCCUUGCCCAUCCACUGGUAUUACAUUAUGGCCGCUGGAGGCGCCCUCCUUCUCCUGGCGGUGGCCAUCUUGGUCAGAGCGCUCUGUUGCUGCCGACAACACCUGGCCACCAAGAAGAGCCAGCUAUCAGUGGCCUAUCACAGCUCCUCGCAGUGUUUCCAGUACUCUAACUGGUCCUCCAGUAUGGCCACCCCAGGGGUGGAGCCAGUCCUGACAGUGAGGCUGGACAGCCGGGACAGACACCGUACCCUCUGCUGAAAAAAAAAGAAGCACUUAGCUGCGUUGUGUUUGGCAAAGCAGGACACCGACGUGUGUUGUCAGUUGCAGUGGUGACAGAACACGGACGAACCUUUCCUUCGUUUAGUCACCAGAGUGACGCAGACACUGUCCAAAACUGCCAAGUGGAAAUCUGCAAAGACACACUGUGCCCUCUCUGGCUCUAAUGGAUGUAGCUUCAGUUGCUGUUUUUCUGUUGUUGACAUUUCACACUAUGCUGCUCCUGAUGAGAGGACUUAAGUCUGAGUAAGUUAUUUAUCUGAACAGCUUGCCUCGGACCAUUGAGCGCCGUCUGGCUCCUCAUAACCCCAGCGGUCCACUAGAAAUGACCCCAGCAUGGACAUAUCACACAGACGUGUGUGUGGGCUGUGAAGAGGAGGAGGGGAUUUGAGCUGGUUUCGGCCACGAGAGCCAGCCAAAGCUGCCAAACCACAGGCUAAAACAAGACCCCAGAGACUGAGGAGCUGUGCAGGGCUGGGAGAGAGAGGAGAAAACUGUUAGGCCGAGAGGCUGCUAGCUGUGGAAAUGAUCUGGCAAGCCCCAGAAAAUAAAGCCCUUCUGUAAUAACAACAGCAAGAUAGCUGUGAUAUGAGUUGUACCACUGGUGAGGAUGUUGUGAGGAGAGAAAAAAAAAAUCCCUCCAUUGUCCUUAACAACAGAGCAUGUGCACAUUAAAAAACAAAAGGAAUGCAAAUCCAUCAUACUUUAAAUCCUGCAUCUCAAACGGAGAUAACCAGCUCGUUUGAUUGAAUGUCUUGUCUCGCCCUGAUAAAGGCAUCAGUCAGUGAUGGAUGCAGCCGUCUUCAGUGUUUAGUGUUUCAUCUUGAUUCUCCGGCGUAAUAAAGCACGUUGUUCCACUCCCAUUUCUGCUCCAUACCACCCACUCCCGUUGUUUCCCCCCAUGUCUCUGAGCCGCCCCAGAUGAAAGCCCUGCCAAGCCGAGCCUUGUUUUGUUUUCAAUGGGAAUAUGCGCUUGUUGUUUUAGGGGUUGUAAAUAGACACAGCUGUCUGCCAUCACCACUUCUUACUUGAUUUAUACUCCUACAAAUCCCACAAUGCCGCUGGACCAGCUGGAAGCCAUAAGCUGGGUGUUUUCCUGUAUAUGCGCACCCUUGAGAGCGAGCCAAGACGUUAUGAAAACCAGAGCAGACUGCCAUCAGACGCCUCGAGCGGCUUUUGUCAUAAAUUCAGACACACUCCUAACUAACAUAUCUCUGAUCUGAGAGGGUAUCUUAUCCAGAAAUUUCUCUAAACAAGCUGAAAAAAAAAGACAAAUCAUGGCCAAUUUCUCUCGGUGAAACAAGCUCGGUUUAACACCCGGGAUUGAAUGAAAUUGAGGUCUUCACUCUGAAGCUUAACGGGCCGUGCUUUUUUGUGGUUUGUCACACCAGUAAGAAUCCAUCACCUUCUAGCCCACAGCUCAGCAGAAAGCACCUCCAUUUGUUGCCACAAUUUAGAAGCAGAGCCUUUCUCUCUAGAGUAUUAAAAAAAAAAGCACUUUUUGGCACGCGCUCAAUUUGUGCUUUUAAAUCACGCUGGGGAGGAGGGAUUGGACACCCUACCCCGGUCCAUCUCAACACCGUUACGCUCCAAGCCUCUAAUAGUUGUAAUUAGUUAAUGGACAGAUAACAUUUAUUAAGGCUGCGGUAAGCACUUUUCCCUCCAAACCGCCGCACCUUCAUCGCCCAAUCCGCUGCCAACUACAGUUGCCCUGGAAACAGAAUUAAUAACGCCACUGGCCAUCAAAGACCUCCAGAUCUAGACGUGUGCCUUGCCAAGCAGUUACUCCCACUCCUGUAUGAUUGCCAAGAGCAGCAAACACACACACACACUUACACAUACACUUACACACACAAAAAGUGAAACUCAUCUAAAGUAGAAGUACACUCGAGCUAUUUGGCUCCACUAAAGUGCUGCAGCCACCGCUACUUCUACCACACUUGUAAUCUUCCAAUUCAGACACUCAACAUACGCAUCAAUUUUCACUUCUCUCCGUCUGGCAUUGUGAGUGAGUUUCACAGAAUAGGAGUCAGAAGCACCACUUAAAUCUUGUUGUUUUAGUUUUAUUAUUUUUUUUUGUCUUGAAUCAUCUUAUACACCACUCUUAAACUUGACAGUAACAGUGUCGACGACUUUAACGGUGAUAACGAUGGGUAAUGUUGAUUAUUUUUGCAUCUUUAUUCACUGGGAAUGAACAGUCUUAUACCAUCAGUAUGUUAUGUGAUGACUGUGUGUUUGACUGGAAUGUAUCAUAAUGAUGUUUCUCUAUUAAUAAAGACAUAUUUUUCUAUUAUUUGCAGACUUAUGAGUGUGUUUGGGUUUGAAAACUCUAAAGAAGAGCAGUGCAGAAGUGUUAUUUUGAUUUCUCUGAUCCUGCGAACACCAUUGUAAAAGUCCUAAAGUGAAAUCUAUGAUGCAAUUUCUCUCCUCUCAAGUUAAAAAAAUAAUGUAGGAUGGGUUUGAUACUUAAAGGAUGUGUUUCCUGUGUGUUUCCCGACAGUUAAGAGACCCAACGAAUUCGGAGACGGACGACUUUUCAGCGGCAGAGACCCCUUAGGUGGAGGUAAGGCGCAGAAAUUUAACCAGACUCCUAACUUAAGAGGGAAAUUUCUAAAUCAAAACAAGACAAUUUUUAUUCAUUUUAACCAUUUAAUUUGAUAUUUUAGCAGUGCACAAUUUUUGUUCAUUAUCAAAUGAUCCAUUGAUUCUAUUUUCUACCUUUUGAAAGCUCGAAGGUUAAUUUUGAAUAAUAGAUAACCAGUAAUUAGCAGACAUGAGCACAGCUCUGAAGAUAGAGUACUUUCCUCUCAUAAUACCCAAGUUUUUGGCCUCGUGUUUGUGGUUUUUGCAGAUGGAUUUUCAUGUAAAUUUCUCACAUGUUGAAAAAAAAUAAACCUCACAUCAACUUUCUUUUUCGUUCGCCUGCUCUGGUGCUAUCUUUAACGUAUAUUUCCCAAACACAGAGCCUCAUUUUGGGACAGUAGUGGUAGUAUUUGAAUCCAAAUGUGAUACCAAAAGCUCAAUUUGAAGUAGUUUCUUUGUAUCUCAAGAAAUGACACUUAAGACACUUCUCCUAACAGUUAUGGUUUGAUAUCUUUUUGUCUUUCUCAUAUUUUUUUUUCUUGAGCUGUGCCAGUUUAGGAAUGAUUUUCUGAAUGCCACAUUUGAGCACAAUUUCUGACAGAUUUAGAAAAUAUCUCGUUCAUAAUUUCUUAGUGUUGAAAAUGGGCGCCUAUCCUUGGUUUUAGGAUAUCUGCUGGUUCUUUUAGAUGAGAGAUUUUUUUGUUGUUUUAAAGUAUGAGUGGGCAAUUUUUUCUUGUUCUUCUGGCAUAUUACAUCCCUGUUUUAAGAAUUAUCUUCCAAUGUUAUUCCUUUUAUUUAUCCACGUAUUUCUUGAGUUUAUAAACCUAUUUUAUCUGUCCUUUCGCAGUUUUACAGUUCCCCGAGUGGAACACAGCCUCCCCAUCAUCCGACCCUCCGGUGACGCGUGUCUCAGAGAAGGACAACUCAUGGCUGUACACGUUGGACCCCAUCCUGGUCACCAUCAUCGUCAUGAGCUCCCUGGGCGUCCUGCUCGGGGCGGUGUGCGCCGGCCUCCUCCUGUACUGCACCUGUUCCUACAGCGGCCUGUCGUCACGCUCCUCCACCACCCUGGAGAACUACAACUUCGAACUGUACGACGGCCUCAAGCACAAGGUCAAACUGAACCAACAGCGCUGCUGCACCGAGGCGUGAGGAGACAGGACACGAGCCAGAGAGACGCAGGCAUUUCGUGAAAAGCUCUCACAAUUUCUUUCAUUCCCUACAGUCUACUUUAGUGUCAGUUUACUUCCUCAGUGGUGCAGAUCCCUGGACACAAGGACGACGCCACUUUUCAGCUCAAAUGAGACUUCUUUCCUGGCACAGUCUAGUCCUGGAAUUUAUUUAGUGGGGGGAAGAACCCAGGAGAGAAAGACUGGGGUUCCCCUGAUGGAUGAUUCCACUGUGGGGACGUUUUGGGCCUCAAAAAGCUAAAUAUCUACACAUAUCAAUUCCAGAUUCCUGCUCCACCAAAAGAGAAGUGUUUAUAAAAGCAUCUUAGAUUUGUAAGAGGUCUAGUUUUGAAAGUGGAUACUGUAAGCUACACAUACAGAGUCUGAACACAUUGUGAUGGAACGGUGGUAGGUUAGGAACAAGCUUAGAAAGCGUCUUUUUUGAUCACAUGUGAACACAGUGGCCUAGAAGUUAGCUCCUUUGUGUGGCCCCCCCGUUGACUUUUUUAUGUUCUGCUACCUAUCGGUCUCAGUUAUCCUCUUAGUUCCUGACAGUCUGUGGUAUUUUUAGUCACCGGCGUCCAUCGAGUUUGUCUUUCUGCCCAGUCACUCUCUCUCUUUCUGUUUAAUGUUUUUGUUCUGGCCUGUUGCCAGUCUGCGGCGGCGGCAGAUAAGUAGAAAAAAAAAGAGGCAAAGAAAGUGUAUGUGUAUGUAGAGGUAGGGAGAAGGGGAGGGGGCUUUUUAACACAUUCUUUGAAAUGAUGGAGAGAGUGUUAUUGUUAGAUUUAGUUGUUACUGGUUCUUGUCACAGAGAAGGUCAUGUUUACAUUGUGGUUAAUGGUGAAAAAAGGUCAAGGAGCUUUCGUCGGUGCAACCUAUGGAUUGCUGUUAAGGGCAGAGACUGAAAAACCACUGAAGAAACAAAGAGCGAGUGAAGGGAGAAUAUGACUGACGGAGCACUAAAAAAAUCCCCCCGCCUCCCUUCUUUCUCUCUCACAGGGGCGAUUCUUUCCCUCGUGAAAAGGACAUAAAAACAAACGGGAUCAAAAACAAAACGCACAGCUGGAAACUUCUCAAUCGACUGACUUUAAAGCCUUAAAAGCAAACUUUUCUCGGAAAUGUUGAAAAAAAGGAACGAUGAGGUGACAGCGACACAAGAGCAGAGGUAUCUAUCUCUCUCUUUUCGUACAUGUGGACCUCAAAAGCCAUGAUUUAAAGGACCUACUCCCCCCCCCCCGAACUCACUGAUCACACCACCCCCACCUCAACCUUCUUUUAUAUUUGUUAUAUUUACUUUAAGUCGGCAUUCAAUGGGAUGGUUUUGAACCAAUCCGAAGGCUUUUUUGUCCGGGACUCAUAAGCCAUGAGAAGGAAAGGGUGCGAGAAAACUCCCACUCGUGAACAUACACAUGCACAUUUCUUCACUUGUAUAUACAGACGUGUAUACAGGACCGUCUUUCUAGAAACUUCAAGGUGCUCAUGAAGGGAACAAUGGCUGCUGUCGCUGCUGCUGCUGCUGAGGUAUAUUUGAGUACAUAAAACAUCAUCGAUUCAAGACACAAACACGCGCUCAACAUUUCACCUCAUCUACCGUUAUACACACCAACAAAAAAACACGAUCCGUCCCUCUCCUCUGAGGCCCGCUUCUCUGGACCCCACUGACUCUCUUCAAAGUGCCUUGGAGCCUCGGGGAUCCAGCUUGCCUUUGGAGCCGGUAUCAGAAAAAAAAAUGAAUUUGACACUGAAAAAAGACAGUCACAGCGCCCCCUUCUGCCUGGGAGGACCAAACGAUGUAAAAGGACACGAUCCCCCGCCCCCUUCGCACUGCUCGGACUGCUGUUGUUGUUGUUUAAAAGGGGUCUUUGUACAGAAAUGCUCUUUUUAUGAUUGUUAUUAUAAUUAUUGUUAUGAUUAUUUAAUAAAGGAUUUAUACCAUACUGAGAAGCAA